CGCCUCCUUCGGCCUCAGAUUAACUUCCUGUUUGCUGCCAUUGCCGUAACUGCUAGUGUGUUUCCAGCAGUAGGAACAGCAGAAGAAGGAAGACUGGAAUUAUAAAGGACGAAGAGUGAACAGUUGAUGAAAACUGAGCUGUGAGUAAUUUACUCUCUACUGACAAUUGGUGUGGCAUUCUCAACACACUUAGCCCAGAGCUAACAGGCCAUGUCUGUUCUGCUUCUGCUGCUUUGCGUUAGAUUACUGAACUCACCCACUAACUAAAACCUUAACCAGGACUAAUUGAGCUGCGGAGAGCAACAGAAACCGACUGCUGACCCGAGGAUUUAACGACCGGAUCGGUCCUCAGAGUUAUCUCAGCAUGAUCUUCAAUGUUGGUGUGUAAACUUCGAUAUCAGAGUGAAGUGAACUAGUCUACAGCUCCGUGUUAACGUGAGAGCUACACGGUCCGUGAACGGUACAGCUGUUACUGUACAUGCGCUCAGACGGUAUAAACGACUUUUCUUUAUAUUAUAACUUUCUUCUAACGAGUAUCAUGUACAAACAACAUGGUUCACUUCUUAUUCAAUGUUGCAAGGGAGCAUGUGGGAUUAACUGUUUAAACACAGGAGCUGUCAGAUUGAUGGGGGCGGUGCCUACAAGUCAUUCAGGUACGUUAUUAGGAAUAUAAACUGCAUUCUAAAUAAACUAGAUUACACUAUUACACUAAGAUACUUGGCAUAAAUUUUAUAAAACACUGUCUAUAUUUAAACCACAGUCUAAAAAUAGUUUUAAAAUAAACUACAGUAUAUCAACUACACUUUUACAUCAGUAACUACUGACGUCAGAAUGGGCACGACUAAUCGAUUAAUGAACUGGGGCCUCAUUUAUAAAACCUGGCGUAGGAUCCAUACUAAAAGUGUACGUAAAUUGAAAAGCUGAAAAGUGCGUAGGCAAAAAAAAAAUCUGAUUUAUAAAACCCUGCCUACACACACCUGCACGCACUUUCCCUUUAUAAAUCACAGACCAGACGGAAAGUUGCACAGCAGGGAUUUGAUUCUUCCCCGCCCUCUCCACACCCAAAAUUCACCAUGUAUGGUCAUGCAAAUUACUUAAUGAAUGUGAUUUGCAUAUAAAUAAGCCUGAUGGAUCCACGGCAUUUCACGCUUAACCAUGGCAUCAGCAAGUCGUAGAAAAAGAAACUUUUCAGAGACCGAGGUGGAGGUUCUUGUAAAUGAGGUGGCGGCGAGACGGGAGACCUUAUUCGGCGGCCAUUCGAGUGGCAUCACCAAUAAAAACGCCGUUGCCGUGGCGGUAAUUGCGGCUGGCACUGAGCGCAGCAUUGCCGAAACAGUGUUGUUUUCGUCAUAUUUCGUCAAAUAUUUUCGCCAGCAUCAAAAAAGGGAAAUAUUUUCGUCAACGAGAACAACAGUGGUUGUUUUCGUUGUCGAAAAUAUUUCCCUUUUCUUCCACGAUGAAGACGUAACGUUGACGAGCUAAACAUAAGUCGGGGAUGACUAAAAUGUGACAAGACGAAAGUGCGUUUACGUUGAUGGGACGAGACGAAAAUGACGAAAAGAGUUGCAAAAUUCAGUCAGUUAAACGCUAAACAUAUAGUAGCAGCUUCUGUCCACUCUGACAGCUCUCAUCAGCCUGCUGUGCUCCUACAACACACAGACACACACGCACGCAAACACGUGAAGUUUUGUUUUCGUUGACGAAAACAACACUGUGCCGAAAUCAAGAAGUGGUCUGAUCCAAAGGUGGAGGCAAAGAAAAAAGUGGCUUUACACCGUCGGAGCGUGGCGGCGACACGUGAGGAUCAGAAAAAACAAGCACGUGUGACACUCAUGCAUGUGUUCCAAAAAAAAACUGCUCCGUUAUCCACCGCUGCUUUUGUGGUGAAAGUUCGUAAACCAAAAAGAUUUAGUCAUAUUAAUCUUAAAACAAAUGCAUGUAAAUGGAAUUUGCUUUUUUGCACAUUUGUAAAUUCACCUUGCUCAGAUUGUCUCCAAAAAGUGUGUAAGCAACUCUUGCGUAAGAAGUGGCGUAAGCACUUUCUAGCCAGGUUUUGUGCGUAAGGAAGCUUUAUAAAUGAGGCCCCUGAUCGUUAAGAAUUACGUUGAUCACGCAAAAUGUCGAUCUAUCUAAGGUUAUUAAAAAAGGGCUGACAGCAUGCGUCCAUUCUUCAGCUGUUUUCCAGCAAAUAUCUACUUCUGCUGAUUAAGAUGGAUACCCUCUUUGUCCAGUUAGUGUGUGUGUUGAAGCAAUGCAGUGACUAUCGCUGUGCAGGAGGAUUUUGACAUUAUACAAGUGUGACCCCGGAGGCUCAGUACGUUUAGCAGGCACAACAACGACGUAUUAUUAUAAAUAUAUGAUCUUUAUUAAUUAAUUCGAAAUAGAAAAUAUAUAUAAAAUAUUUUAUUUCAAAAGUCCAGGAUCAUCAUCCAAAGUGGUAUUUGAUUAAUUACAGUGCAGAGAACAGUAUCACAUUAUCCAUGAAAACGAGAGACAGAUCACACCGUACAUUCAACAGCUUGCCCUAACCAAAUGAAUCCCUAGUCAGUAAGCAGUAGCUGGGCUAAGCAGUGGCUCUCCACCAUCUACAAGGCAUAACAUAAAAUACAGCACCGUGAGAAUCUAAACAGUAACUAUCAUUAGACAAUAAAUAAACAUGAGCCCCUUUACUUUGAGCUACUAACUCACCGAGACACACUACUGCAGGUACACAUACAGCAGGACCCCCCCACUAAACUUCUCACAGUCUGUAUUGACCACUUAAAGGAAGCACAUUUACAUAAACCAUUUAUGUCACUCAGGUUUCCAACACGUUAGCAACAAACCCACAUACACGGUCAGGAAACAAGAGAGGGAGACACGGAAACUUGCAUGUCAAUGCAUGAAUGAAGCUUGGCGUGUUAAAACGCCGCCCAACAUGAAUACGGCGGAACACUGGCCAUUCAUUCACACUGCUCUGGCAUACUGCCUGCCCCCCGUCUCUUUCUGUCAUUCUGUCAGGGGAAACCAGUAACGUUCUUGAACAACUAACAUGUCGGCUAAAACAAGUGGAUAUCUCUUAGUAGUACUGCAGGUAAAUAACUCACCAGAACAUGUAGAACGCAUAACCUGCAUACUAUUGUUGUCUUGUGACGCUUGCCGCUCCAGGGGACAAUGUUUGCUGCAGCAGCCACCACACAUGGAAAUGCUCCGUCCCAGCUGUCAUCCAUCAUGCUAAAGUGCACGCUGACGCCGCAGCCCCACCCCCAACCCUGUCAUUAAAGGCACACUACCCUGACCUGGCCACACAAGGGGAGUGAUAAAGCGUCAGCGGGCUUCUGUAAAAGUAAAAAUAAAAAAAUAAAUAAAAGAAGAAGAAAGCAAGCUAAUUCGAGCAGAAAAGAGGGGGCAUUUUAAUGAGGAAAAAAUAUGUCUUUGCGUACUUUCUUCCAUUUGCAUAAAACUGAUUAAAUUGUUGAUUGAUCUUUAGUUUAUCUGAUUCAUCGAUUGAGGGACUUUCUAAAAUUGCCCAUUCCUAUUAACUACAAUCUAUUGGAUGUUUUAGAGGAACAGCCAAAUGGAUAAAAAGUUGUUAUAGAGAAAAAAAACAAACAGGUAAAAAGUUGUUAUAGAGAAACAACCAAAAGGUAAAAAGUUGUGUAGUGCUAAAAAAAAAAAUAGCUGGAGAACCAUCUCCAACUAAUGAGGUGAAUUUCCAACUGGUUAAAAACAUGACUGGGUAUAAAUAGAAGAACAGAAUAGAAUAGAAUUAUUACUUUAUUGAUCGCCCAUGGGGGAAUUUUUUUUUUUUGUCACAGCAGCAUCACAGACAAAGAGUGCAAAAAUGCAGUUAUAAAAAUAAAGAUCCUAAUAUUAAGAACUUAAAUGAAUGUAAUAGUUAAGAAAAAAAAUAAGAAAAAGGAAAAAGGGAGAAGACAAAUAAAAAAACUAUCUACAAUAUACACAAUUUAAAUGCCAGCAAAAAAGUGGUGGUGUAAAUCCAGUUAUUAUUACAGUUCGUUGUAAAGUCUUAUUGCAGAGGGGAGGAAUGACCUGCGGUAGCGCUCCGUCUUGCAAGGUGGAAGUCUCAGGCUGUGUCUCAUUUCAGAGACCGCAUCGACCUAAGUGCCCUUCUGCACCGUCGAACGGUGCAUUUGAAGCGUGCAUGACGUCACGACGGUGCGAACGGUGUCCCAUUUGGCACGAGAUGCUAAAAAAUGCUAAGCGCGCUUAGCAUAUUUUCAAGCGUCCAUCUAUGCACGCUUUCGUGCCGUCGGUAUCCCAGAAUGCUUUGCGUGCCGCUGCACAGCUGCGCAUUUCAGGUGAGAGGCUGGACUCGCUUGGAGACGCAGCGCGUCUUCAAAGAAAUUACAAGCAAUCCAAAAACAGCAGACAGUCAGCUCAGGCUGUAUGAGAGCAUGAUCUCUGAACUCACUAAAAUCUGUAAACCAAACAUUAUAGAUUUAGAGACGAACUGAUCCGCUCUGCUUCAACAAUAAAAAACAUUAGAAAUAAGAAAGCUGACAAAACUACAGCAGAGUAUCAGGACAACAUUGAGUUUUUUUUCUUUUAAGAUUUAGAGAUUAAAGUUGUAAAUUUAGGAGAAUAAAGUCAUAAAGUAAAUAAAGUCAUAAAGCUGCUUUUGUGGAGGGGGAAAUGACUGAAGUUGGUCAUCUGCAGGGUUAUCUGUGGAUGUAUCAGCGGGUCAUUCAGAGAGAUUUUGUGGUUUCUGAAGAAACAAUCAAACUGAUGAUGAUCAACAUUUGUGAUCCAGAGGGAGUCGAGCUCCGACGAGCACCACGUCUCUGACACCGGCCGUAGCCUACACCUGCAGAGACACCAACACCUUAUUAUGGCAUAUGGAUUCAUAUCAUAAAUUAAAGCUCAAUGUCAUUCACGGAUAUUUACGGCUGCAUUGACAGAUAUAUCCUCAGCAUAUUCAUUUCUGCCUCCACAAAAGCAGCGAUUUCCUUCAAGUACACCAGUUUUUUUCCCCGUGGAAAAGACGUAUUUCUCAUAUAUUCUUUUUUUAAAGUCUUUAUACUUAUGACAAUGUGAUGCUGAUGUGAAGUAUCUCCUAUCCUCCUUCUCAAUAGGGCCCUCAUACUCCUUCAUACAAAACAAUCAUUGGAUGAAUUUUGUGGGAAUGAUCUGUGCUUGUGUCUACUAUUUUGUGUCUGUGCAAGGUCGCACAAUUAAAACAAUACGUGCUGCGCUCCGCAGCUUUUUUUCUAAUCAGUCGUGACGUAAGCCUGAGGGCGGGGACAUUUGGAGACCUUCGGAGGACUUCCUGGUGGAGUUGCCAAAUGUCCCCGCCCUCAGGCUCGCGUCACGACUGACUUAAAGGAAACCCGCGGAGCGCAGCAUUUAUUGUUUUAAUUGUGCGACCUUGCACAGACACAAAAUAGUAGAUACAUACAAGCACAAUUCAUCCAAUGAUUGUUUUGUAAGAAGGAGUAUGAGGGCCAUAUUGAGAUUUAAGACUUUAAGGACUUCGAGAUUUAAGUCAUUAAUUUAUGAGAAUGAAGUCAUAACCUGUUAUUUCAGAGAGACUUGUUAAAAUUAGGGCCAUGAAGCAUUUGAAGGAACUGUGCUUCAGUAUAGGUUUCACAAACAAGGAGAUUCUUCAUCCUCUGGCACAUCAGCAUAACAUUGUCAUAAGUAUAAAGACUUUAAAAAGAAUAUAUGAGAAAUACGUCUUUUCCACGGGGGAAAAAAAUUGGUGUACUUGAAGGAAAUCGCUGCUUUUGUGGAGACAGAAAUGAAUAUGCUGAGGAUAUAUCUGUCAAUGCAGCCGUUAAUAUCCGUGAAUGACAUUGAGCUUUAGUUUAUGAUAUGAAUCCAUAUGCAGUAAUAAGGUGUUGGUGUCUCUGCAGGUGUAGGUUACCGCCGGUGUCAGAGACGUGGUGCUCGUCGGAGCUCGACUCCCUCUGGAUCACAAAUGUUGAUCAUCAUCAGUUUGAUUGUUUCUUCAGAAACCACAAAAUCUCUCUGAAUGACCCGCUGAUACAUCCACAGAUAACCCUGCAGAUGACCAGCUUCAGUCAUUUCCCCCUCCGCAAAAGCAGCUUUAUGACUUUAUUUACUUUAUGACUUUAUUCUCCUAAAUUUACAACUUUAAUCUCUAAAUCUUAAAAGAAAAAAAAACUCAAUGUUGUCCUGAUACUCUGCUGUAGUUUUGUCAGCUUUCUUAUUUCUAAUGUUUUUUAUUGUUGAAGCAGAGCGGAUCAGUUCGUCUCUAAAUCUAUAAUGUUUGGUUUACAGCUUUUAGUGAGUUCAGAGAUCAUGCUCUCAUACAGCCUGAGCUGACUGUCUGCUGUUUUUGGAUUUCUUGUAUUUUCUUCGAAGCCGGCUGUGUCUCCAAGCGAGUCCAGCCUCUCACCUGAAAUGCACAGCUGUGCAGCGGCACGCAAAGAAUUCUGGGAUACCGACGGCACGAAAGCGUGCAUACAUGCACGCUUGAAAAAGAGGCGGGGGUAGUGUGGUUUUGAGACCGAAUUUGAAGCGCGCUUAGUAUAUUGUGCCAAACGGGACACUGUUCGUGCCGCGUGGUGACCUCACGUACGCGUCAGAUGCGCCGUUCGAUGGCUGCUGUAUCUGAAAUGGGACACAGGAAGGGCACAGAACGGCGCAAAACGGCUCAAAACGGCAGUGCACUCAGCUAAGCGCCGUUAAGUGCGCUUAUCACGAUGCGGUCUCUGAAAUGAGAAACAGCCUGUGUCUGCUGCUAAAGGAGCUGCUUAAAGCCCUCACAGUCUGGUGCAGUGGGUGAGAGGGAUUGUCCAUGAUGGAUACAAGCUUUGUUAACAUCCUCCUCUCACCCACCUCCUCCAGGGAGUCCAAAGAACAGUCCAGGACAGAACUGGCCCUCCUGACCAGUCUAUUCAGUCUCUUCCUGUCCCUCUCAGUGCUCCCUGCCCCCCAGCAGACCACUGCAUAGAAAAGUGCAGAUGCUACCACAGAGUCAUAAAAAGUCCUGAGCAGAGUCCUGUACACUCCAAAAGACCUCAGUCUCCUCAGCAGGUGGAGACGACUUUGGCCCUUCUUGUACAGGACGUCUGUGUUGGUUGACCAGUUCAGUUUAUUGUUGAGAUGGACACCCAGGAAUCUGUAGGACUCCACCAUCUCGAUGUCCAGACCCCGGAUGUUCACUGGAACAGUCUGCAUCGUACAUGCUGCAGAGCGCCAUGUACGAUACACAGUUCUGAAGCCUCACAAACUGUGGUCUGUCGGUGAGGUAGUCCACGGUCCAUGCGGCUAGGUGACAGUCCACUCCCGCCCGCUCGAGCUUCCCCCUGAGCAGUGAAGGCUGGAUGGUGUUGAAAGCACUGAAGAAGUCAAAAAACAUGACCCUCACAGUGCUGCCUGUAUUCUCCAAGUGGGCCAUGGACCUCUGCAGCAGGUAGAUGACUGCGUCGUCCACCCCGAUGUUCGGCUGGUACGCAAACUGCAGAGGAUCCAGAUGAGAGCUCACCAGGGGGCGGAGUUUCCUCAGCACGAUCCUCUCCAGAGUCUUCAUCAGGUGAGAAGUGAGGGCCACAGGUCUGAAGUGGUUGGGCUACCUGGGGUGUGCGGUCUUGGGGACAGGAAUCAUGCAGGAAGUCUUCCACAGUGUUGGGACCCUCUCCAGACUUAGGCUCAAGCUGAAGAUGUGCAGUAGCACCUCACAGAGCUGGUCUGCACAGUCCCUCAGGAGUCUGGAGCUGAUGCCGUCAGGACCUGUGGCUUUCCUUGGCUUCAUCUUCCUCAGCUCACUUCUCACCUGGUCAGCUGUUAUGGGGAGGCUGGGGGUGGUGCUGGAGGGGGUGGUGGUGGAUGAGUGGAGGGGGGUUGAUGAUGCUGGUGCCAUGGGACUGAGGUGGUGUGAAGAAGAAGCAGCAGACAGGUCGUUGGUUUGAUGAGUCGGGGGAGGAGUGGGAGCAGAGUCAAAUCUAUUGAAGAACAGAUUCAGCUUGUUGGCCCACUCCCUGUCUCCUGCUUCAGGUCCCCUCUCAUGGCCCCUGCUAUGACCUGAGAUGGAUUUCAGGCCUCUCCAGACCUCCCUUGCGUUGUUCUGUUGCAAAAGGUUUUCCAUCUUGGUCUUGUAGCUGGCCUUUCCCUCUCUGAACUUCUUCUUCAGCUCCUUCUGCACCCUCCUCAGCUCCUCCUUGUCCCCAGAUGUAAAGACCCUCCUCUUCUCCUUCAGGAGGACUUUAAGUUCCGGGGUCACCCAGGGUUUGCUGUUGGAGAAACACCGUACUUUCCUGGUGGGUACGGUGUUCUCAACACGGAAGUUUAUGUAGUCCGUGAUACAGUCUGUCAUGGUGUCGAUGUCAUCACCAUGUGGGCCGCUCAGUACAUCCCAGUCUGUGGUCUCAAAACAGUCCUGCAGCGCCUCAGUGGCCUCCUCAGACCACUUCUUAACAUACCUGAUGGUGGGGGGUUGUUUCUUCACCAUAGGUAUGUAAAUGGGCUGCAGUCUCACCAGGUUGUGAUCUGAGCAGCCCAGCAGGGGGAGGGGGGAGGAGGUGUAUGCAUCCUUGGUGUUUGCAUACAGUAAGUCCAAAGUUUUAUUGUCUCUUGUUGGGCAGUUUACAAACUGGCUGAAGGUAGGGAGAGUGGAGGACAGCGAUGCAUGAUUAAAGUCUCUAGAGAUGAUGAUCAGAGACUGAGGGUGUGAUGUUUGUAGCUUGGACACUUCACCAUGGAGGAGUUCACAGGCUGCAGCGGCAUCAGCCGAGGGGGGGAUGUAAACAGUUAACGCGAUGACAUGCGAAAACUCCCUCAGCAGGUAAUAUGGCCGCAAACUCACAGCCAGCAGCUCAAUGUCCUUAGAGCAGAGCUGCUCUUUAACACUGACGUGCCCAGCAUUACACCAUCUCUCAUUCACAAACACCACUAUCCCGCCUCCUUUCUUCUUACCACUCUCCCUCACGCUCCGGUCCGCUGUGACGAGGUGAAAUCCGUCCAAAGUUACGAGCGGGUCCGGAGUGAGUUCGUUCAGUCAUGACUCUGUGAACAACAUGAGGCUGCACUCACGAUACUCCCAUUGCAGCCUAGUCAGCGCUGUGAGCUCUUCCAUCUUGUUGGGGAGAGACCUCAAGUUUCCCAUGAUGAUGGAUGGGACAGUUGGUUUAUAACGUCUCCGCUUUGCCCGAUGCUGAACUCCAGCCCUGCAUCCUCUUCUUCUCCUGCGGAGCUUAGCGGGGAUGUCCGGUCUCUCCCACGGAGAUGGCCGGGCUUGGCGCUGCGCCAACAGCUGUUCACGGCUGUAAACAAUGGGGCUGCUGAAUGGGUUGCCAGUUGCGGACUUAAAAACUCAGAAAAGUGAAAGAAAACAAAGUGCAAGAGUCAUGAAAUGCACAUCCAUGGUAGGAAUAUGCAAGACACAACACUGCUGAAAAAAAGAAAGACAAAUAAGGUGCCAAAAAACGACACUUAAAAGGCAAAAACGAAAAGUCUGUGAGGAGCUGCCACUCUCAGGGCGCUCGAGUCACAAAAGGGCAUUCAGAGAGGCUGAGUCUGUCAGAAGGAAAGAUUGAAGAGGUUCACCACUCUGUGUGAGACUGCAUGAGCUAAUUGAUCAACAGUUUAAGAAAAAUGUUCCUGAGUGUUAAAUGUUAAAGAAUUAGUGGAUGUCAUCAUCUGCAGUACAUAAUAUCAACAAAAGAUAAAUAAAAAAACCCUGGAGAAAUCGCCGUCCAUUUAUCAGGACUAAAAUUCACAAUACUGCUUUUUUGUGAUUAGGGUCUUAAGUCUGACAGGACCAUCAGACUCGAGACUGCUUUGCCCACAGGGAGUCCUCAAUGACACAAACUUAAAGCUCCUCAUAGGAACUUUAAAAAUUGGCCUGCCUGCAGUCUUGACUCAUCCCCCAUUGAAAACAUUUGGCAUCAUGACUCGAAAAACAGGACAAGGGAGACCCUGAAAUGUUGAGCAGCUGCAAUCCUCUAUUGGGCCAGACUGGGAUAACAUUUUACUGUCAGACUCCAGAAUCUGGUCUGCUUGGUUCAUUGAGGUUUACAGAGAGCUAAGGACACACGAUGGGAAACUUAUAUCUGGAACUUUUUAGAAACAUUAAAUUUAAAUUAAGCAGUUAGAGUUUUUUUAACAAACAAAUGAUUUUUUCACUGAACCUGUAAAAAGGCACUGCUGCUGAUGAAUAUGUGCUUUGUUAGGGCUCAAAGUAACAGAGUCUGGAAGAAUGGGACAGAUUCUUAUUUUGAUGAUUAUAAGAGUAAACUGGAUCAAACCUGGUUAAAAAAACUGGUUAAACAUGUUAAGGAGUAAUGGUAAAAUUAUUUCAGGAACAAAAACACUGUCAGCAGAGUCAAAACAAAGAACAGCUCCUACAUGAAAAUGACUCUUUAAAUUUAGAGCAAGGGAAUAAAAAGGUUUCUAGUUUUUUCAUGUCUUACUGAGGACACAGAGUUCUGGUUUUACAUAGACUGGAGUAUCUGGUUGAAAAUUGGUUCCUGAUGGUGGAAGAUGGGGGAAUGUUGUGGUGGGAGAAAUGAGUCAUUGAGGUCAUCUGUGCUGCUUGAGUUUUAUUCUCUCUCUUUUCUCUUGAACUACCUCUGUCAGCUAGACUCAUGCAAGACUUUCCUCCUAGCUGCAGCAGCAGAUGGCUCACUAACCCUCCAAACACUGCCUCAGUGUCACACAAAUAGGGUAUUUAUAGUUCUCAUAACGGUACUAGAGCCUUUCUGUGUUUUUUAAAACACACAGAAAAAAGGUUAAAGUUCUGAGACUGUUUUCACAUAAUUGCAGAUAAAGAUAAAGAGUUUAUCUGAAAGUAAGAAUCUGUCCCAUUCUUCUAGACUCUGUUACUUUGAGACUUAGUGCUGGUUCAAGGUGAGAGCAGGUUCUUAUAAUACUGAACAUGUUUGGGUUUGAUAUCCAGGUGUUAAUAUGCACCUUUGGCCUGAAACCAUUCCCAGAGAGAGCAAGAUAGUGGUAUCACUCACCCUGACAGAAUCGUAAAGAUGGUGUUUCCUCUAGAGAGACUAAGUACAGAAUACUGUUGUGGAGCUGCCCUGAUCUCAUGAGCUGUGUGUGUUCAUGAGACUGACGCAGAGAGCUCUCCACCAUGGACAGACCAAUAAACUACCUGAUUACUGACAUUUUGCCCUCAGGAGGCUGAUAUCCCCAUUACCUCUCUUAUAAAACAUUUUUCUCACCACCCAUUAACAGCAUAACAAAUCUAAACAAUCAAUAGCUCCUGUUUUAAUCGAAAUCUUUGUCUUUUUAUUUAUUCAUCACAAAUCCAUCUACAACAUGACACAGGUUAAGAUUAGCAUUUGAAUCAUGAACCUCAGUGUUUUUCAUAUUUUUCUGUCAAUGUCAUUUCAGAAACAGAAAUCCAAAAGUCCCCCUGAGAUGAUGUUUUACUAAGACCAGUGUUUUGAUUUUUUUUUUUAAUUCAACAUUCAUCUUUAAAAUUUGUUGUAUCUUGUCAAAUGUAAAAACAAUAAAAACAAACAGAGAUAUCAGAAUUCAGUAUCAGCCAUAGGCUGACCUGCACAGUCCUCAGUGUCUGUGCCAAGUCGCCAACCACUAAGAAACUCUCAGGUCCACACCACCUUUUUACUGUGGGCAACAUACUUCAUCUGUUUCACCAUAUUUCACAUUUAAAUAUGCUGGUGACACCGACUCAUUACUCAUAAUACAAUGUGAUGUGUGUAUGCAGCAGGUUGAAGUCAGGUAAUUAACAGCCCUGAGCAAGAGGGUUAAAAUGUCUCAGUCAUGAAACCUGCAGUCUUUCUUUUCAUUUAGGAAAGUGUAACAAGGACGUGUGUGUUUUGAUCAGCUAAACCUUUUAAAUGUGCUUACCCCCGCUCUUAAGCAUUGCAAUCACUAAGUGAAUAAUAAGUAUAAGGCUGUGUCUCAUUUCAGAGACACAAAACAAUAGAUACAUACAAGCAAGAUCAUUUCCGCAAAAUCCAUCCAAUGAUUGCAUGUUUUGUAUGAAGGAGUAUGAGGGCCAUAUAUAGAAUUUUUUUUAAACACUUUGAGAUUUAAGUCGUGAAUUUACGGGAAUAAAGUCAGUAAUUUAUGAGAAUAAAGUCGUAAGGUUGCCUGUAUUUUCAAAGGAGAGUUGUUAAAAUUAGGGCCAUGAAGCAUUUCUGUACUACCUGGAUGGGAACAUGCACAGGUGUCCUGUUGUAGUGCUGUGUAGUUUGUUAGUGUUUUUAUCCAUUUAAUAGAGAUAAAGUAGAAUUUUGUGUCUGGUCAUUCUGGUUAAACUGGUAUAUUAUUGUUCUACCAGAGUGAAGAGUAAUUAGCACAGGCAUGUAAACGUUAACUUGCAGAAGGACUGAGGGCCGGUGGUGUGAGCUCUGCUAAUGGGAGCAGCAGUCUGCUAAUCAAUCAGAGACUGUUGACCCACAGACUCUGCGACCCCUGUUCAGCUGUAAAAUAGAUACCUCAGUUCACCUCAGACUUGGGGCCAAUCCCAGUUAUUACUUUUUCUCCUUCAUCUUACCACUUAGUCCACCCCUUCCCCUUGGUUCUCCUUUCUCAGGGACAAGGGUAAGGGGUGAAAACAUGACCCUAAGAAAUGAGAUGCCACUCAGUUCCUUCUGCGUCAUCAUGCCUUGCCGUUUGCUGUGAAUUUGUCACCUGAGUCUGACAUUAGUGUAGCUAUCAAUAGCUAUAACUUUUUUAGCUAGCUCGUCUGGUGCAAACAAUUUAAAACAUAGCUAAUUACAGGGAUUAGCAAAGGAAUGAAUAUCUGAUUGAAAAAAAAAAAUCUCAAUACUAUAAAAAUCACAUCAAAAUCACAUGUGCUUUCAAGUGAAGUCCCAGUUUGUCUUCGUUUCAAGGGAUGUGAACCCCUUGCCCUUUAGCCCUUCCCCCUCACCUUACAGAGAAUUGGGACACCCCUUUGCUUGACGUGAGAACACAAAACCAAGGGCUGAGGGGCAAGACAAGGGCUAAGGGAUACAACUGGGAUUGGCCCUUGUUCUCUGUAGAGCAGCCUUGACUGUGGCACAGCUGUUUAGACUUGAUCCUGAUAUAAGGUCGGGAUCCUUCUUCAGACUCAGACUCUCUCACCCUCGCUGGUAUUUUGUCACUUUCACAUGGAGACCACUGUAGCGUCUUUUUCACUUCAUGUUUGUGUGACAUUUCGGUAACGCUUUAUAUUAAGGUCCUUGUAAUAAGCAUUAGUUAAUAGGUAAUAAGGCCCUUAUAAGUGCGCACAAGAUGCUUAUUAACAUUAUUAUUUGUUUAUAAGACUAUAUAUCUAUUAAUAGUCUCAUUAUAAUACAGUUAUUAGCAGACGUUAGGAGAUUUAUAAUAACUUAUAAGAAACUUGUUAACUGUUUGUUGAUGCUUACGAACAUUAAUAAAAUCCUCAUGAGUAUCUUAUAACUGUUUAUAAUAACAUUAUAACAACAUAUAUUGACUCAACUAGCCCAACCAUGAUGGCUUUGUCAUGCCUUUAUUAAUUUUUUUGUUUGAUUUAUUAACAUUAAUAUACACUUUAUUGCUCAUCUACUGUAAGUUAACUAUGUACUUGUUUACAGUUAACUGUGCUUUUUGCAGGUACUGGAUCUAAAGCGAGAACAAUGUCUUAUUAAGGCUGAUAAAUCUUUUAUUGAGAAUUAUUUUGCCUUUAAGAAUAUUUUUUUCCUGCUUCAUCAAAAUAAAAUGUACUUUACUAUGCUCUUGUUAUCAGUUAACUAUGCACUUAUGAACAGUUAACUAUGCUUUUUGCAGCUACCAGUUCUAAAGCGAGAACAAUGCCUUAUUAAGUCUCAUAAAUCUUCUAUUAUACAUUUAUUUAUGGCUAAUGAUUUUCACAACUUCCAGACCUGGAACGAACAAUGUAUGUGGUAAAGGUUGACAUGAUGGAAAGAAAAAAUUUGCUUAACACAACAGAUGUUUUAACAGUAAAGCCCAAAAAGGUUUUAUUUAUUGCUUUGGUUUCCAAAGACACAUUUUCCUAAUUUAAUUAUUUGAUUAGGAAUUUAAUUAGCUUUAAAGUUUUUCUGGUUGAACUACCUUCAAAAAUAAGUUUUCUGAUUUUGUUUAGCAGUGUCAUCUUGGCAAAGUCACUUCUUUUUUUCUCCUCUUCCGUUGCUUUUUGCGGGUCGCGUCUUUUUCCGCUUCUUUUCAGCCUACAUCCGUAGCUAGAUACUCAUGAGGAUUUUAUUAUUGUUCGUAAGCAUCAACAAACAGUUAACAAGUUUCUUAUAAGUUCUUAUAAAUCUCUUAAAGUCUGCUAAUAACUGUAUUAUAAUGAGACUAUUAAUAGAUAUAUAGUCUUAUAAACAAAUAAUAAUGUUAUUAAGCAUCUUGUACGCACUUAUAAGGGCCUUAUUACCUAUUAACUAAUGCUUAUUACAAGGACCUUAAUAUAAAGCAUUACCGAUGUUUCUUUUAAAGAUAAACUCUCAUUGACCCUCAGUCCUCCUCUAUCUCCUCCUCAGCCCUCCUUUCAGGACUGGUCAUGACACAGCAGGAGCAGCAGGAGUUCAUGGAGAGCCUGGAGGCGGCCCUGUCCUGGAUGACGGCCAUCCAAGAGAGGUUGAAGGCCAAUGACAACACACAGGGACCCCUGGAUGCCUUGGAGGCCCGACUCAGAGAGACAGAGGUGAGACAUUACACUGACCAUUUGAUUCACCCCUAAAACCUCUGUUUCUGCUGUAGUCCCCUGUCAUCUGACUCCAGAUAGAAUUGGGAUCAGGGAAAAACCGUUAUGGUUUUGUUUUCACUUUGGUGUGGAUAUAAAAGAUCAGACUGUUCACACUGUGAAUGUGAGCAUCUCCAAAUAUCGUAAGAAUCAAAUUCUCUACAAUUUUUUCACAGAUCUCAGCUGCAAUACACUUUGAAAAUUGUAACUUCCUGAUUGUUCUUAAAACAAAAGAACAAUCAGUGAUCAGUGACAGCACUGGGCAGGCUGUCAAACAAAAUCUGCUGUCUCUCCUCCACCUCCCUGACCAUCAAGCUCGCAAGCCUAGAACCUCUUUUUCUUUGACAUUUUUUUGCGAGCGCGGACAGUGGAGACCGUAUUUAAAUAAAUUUACGUAUAUAUAGGUGGGCGUUACAGGAGAGGGCGCGGCCACUCUGACAUCUGCGCUCAUUUCCAUGCUGCUCAGGAUGUAUUGAGGAAACGUGUGUGGAUACCGGUGCUCACACAGAUGGAUACAUCCGGAUCUUUGCCCUACGGGUCCAGCUUUCGGGAUUCUUGCAACUGCCGUUUUUUAGUAUGAUGGAUUAAUUGAUACACUAGGCCCAGGACAGUUACUGGGUCACCGAUAAACCUGCACAGCUCUGUAUACAGUGAUUAAUGGUAAACAAGUUAUGAUGAAUCCUGUUGUUUGCAGUUAUUUCUGUUCAAGAUUGAAUACCAGUAAGUAUUUCUUCCUCUGGUAUCCGUUUCUCUUUGCAGCAUCUCUGAGCCCCUCUUUGUGCUCAGCUGGAGUCUGGGGGUAGAUGAAAUACCUGGUUAGAAGCAGAUCAGACCAAACCCUGGUUAAUUAAACUGUGUUUCUAUGUGAAAUGAUUUAAAAUCCUCUUUUUCUGUGCUUAGAAAAUCCAUCAGUCAGAGCAUGAGGGUCGAGUGAAGAUUGACAUGACGCUUGUAGCAGCAGAAAAUCUUUUACAGAGCGAGGAUGAGGAGCUGAGAAACCAAACCCAGGCAAAGCUAAAAAACCUGAAGAGCCUGUGGGAGGAGACCUGCACCUACAUCAUCCACUGCCACAGGUAAGGGCCUGUAAAAUGACCUGUAAUCAUUCAUAGGUUAACAAAACCUUAAGCCAAGGGACAUCCUCCAAAGAGCGUGAGGUCACAAGUGUUCACCUGUAACCUUAAACCAUAAACACAAUACACACAUUAAUACCCAUCAGCCCUUUGGCCCUGCAGCACUGUGGCCCUGCAGAGCUGUGUCUGUCAGGUUUAAAUCAGUAAGUCAGUUAGCUGGGAUAAACAUGGUCAGGUGUCUAUAAAGUUGGUCAAUCAAUCAGUCAAUCAAUCAAUCAACUUUAUUUCUAUAGCACAUUUAAAAGAACCGCAAGGGUAGCCAAAGUGCUGUACAAUGACACAUAAAAACAAAUAAAACAAUCAAAGAACAAGAAAACGCAAGCAGAAAUACAUUAAUACAAAUGAAUAAAUAAGUGUUUAAAUAAGGAGGCUCACAGCAAGUGCUGAGAUGAUAAAAAACAAAUUAACACUACAAUGCACUAAAAGCCAAUGAGUAAAAGUGCGUUUUUAAAAGGGAUUUAAAAACAGGAAAUGAGGAGGCCUGCCUAAUUUUCAAGGGCAACUCAUUCCAGAGUUUAGGGGCAGCAGCAGUAAAUGCUCUGUCCCCUCUGAGCUUCAGCCUUGUACUGGGGACCGUCAGUAAAAGCUGAUCAGCUGAUCUUAUGGGUCGGGGUGGGCAAUAAGGCUAGAGCAUCUCCGAAAUAUAGGGUGGAGCAAGGUUGUUCUGGCCCUUAAAAUCAAAUAUUAAAGGCUUAAAAUGAAUUCUGUACUGAACAGGGAGCCAGUGUAAGGACGCCAGGAUGGGGGUGAUGUGCUCACGCCUGCGGGUCUGGGUCAGGAGGCGUGCAGCAGAGUUCUGCACAAGCUGCAGGCGUGCAAGGGAAGCCUGGCUAAUCCCUACGUACAAGGAGUUGCAGUAAUCAAGACGGGUAGUGAUACAUUUAGGUUAAGAAAUAUAGAGUAAUUAUCUUUUAGUAAGAAGCUACAAAUAAUCUAGGUUGGCCUGCUCCUGCAGCCCCACGACCCUGAGAUUGUAAGCAAGGCUGUCUUGCAGGAGCCCGAACUAUCUGUCUGUUGGAACAUUUAAUCUCUGCCAGGGUCAAGACGAACCUAAACAAAGUGUCGUGGGGCAGACAUGAUAUCAUGAGGGGCCUUCUGGAGAAUUCACACACACACACACACACACACACACACACACACACACACACACACACACACACACACACACACACACACACACACACACACACACACACACACACCUAACAGCAUAAAAGAGAGUAGAAGAAAAGCAAGGGAGGCUUCCUUCGGUCUUGGUUGAGACUCUGUUUGUCAUCUGUACUGAUUUCUACAUCUGUACAAUAAAGACACCCAAGCUGUUCUUCAGAUCUCAUCCUGUCUCCUGUGCAUUGUUUAUGCUGGAUUUUCCACAACACAGACAGAUCCAGGAGCACAAGGACAACAAACUGUUGUCUGUUGACAUGAGAAUAUCGUUUGACACCUUUAAAAGUGCUGACUCUGUGCUGUGGAGAGCUUUAAAACCAGACUGGAACAACUCUGUGAUACCAUUGUCUUCCAAGAAUGGUAACAACUGGUUGUAGACAACCCUCUCUAGAAUCUUGGACAGAUAUGGAAGAUUUGAGAUGGGCCUGAAACUGGCACAGAGGGAUGGGUCGAGGCCAGUUUUUUUGAGUAGAGGUCGUACUACAGCAUGUUUAAAAUCCCUAGGUACUGUACCAGAUGAGAGGCUACUAUUUACAAUAUUAAGGACACUUGGUCAAGCGAGGGGGGGUCAAGCGAGCGAAACAAGCGAGGGGGGAUGGCAUCAGCAGGGGAACCAGAAGGCUUCAUAUGGCCGACUAUGUCCUUUUAAAAUAGAGAGGGAAACAGAAUCAAAUUUAGAAAAGACAGAUGAGGGGUGCAGAGGGGCUGAAGGGUCAUACGAAGGUUGAGAGAUACAGGCUCUGGUUGACAUAAUUUUAUCAGUGAAGAAGUGGAGGAAUUUUUCACAGAUUUCAGUGGAGGCAUCAAAACCAAGAGACUUGGGAGCCUCAAGGACAGUGUUUAUGGUUUUGAACAGAGCUCUGGGGUUGUUACAGUUAAAAACAAUUAAUUCAGAGAAAUAUUUAUUCUUCUCAGCUUUCACAAUCUUCUGAUAAUUCCACAGACUAUCUUUAAAGAUGCCAAGAGACAUAUGCAGUCUGUCCUUUUUCCACCUGCGCUCCGCCCUCCUGCACUCACGCCUGGCUGCACGAGUGACGUCGUUCAACCAGGGCUCGGGUGUAGGUUUGGUGCGCCGGGUCUUCAGAGGAGCGAUCGUGUCCAGUGUCUGUAGACAGGUGGAGUGAAAUCUCAAUACCAGUUCCUCAGUUUCCACACACACAGGGGCUGCAGAGUCAUCCUCGCAGAGACCAAUGUAGGUAGAGGAGAACAGAGCAGGCGAGGAAGAGUUAAACAUGCGACGCGGUUUAGGUGGAGUGCGCAAUUUAACCGGACACUGAGUGGGGAUGUCAAAUAAAAUCGGCAUAUGAUCCGAGAAAACAGUGUCACAAAUGUCAAGGUUAGAAACACACAGACCGUGCGAGAGCACCAAGUCUAGUGUGUGUCCGAGAUUAUGUCUGUAGACUUCUGUAGACUAGACACAGACUGCACGAAGUUAAAAGAGUCAAUGAGAUUUAAAAAGCUCCUGGAGACCGGCUCUUUAGGGCAACAAGUGUGAAUAUUAAAAUCACCAACAAUAAGGACAAGGUCGUAUUUCGGCAAAAUUUCGGCCAGCAAUUCAGAAAAGUCACUUAUAAAAUCCUUAUUGUACUUGGGUGGUCGAUAGAUGACGGCGCACAGGACAACAUGAGAGGAGCCCAGUUCAAACAAGCACAUUUCAAAGCUUGUGAAUGAGAAUUGCAGGCAGAUCUGCCGGAAUUUAAAGUCACUUUUAAAAAUAACUGCUAUUCCACCUCCUGUUCGACCAGACAACCAUGGGGAAUUAAAAUAGCAGCAAUCCGGCGGGCAGAGUUCAAUAAGAGGACUGGACUCACCGGUACUCAGCCAUGUCUCCAUCACACAGAGAAAAUCCAAUCCACGGGACAUGAAGAAAUCCUUCAGGAUAAAAGUUUUGUUUGCCAGUGAUCUGGCAUUGACAAGGCCGAACCUGGCAGAGAUCGGCACAUCCGAGGCAUCAACUGGUCGUGGAGCCAGACAAAGGGCCCGUAGAUGGCGGGGAUUCACCCUACGCUGGCGGGGACGGAUUACCUCAUCCGAACCGACGACAGGUACCAGCCAGGAGUCGACAGGGUGCAACGAUCGCAGAUGAGGAAAGAGACCAGAUCCCACUCCAUUUCUCCUCAGGGAAACCGAGGAAGAUCGAGCCAAGAGAGCUUUAACUUUCAGCAGCUGGCCACUGCGUUUGCCACGGCGGCGCCGGCGUUUACGCCGGGGAAAUAGAGUGAAAGUGCAGCGAAAGUGAGCAGGUAUCCUGGAGAGGUGAAACGGCUUAAACGUCGUAUGACCACAGUGAUCAGGAUCUAAUUUCACCAAAUCCUUGGCAGAGGGGCGAAGAUCCAGCAGUGUUUGGCGGUCAUACACAAACAGUGAGCUGACAUUACUGAUAACGAUAGACACAAACAGCACAAACACGAACAACGCUGACAGCGAGAGACGGCAGGCCACACACACCAGCGCCAUCUUGCCUGGUCAGGUGUCAAUAAAGUCUGUUGGUUAGAUACUAACUCAUGAUUCUUGCCUGACUAUCCUGAAUGUAUAUGAAACCCUAGAUGCUGUUAUUACUGUACAGAAAGACCUACAAAGGUCCUGUAACUUCUCAUGUGUUUUUCCUUCUAGUCGGAUUGAGUGGGUGUGGCUUCACUGGGGCGAGUACCUGAAGGCCUUUGAGGAAUUUGAGCUGUGGCUGAUGAAACAGCAUUGCAGCCUGGAAGUGGGCGUGGAGCUGCAGCUGGGUAAGAUGGAGAAGCUGUGGCAGGUGGACCAGCAGAGGGUGAUUGUCAGUGACAUCCAUGGCCAGGCAGUUCUGCUGGAGCGGCUACUGGACGAGGCUGCUGCACUGCACAACCGUACCCAGGACCCCAGCGUGGAUCCCCAAACACAGGAGAGGCUGCAGGAGGCCUACAGUGAUGUCCGGGACAGAGCAGAGGUGAGGACAACUAGUUUAGGGACAGAGAUAGAGCCAAAGUGGAGCUAAGAAUGUUAGGUGUUAGAGGCAGAGCCGAGGUGAGAAUACUGAUAGCUCAUUAACAACAACAACUGUAGUUUCUUGUUGGAUAUACUUCUUUAAUGGCUCUACUUGUUCUACUAACACAACAGUGGUUAUAAUAAGUUUUUACUUCUGACUGACUGCCCCCUUAUGUCUCAUGAUCAGAAUAGAAUAUACCACUUAACAAACUUCCCCUUCUCUUUAAAGAAACAAUCUAAAAUAUUUCAAAAGAGCCAAACAUUUUUGUUCCCUAAAUAAUGAAGAGAUGAACAUCAACCUAAAGCUCUAACUUAAGUAUCAAAUCACUUGUGGCUGGAGAAGUCUGUUGUUUUGUCCAUUUAGCCUUUAAGUAGCCAUUCACCUUCACAGAGAGUCCUUCAGAAGGGUGAGUGCAGAGUUCCCUUUUUUGUUUGUAUGUCUGCAAGCUGCUCCCUUGUGGUGGACCACCUGACACGUUGGACAACAUUUGAGUGGAUAAGCUUAUUUGAUGCUGCUGAUUUCAAGGUGAAGUCUUUUCUCUGUGACUGAUAGGCAUUUUUUUGUAUGUAGUCACUUCUGGUAAGCUCUGAGAAUAGUGUGGUUAAGAAAACACCAUUGUCAAUACCAUCUGUAAGGGCAAGAGUCUCUCCAGCCAGUGAACUGUGAACAACUCUCCUGAUUCUCUUCAACUGCCAGCAUAGAGGUUAGAAUCUUCCGUUCUCUCCCAUCAGCAAGAUUAGGUGUCCAGCUUGAGUCCCUCCAUCAGGAAGAUUUCCCAUUGAUGGAUCACUAACCACCACCAGUUUUAGAGCUAUCGUCUCCAAGGUGCUGAAACCUCAAGGUCACUUUGUCUGAUUUCAGUUUUACGAUAAAUUUGUUUGCACAGUACAAGGUCUGAACAGUAGCAUGUUUUGUACCAGAUGCCAGCAUGGCGGUGUCACACAUAAUAACUGGACUGCUCUGUCUUGCCACCCACAAUAUUUGUUGAGCAUCUCAGUUUCGGUUUCUGUUAGAGGUGCCUCUAUCUUUUGCCCAGCAUGUUCCUGUGGGUCCACAGGAACAGGCUCAUGAUUUUUAAUGUACAUUUCUGCUGUACAUGAAUUUCAUCCUUCAGAGAGUGAAUCUCUAUUCCAAUAUAACUGAAGCUGCUGCUUUCUUCACAUCCAACCUGGAAAACUGCUUUCAAGUGAAGGAUGACUGUUGGAGAAUUUCUUUGUACCACCCCAAACAAAGUUAUCCAUGUGACAAGCAAGAACCCCUAUCACAUUACAGGAGUCAUCCAGCCAAUAGAACACUGCUGGAUCAAAUUUUUACACAGUGGCUCCCAACAUCAGCAUGGUGUCUUUUACUCGGUUAUACCAUUACAGGGAAUGGCUAGGUCAUAAACACACUUUUUUAAACUUUUAUAGAUAGCCCUGCAUUUUGGCUUUGUGGGGAGGCCUGAUGUACACAUUUCAAGUUUAUUCUUUGCCCUGUAGAAAGGCUGAUUUAGCUUCCAUAGAGUUCACCUGCCACUCAUUUUGGCAUUUUACAGCCAUUAUUAUUUUCAGGAACUCUGAGGCAUAGGUAGGUGAGUCUUUUUGGAACUCCUCAAUAUUCUUCUCUUCGAAGCCCCUUGCAACUUACCUAUUUUUGGGUACAACACCAACAGAGGUUUCCUUGAGUGUGCACACCCACCUUGUAGAGAUGCAGUUCUGGCCUUUAUCCCUCACCUCUUCAAACACCUCAUUCUUUUCCCAGUUGUUGAGUUCAGUGGGUUUGGCAGCCAUAAACACAUCAUCAUUUACUGGAAGUAUUUCAUCUUUUUGGUUAUCAAUGCACAGUUUUGCUUGCUCAGUUGUAACAGCCUGAAGAUCACUCACUUGUUUCAAGUUAACUUAUCUUGGAGUUCCAGCAUUUUUCUCAGGAUCUGUGUAUUGAAGAUUGUACAAGUCUUUGUGUGUUCCUGUUGCUUUUCCUGCUCUGCUGAGGAUUUUUCCUGUGUGCACUAGACCACUAUCAUUGUCUAUAAAAGUCACUACUUGUCUUGCUGUUAUCUUUGGGCUUGCAGGUGUUUUCUCUGGAAUUGUUGGUACUGUAUCAGAACAUCCAUGCGGGUCCUCUCAUGGCUGUUCUGUUAUCUGGGAGAAUUCACUGCUUUCACCCAGCUCAGGACCGACUGCGGCCGCGAUCAGUGGGAAAGCUGAGCAUGUUGGGCUACCCACGGUGCUCCCCACCGCCCCUGGACCACCAUGCAACCGGCGCGCACCUAGGACCGGUGUGCCCCCUCCAUGCUUGUGGUAGGGACCUCCAUGGUCCAACACAUGAAUGUGCAUGGCGACCGGACCUUCUUCCUCCCAGGUGCCACCAUCAAGGAAGUGGAAUCCUCCACCCUGCGGCUUAGCGAAGAACAUAGCUCGGCCACCACGCUGGUGCUUCAAGCUGGCACCAACGAGCUCUAAAACAACAGUCUGAGGUCCUCAGACAGGAUUUUACAUCGCCCGUGGACCGCCUGCUAAACACAGGGAAACGUGAAGUAAUCUCCGGCCCUCUACCGUCAUGGGGACGUCAUUAGCAGCCGCAUUCGUCAGCUGCACUUGUGGCUGAAGGAGUAUCCCAUUUCUUGACAAUUUUACAGCGUUUUUAAACAGGCCGUACCUCUUUAAGAGAGACGGUCAUGGCUUUUAUCAGUUAACAUGGACCUUACCCUCUGCUCCUGUACUGCAGCCACCUCCUGACAAACUGUAAACACAUGCACACACACACGCCCCCCACGCCCCACCCCCCCGCGCUCCCUCACACCUCACACACCUCAACACCAACACCCCCACCACUGUCAAUAUAAAAACAGGACACUUACACCAUCAAAAACAUUAAUUAAUACAUACAACCGAAACUAAGGACUAUAUCUAGACCCCUCCCCCACAAGUGUUUUUAACAUCCCCCUUUUACGGAAUGAUGAGCGCAUGUUCGGCAAUGACAUUAAACUAGCUGUGCUGAACGUGCACUCUCUUUUAAACAAAUCUUUUAUCAUAAAUGAUUUAAUUUUAGAAAAACAGCUCGACUGUAUCCUUCUUAAGGGGUGUUCAGACCAAACGCGACCACGUCAGGUCGCGUGGCGCCCUGGUGUGUUCACAGCAGGUCCAAAGCUGCAGUCGCAGGUCGCGGCUGGUCACCGCUGACCCGCUUCUCCCACCUUUCUUCUCCCUCCUUUUCUCCCUCAUAUAUACAUCCCGCAGCCCCUUCCAGCGCUUGCGGCACACACACACACGUUAAAACAUGUAGCCUAGCAAGCAGGGGAAGUUUGCAAUGUUUUCAGAAAAUAGUCUGGUCACUGAAAUAAAUAAACAAACUUACCAGAAAGCCCGACAUCAUGGGCCACCUUCGCCCAGGCUUCCUCCUUGGAGAUGCGGUCCCGGUAGAACGCGCACCCCAUGUCAUAAAGGACCGGGUGAUAACUCACGGCAGUGAUAAGCUGCUCCUCCACUGUGAUUUUUCUUCUCCUCCUCCUUGCUUCGUGGGUGUGUUGACGUCAGCAGAGCCCUGAUUGGUUGUCUCGGCACGGAGUCGCGGAAAGUCACUCCCAAAGUUCAAAUAUUUGAACUUUGGGAGCGACGCGAUUUGGCGUCCUGCGAUCUCGGGCAACGCGAUGUUGGCGUUGGGUCAGUUGCGUUUGUUUAUAGUGUUUGAAUUUGGCGAACUGUACACUGCAGCGCUACUAUAAAGCAGAAACUUUCUAUCAUGCUGUCAAUCAAUCAAUCAAUCAAUCAAUCAAUCAAUCAAUCAAUCAAUCAAUCAAUCAAUCAAUCAAUCUUUAUUUGUAUAACACUUUUCAUACAAAACAAUGUAGCACAAAGUGCUUUACACAGAAAAAUAAAAGAAACAAAGAAUACGCGACUCUACCCCACUUUGUCCCAGUCCCCUCAUCCUCACCCUGCAAUCCAAGCACAACAGAAACAAGCAUUAAAAAGCAUUAACUUGAAAAGAGCUUGAUUAAGAAAAAACAGGAAUAUGUGCAACCUGCGUGAAGCUGGCCCCCCGCCAGGGAAAUAGUCUGCUUUGUUUGUGCUCCUUUUGUGCUGGUUUGUGCCGUAAAAAUUUUCAUUUGUGCUGCUACAGUUUUUAUGUUGUUAUAUAUUGUUUUAUAGGUCAUCCAGAGGUCACCCAGCCUCCCAUCGUUCCAAAUGGACCUGAAAUGGUGCCUUUCGUUUGUGCUUCAUUUGUACUAUUUUUUGCAGUAAAAAUUUUCAUUUGUGCUGCUGUGGUUUUUAAGGUAUUACACACUUUUAUUUUCAGCAAUGACAUUCCCAAGCCCCCCAUUUGCUCCGAAUCGACCCGAAAAGGUAUCAUUCGUUUGUGCUUCGUUUGUUCCACUGUUGUGUCGAGAAACGCACACACACACACAAAAUUUAUGCACCUUGCAGAAAUGCGCACCACAUAUAGUUGACUGGUCCACAGUAAUAUACAGUUUAAAACCCAUACAAUUCUUAUUUGUGGGGCUAAACAAUGAUCAGUAAUGAUCCAAAAGUGAAGUAUAUAUCUUUUGUGUCAUUUAUGUUGAAUAGACUUUGAGAUCAGACGUUUUAUUAACCAAAAUGUUUCACUUGUGUGACUUUAUUUCAAUGCGUAUAAUGCAAACCCCAUGAUGAUGAUGAUGAUGAUGAUGAUGAUGAGAAAUUUAAUUGUGUUUCUCAGGUGUUCUGUAGCAAUCAAGCCCAAGAUAUUUAGCAAAUAUCAUCACCGAGAGGUAAACAAGAAUCAAAGAGUUUUAUUGUUAAGUUGUAGUGUAGUUGGCAGACGCUUAAUACUAACCUUAUAUCAGCUGUUUUUCUGUUUGCCGAAAUAUGCAUCCACCCAUUAAUUAGCUGUCAAUAUAAUUAAAUAUUAAUAUCAAUAUACAAUAACAAGUCAUAUGUUUUUCAAUAUUACACAAGGAAAGUCCCAAAGAAUCAAAAUAAUAACUUUAUGGGUGGAUGCAUUUCUCAGCAAUACUAAUGUCUGCCAAACAUGAAUCCAAUAGAGCCAUAAAUCCCAAUAAAAUUAUAGAGGUUAGCUAAAAGAAUUUCGAGAUCGACUGUAUCAAAAGUAGGGGUGUAACGAUACAACCAACUCCUGACUCGAUAAGAUUUCUGAUUCUGGGUUGACGAUGCGAUUUGAAUCAUCACACAUUUGUAAUGAUUUUUAACUGUCUCGGGAUGCAUUUUUACAUCCCUAAUCAAAAGCUGCACUCAGGUCCUGUAAAACCAAGACUGAUGGUAGCUUUUCAUCUACAGUUGAAACCAGAAGUUUACAUAAACUAUAUAAAAAGGCACAUAACCUUUUUCCUUACUGUCUAACAUUCAAUCAGAUUAAACUUUUCCUGUUUUUGGUCAAUUAGGAUUACCAAAAUUAUUUUUAUAUGCUAAAUGCCAAAAUAAUGAGACAGAGAAUUUUUUAGACAAUUUUUUCUUAUUUUCUUGAGAGUCAAAAGUUUAUAAACUUUUCAUCAGUAUUUGGUAGCUGCCUUUUAAUUGUAUGACUUGGGUCAAAUACUUUGGAUAUUCUUCCACAAGGUUUUCACAAUAGUUUGUAUGAAUUUUGGCCCAUUUCUCCUGACAGAACUGGUGUGACUGAGUCAAGUUUGUCGGCCGCCUUGCUUGCACAUGACUUUCAGCUCUGCCCAUAGAUUUUCAAUAGGAUUGAGAUCAGGACUUUGUGAUGGCCUCUCCAAAACACUGACUUUGUUAUCCUUAUGCCACUUUGUAACCAGUUUGGCAGUAUGCUUUGGAUCACUGUCCAUUUGGAAAACCCAUUUGUGCCCAAGCUUUAACUUCCUGGCUGAUGUCUUGAGAUGUUGUGUCAGUAUUUCCACAUAAUGAUCUUCCCUCAUGAUGCCAUUUAUUUUGUGAAGUAUACCAGAUGAUUGUAAGGUAUUGAUUCAUCCAAAUUGCUUCUCUUAGGAGGAGGUUUAAUAACAGAAGUUUUAAAAGCAGAAUGGAAUACACCUGUCUGAAAAGAACAAUUUAAAAUGUUAAGAAAACCUUGUUCAAAAAAGUCAUAAAAGCUUUUAAAAAGGGAUGUCCUCUUCUUCACACCCACACAUCGGCAUGUGUUUGAUGGGAAUGUUUUUUUGAAGGAUUACAGAGACGUUCAGGUUGAUGAAAUGUUUGGGGACAGAAAAAUUCUGGUGUAGGAGUUCUUUGAUGUGUUUAUUUACUCUGGAGAUGAGGACUUGUUACCAUCAUAACCAAUAACCUGCUCAGCUCACACUGUUGUGUCCAUAUGUGGCUUCAGCCCUUAAUGUUGUGGGUUGGACUGUGGGUGUGUGCAGGGUUUAGGUGUGUCAAGGACAGAUUGGGAAAUGUCUGCACAGAGUCAGGAUUCCUGCCGAACCUGCCAUUAGUAGCAGAAAUCCUGAAUACAGGUCUGACCCCUCUCACGUCUGCUGGAGUCACUGCUGAGUGUUUUUGAUGCCAGCUGAAGCUCUUCUGUUGUGUAUGUCUUCAGUGUGUCUUUGACUUGACGAGAUGAGCUGGGUUCAAACUUGAGGACUUUUUUUCUCCUCCACAUGCUUUAGCACUUAAAACAAGAAAUAGACCGGUUAACCAGUCAGACAGAGAUAUUAGCCGUGCUCUGAAAUCUGGAGAAAAACCCAUUUUCAACAUGUAGAUAGCUAUCUAUGUGAUGUAUGAACGUCAUAAGAGUAAUGUAUUAUACAUCACUGUUGUUUUUUAAUUUGAGCAUAAUAUCUCACUUUUUGUUUUCUUAAAUAGAUGGUGAUGGUAAAGAUUGAGAUCCAAAAGUUCCUUGUGGUACUAUUUUCCUGAUUAUUACCCUAGCUAUUAUCCAUCUCAUUUUGUAUUUAUUAGAGUCCAGCACUUUUUAAAAACUGAAAGCAUUGAUAUAUCAGCUCCAUCGGCCACCAUGCUCUCUGGGUGUCUGGAUCAAACUAUGAGCAGUCAGACUGUGUAGGUUUGGUAAAGAAUAAAGGAAAGUGAGUGUCUUUAUUAAAAUAAUUAGAUAUUCUGAUUAUCUGACAAUGAUUUACCAGGGGACCAGUAUACAACCUUUUACCUCAGCCACAAGGAAAGAUCCUACUGGAGUACAGCAUCUUUUCAUUUGUGCUCUUUAAAGUGACAGUCAGACUUAACACACCCACAUCUGUCUUCAUCUGCAUCCUGCCUGCACUUAAGUACCAGGGCUUGCUGGCAGAGUUUUUGUUUCCCUCCUGAUGGAAGGUGUUGAUUUGGAUAAUGUCGUAUGAUGUCAGAGCAUCUACCACCUGCUAACCAGCAGUUUGGUAGUCUCAGUUUUUCAGGAACAAACAGCAAAGUUUCACAGGAGAAUACUCAGAUUCAGACUCAUGGCCCUGAAACCCAAACAUGAACCGUGUGAUGUGUUCAGAGAGACUUUCAUCUCUGCUAAAAUUACCACCAGCUUUUUCUCCCUCUGCUAGGAGCGCCUGUCGCUGCUUCAGAAGAUCGCUGAGGAGCACCAGACCUACCAAGGCUGCGUUCAGAGGUUCCAGUCAUGGCUGCUGUCAAAGACCAAGGAGCUGACUGAUCUAAUGGAGAGGGAGGAUACAGCUGAGAACAAGCUCCAAGCCCUGCAAGUAAGAACCAGGACAAGGACACAGCUCCAAAACUUUGUUGUAUUCAGAAGUGCAAACAGGAGGAAAUCUGCUUGGAGUUAACUCUGUCUGCUCCUGAAGUGAUAGACUUAGACUGUGAAAGUGCUGACUGAGGAAAAAAUUAACAAUCUCACCCUUACUACGAAGUGUUAACUAUCUUACCCUGACCAAAAAGAGUUAAUUAUCUCAAACUGACUGUAAAGAGUUAACUAUCUAACCCUGCUAAUAAAGAGUUAACUAUCUCACCCUGAUAAAAAAUUAGUGCUGUAAAUCGAUAAAAUUUUUUAAUCAGUUUAAUCACAGCGUUGCUGUGGAUUAAUUUCGAUUCAUCACGAUUCAAUAUCAUUUAUUUUUUAUCUAUCUUCAGGGCUCGACAGUGCGACCAUUUCACUCACAUUUGCAACUAAAAAUAGAUGUGUGCGAAUUGUAAAAUGUAUUUAGGGGCACAUAUGCGCAUAAAAAAAAUCUGCCAAGUCAACGAAUAUUUUUUCAUGUAAAUACUACGGCGAAGUUAGUUUUAGGUUGGAUAUUCAACAGACAUGCACAGCUGAUCUACCGGUGUCUUCUCACUCUCCAUAACCGGGAAUGUCAAGAGCAGCACGGUUAAAACUAUACUGCGGUGAAGUUAGUUUUAGGUUGGAUAUCCAACGGACAUUCACUGUGGACCUACCGGUGUCUUCUCACUCUUCAUAACUGGGAAUAGCAGAAAUAUUGAAAUAUUGAAUUUCCCUUCGGGGAUUAAUCAAGUUAUUCUGGUUCAUAUUCUAAUCAACAGCAGUGCAGUUAAAUCUACACUGCACUCUCGCUGUCAGCGUCGGGUGUUGAAUAAGGGACCAUCAAUAAAUUACCUGUUGAUGUUCUCAAAAAAGUCUGUUUUCCUUCAAUAACUUCUAUUACAUGUGACCAAUUAACCUAAAAUUGAUUUCAAAUAAUAGUACUUAUGUCAACCAAUAAGACACACGUUAUGUGAUCAAUUGUUAUUGUGCCCCUAAAGUUCUUUGUGUGCUCCUUACUUUUUCAAUUUAGGAGCACAUGUGCUCCUUCUGAAAAAAGUUAGUGUCAAGCUUUGAUAUUAAAGGUGGGGUAGGCAGGAUCUGAGUAAGUAUCUUUUUUUGUGUGUGUUCCUCCUCUGCUACUGCUCCCACGUCUCACAGCAGAGGUUACAAAACACAUACCUGCUAAUUGGAGAAACAAGGUCAGAGAAGUUAGAAAACACUCAUGAGUACUUUCUCAUGUGCUGUGUAACAAGAGGUUAAAGCAGUUCAUAGUUGUAGGAAACUUUUCCAUUUGGAAUCUGAGUAAGACUAUUGAUAAUUUCUAUAUACAUUUAUACACAUUAUUCUGACACUCACCCUGCCAAUAAAGAGUUAAAUAUCUUACGCUGACUAUAAAGAGUUCACUAUAUCACCCUGACUAUAAAGAGUUAACUACAUCACUGGUACCAUAAAGAUUUUACUUAAUCACUGUGACCACAACAGUUAACUGUUUUAGAGUGACCAAAAAGAGUAACAUAUCUCAUCCUGAUAAUAAAAAGUUGACAAUCUCACAGAAACUUUAAAGAGUUAACUAAACCACCUUGACUAUAAAAAGUGAACUCGCUUGCCCUGACUUUAAAGAGUAAACUGUCUCAUCCUGACUAUAUAGAGUGAACUCACUCACCCUGACUGAUAAUAAAGAGUUAACUAUCUUACCCUUACCAUGUGUGCUCAGGUGUUUCAUUGUGACAGGAAGUGGGGUCAAAAGUGUCACUGUUCAUUGUUCAUCUGUUACAGUACAGCCUUGGUCAGCGCCCUUACCUGUUGCCUCUCCUUCCUUUGUUUCAGGCCCUGGAUGACGGCGUGGCGGGUGAGGAGAAAACCCUGCAUCACAUCGAGGGCCUGGCUGAAAGUGUGAGAGGGAACACUUCCCCUGCAGGGGCGGAGGUGGUGUUGGAGGAGGCGGAGGAGCUGAGGCUGGGCUGGCAGAGGCUGAGGCAGGGUCUAUAUGAGGCAGAGGAUGGCCUGCGCUCCAGUUUGGACUCCCACAGCCAGUACCUCACUCGCUGCCAGCGUCUUGGGGAGGACAUUGGUCGGCUUAGGGGGCUGUUGCAGGGACUAGACCAGGAGCUGGAGGAGGGCCGGGAGCCCGGAGAUUGCUCAGACCACACAGAGGAGCAGAUGGUGGGCCAGUGGAGGAAGUACACGGUGGGUUUUUCUUCUUUUUGUAGACUGGGGGAAAUGGGAGAAAGAACAUUCAAAAUCACACAGUUCUAAUUAAGAACAAAAAUCUAAAACUCAAGUGAAUGUAGAUAUUGUUUAUUUGCAGACUUGAACACUGGUGCCUUAAUAUAAACAUGUGUGUUUAUACCUGAGAGCCUUACUGAAGACAUAACUUUAUAUGGAAACAGCAGCUCUUGACAGAUCAAACUUGAACUUCUAUGCACUAAAAAAAAUGCCCGGAGGUCCUGAAAGACUGAGAAUGCUGUUAAGAACAAAAACAGGAACUAAGGCUGGCAUGUCUUAUUAGAUCAGUACAUUCCAUAAAUUUAGAACCAGUUACAAGCUAGAGCUGUUCUGGUUAUCCGAGCCUGCUAUUCUUGCAUUGAUUUAAUUUCAUUACUUUUUGGACCCAAACUGUUCUGGGCUGUAAACAUGUUUAUUUCUGCUGUGAUGUUUUUUACAUGGGGUUCUAUGGGGACAGACUUACUAGUGGACAGGAGAAGAUCUGCUGGUUUAGCACUCUUUGAUGGGGUUGAUGAGAAAAGACCAGAAGGUUUUUUUACUGUUCGUUUUAUUGAGGUUUGAGUAUUGCUCUAUGCAGACUGACACUGUGCUGACAGUGUCAGUCAGGAUCUAAAAGGUUUGUUUUGUUGCUUUCCCUUCCACCUGUCCAGGUGCAUUUAGACUGAAGUAAAGCAGCUUCCCUUAAAAGAAUCAAAUCAAAGCUCAGGCUCUGCUUGUUGUCUUUGCUCUGAUUUGUCCUGGUGUUUUUAGGUUUAUAAAGACCAUUUUUCAUCUUAAAGCAGAGCUCUGACUACACACUAAAUCAUUACUGGAGGCAGCCUCUCUACUCUCUCUGUGAAUCAACAUCACCUAUGACAUGAACAUGAUGUGAAGCUGCUGCAGGUCCUCACACAGAUACUGUGAUGUUCCUGGUGUCAGUGUGAUGGUCAACGUGUGGGUUUAGACAGAGCUCUGAUCUGCCUAGACAUGUUUGGAUUGAUAAUAAACUCAGAGAAUGUCAUUCUACACUGUGUGCACAAUUAUUAGGCAAGUUGUAUUUUUGAGGAUAAAUUUUAUUUUUGAACUACAGUGCUCUUGGUCAAUCCAAAAUGUUAAUAAACCUCAAACUUUAAUAUUUAAGGGAGUAAAAGUAAGAUUUUGACUUCCUUAGGAGAAUAUCUAUGUGUGCACAAUUAUUGGGGGCAGCUAUUAGUGUGCAGAACGAUUAUGCAACUAAAUGAAAAAUGAAAAAUUUUCCAUCUCACUUGUUUAUUUUCACUUGUUAAAGUGAGAAUGAUAAACAAACAACUCAAUUUACAAAUAAAAAUUGUUGAAAUUAAAAAAAAAAAAUCAGUGACCAAUAUAGCCACCCUUCUUUUCAUUAACAGUCAUAAGCUUUCCAUUCAUGGAGUCUUUCAGUUUCUUGAUCUGUUGAUGAUCAACUUUUUGUGUUGCAGUAACCAAAGCCUUCCAGACACUGUUCCAGACACUGUUCAGAGAGGUGUACUGUCUUCCUUCAUUGUAAAUUUCCCGUUUAAGAAGGGCUCACAAGUUCUCAACAGGGUUUAGGUCAGGUGAAGAAGGAGGCCACGUCAUUAUUCUUUCGUUUUUUAAGGCCUUUACUGGCGAGCCACAUAGUGGAGUACUUUGUUGCAUGCAAUGGAGCAUUGUGCUGCAUAAAAAUCAUGGUUUUCUUGAAAGAUGCAGACUUUUGCCUGUACCACUGCUUGAAGAAAGUGUCUUCUCAAAACUGGCAUUGGAUUUGGGAGUUGAUUUUAAGUCCAUCUUUAACCCAAAAGGUCCAGCUAGCUCAUCUUUAAUAAUACCAGCCCAUACCAGUACCUCGCCUCCACCUUGCUGGUGUCUGAUUCGAAGUGGAGCUCUGUGCCCAUUACUGAUCCAGCCACGGGUCCAUCCAUCUGGUCCGUCAAGAGUCACUCUCAUCCCAUCAGUCCAUAAAACCUUUGAAAAAUCUCUCUUCAGAUAUUUCUUGGCCCAGUCUUGACGUUUUAACUUGUGUCUUGUUCAGUGUUGGUCAGGUUUCAGCCUUUCUUACCUUGGCUAUGUCUCUGAGCACUGAACACCUUGUACUUCUGGGCACACCAGGUAGGUUGCAGUUCUGGAAUAUGACAGCACCGGAGGACAAGCGGUUCCUGGUAGCUUUAUGUUUGAGUCUUCUCAAAUCUUUGGCAGUUAAUUUGCGUCUUUUUUUCUUAACACAUUUCUUGCGACCCUGUUGACUAUUUGCAUCAAAAUGUUUGCUGAUUCUUCAAUUUCAAGAGUGCUGCAUCCCUCUGAAAGACUUUUUACAUUUUUUGACUUUUCAAAGUCAUUUAAAUCUCUUUUUUGGCCCAUUUUACCUGAGGAAAAGAAGCUGCCUAAUAAUUAUGCACACCUUGAUAUAGGGUUUUGAUCUCCUUAGGCCCCAGCCUCCCUCAUUACACUAAUACACAUUACCUGAUAUGCUUAUAUCCAAUAAGCAUUCAAGUUUAUACAGCUUGGAGUUGGAAAAAAUAUGCAUAAAAAUGAUGAUAUGAUCAAAAUACUCACUUGCCUAAUAAUUGUGCACACAGUGUAGGCCUUUGUUUCUAUAACCCUCGCUCCACUGUCCACCACCUGUGUGUUUAUACUCUGCUCAUUUCUUCACUCUGACUCCAUUGUGGAGUCACUGUAAUGGAGAUGAUUUUGUCCUCAUGUGCUGACAUGCAGACUCACAUACCUGUCCCCUGCUCAGUGGGAACAGCCCUGUCAGAGGGGCUCCCUUGGUACUCUAAGGUUCUGGAUGCCUCACAAAGGAGCAGCCAUAGGCAGAGUAUUUUCUCUAUCUGAGCAGGUUUAUCCUCCCCCUCCCCCUCCUCCUCCUACCCCUUCUCCUCUGCCUCUGGAUGGAGAUAAAAAGCAUCUCUGUGAGGAGGAAGGUGGGAAUAAAAAUGCACAAAUUGCUUUUAUUACACAGUAGGUUGUGUCAUUUUUAUGUAUGAAACAUAAGCUUUUAGCUAAACGUAUUGUAUAUAUUUCAUUGUGCUGGGUGCAAAUCACUUGAGUUGAGAUGUUUUCCUUUAAGAAAUUUGCUACAUUUCAUAAUCUGAAUUCACUUAUGCGUAUACUAAGGCACCAAUAACUGUUUCAGAUGUUAGGUAGAUGUAUUUAUGACAUUUGAGAAAGAUUUUGUCUUGCCAGAAUCAACAUAGCAGUUUCUACAAGCAAAAACAACAGCACCAUAUAAUUGUUUUUUGUGUUACUCACAUAUAUGUACAUUUCUGGCUGGUGACAAAAGUCUGACGGAUAGUCUGAGUAGAUAUUUUAACCCAAAGUCCAGAAUGGUGUUGUCUAUGCAAAAAUGCAUUGAACAAGUAGCACUAGUGUAGUUGAACGAAAUUCACUUUUGAGGCACUUUUUCCUUUGUCCCAAUACAGCCUAUGACCUCGAGCGAAGUUUCUUUCGCAGAGUUUCAGAUGCCGUGGACGUGGAUGCAUCGGCGAUGCUGCCUGAAGGGUUUGACUGACCCGCGGCUGCAUCACGUUCUUGUUUCUCAAACGCCUUUUGCAAAUAAAUCGCUGGUAGCAUGUCAUGUGAAACCCAGCGUCAUCAGGAACAUUGUCAAAGUCGAUAUCAAGGCAAUGUUUAUAAGUUUCUGCAAGGUCCUUUGUCUCACCCUGUAGAGAAAGCCACUUCCUAAUACUAGUUCUGUAAGUUUCCCAACGUGUCCUUGUAAAGUCGAGAACGUCUUCACUCUGGACAGAUGAUAGAUGCAAAUAGCAUCGUUUCGUUCCUUUUUUAUACACUUUUGAAGGCUGAUUUCUUAUUUUCCUUUCCUUUUCUUUUCUUCCUCUUCGCUUGUCUUGCUGCUCGAUGCGCUCACAGCCAUGUUUGUGUAUUUCUGAUACUAUGGCAAAGAGACUCGGCUCCUAUUGGUCCACGUGACAAAAAUCGCUUCACCCCUCUGCAUAUUCGAUUGCGCGUGUGCAAGUAUCGCUACGCCGCAGAAAGGAAAUAGUUCGACACCAAAACACUGAUUACUAAAAAUCGACCGGAUGGCAUGAGUAGAUAUUUUUUUUUAGUACUUACUAUCAAUAGAGCUAUUUUAUGAAACACAGUUUAUGUUGCCCCACCGAAGUGGAACGAGAUUCACUUUCUAAGCACUUUUUCCUCUUUCCCAAUACAGCCUAUUGGGAUUUAAUGCUAGAAAGCUGAAACUGCAGCCACUGUUAUCCAUAAUAGUCGACUUUAAAGCCGAUGUACACAUUUUUUUAAGGAGGCAUAGUUCGGCAACAGUACCCCCUCAAACGUGAGAAGGGCUUUUUGCAACACCUACAAAUGGGCUCCUACAAAGCAAACUAUUUACAGUUUUGAUGUUAUUUCUCCUCUAGUCUGUAAGAGAGACUUUGAGGAAGAUCAUAUUAAAAAAUAGUGUGAAGGUCAAAGGGUGUGGCCAUGGCGCCCCUUAAAACUUUGUUGUUUUUCCACCAUAACCAGCAACGCUCAAAGGAAGUCACAAGUAACCAGCCAUCGCAAAUGUGCUGCUGCUAUGGAGCGCUUUUCACUGAGUGGCAGUCUGCCGGGGAGGCAGUCCACAGGAGUGGUGAUGCGAAACUGCUUGGGCCUAUCAGUGCCCCUUAGGUGCCAGUUCUUUUUUAGGUGUUCUCCUUUUGGAGUUUUUGGGAGACGUUUUCAUUAGCAGGUUGACUUACUAGAAUUCAGAACUAGCUCUGACAACCCAGACCUUUUUUUCUUUACUAGAGUCUUUCUGAUUUAUUAUGGGUAUACACUCUAUUUUGGUUAUCUUGAUCCCCUUAAUAUUACUGAUGACACAAGUGUAAAUGGCAUUUUGGGUGUCUAUCCCUUUAAUCAUAUUUAUUCUCUGUCAAUUAGCUUGUGUUAAUUAGUUUUUUGUCAAUUGAGCUCUGAUGUCAUGACAAAGGUGCCUUCAGGUGUAAGGCCACCUCUUAUUUAACAUGUUUUGCCUGAUGAAGGUCUAGUACUGAGACGUUGCUGAUAAAUGUUAUCUUUCUCUGUAAGUUGGACAGUAUGCAUGUGUUUCCCUUUAAAUGAAUUGCUGGAUGCCUUUCUCUCCGAUGCGUCUGUCUUGAAUAAAAGAUGCGCAAAGUUAUCUCUCUAAUGUCAAACAAAAGCUUUAAAUAUGAGUUUUUAAAUAAAUUGAAGCAAGAAAGUUAAAGUUGAAAAGUUGUUCAAGAGUAAAUUCACAUAAAAGUCAAAGAUUAGAUUUCUCUGAUUCUGCACACCUUAUCUCCUCAGCUUGACCUCCUUCAGGUUUAAGCCUCAACUCUGGAAUCACCAGCGGGAUAUCACCUGAGGAUCUCAGACAGCGGGACAGUUCAUAUGGAGUCAGCAUUUCUAUAAUAUAACUCAGGGCAAGACCCAGACAAGCUUUAAAAGUGAUCAGUAAUAUCUUCAAUUAAAUUCAGAGAGCCAGCGGAGUGAGGCAAGGAGAGGAAUGAUGUGAUGGCUUUGGUUCAAACCAGUAAGAAGCCAAGCUGCUGUGUUCUGGAGAAGAUGGAGGUAUGAGAGAGAGUUGUGGGUAAUACCAGAGAGAGGAGGGAGUGACAGGCGUCAACCGAGAGAUGAGGAAAGCAUGGAAGACUUUUUCCAGGUUUACUUAAGACAGAAGUGAUUUGAUCCUGAAGAUGGAUCAUGAUUGGACUGUUUUUAUGAUGUAAUGAUGAAAGGUUAAUUCUGAAUCAAAAAUUACACAGAAAUUUCUUGUAAUAUAUGUGACGUUUGAAAAAAAAAAUGGGCCAAGGGAGUCUAUCCGUAGUUGAGGAGUCUGAUUUCUGAUUUCGAGUUAUUCAGCCAAAGGGGACUUUGAGCAAUCCAACAUUUAAUAUUGCUGACACAGUGGGACCCCAAACAGUGAAUAAGAAUAAGAAUAAGUUUAUUUUAUCCCCGAAGGGAAAUUCAAUUGUCUGUAGUCUCAGUUGUCAUGUGUCAAAAAGUUAUCUACUAUUUACAGAAGAGUUGUAAAAUCUGAUGGCUGUGGGCACAAAAGAUCUUCUGAAUCUUUCUGUCCUGCAUCGAAGAGAGAGGAGCCGUCCACCACCUUGGUCUUGAAUCACCAAGUCUCAGCAGUAGGUAUAUCUCUGUGUCAUCUGCAUAGCAAUGGAAAGAUACCUUGUGAUGAUGAAUGAUGUUACAAAGUGGGAGCAAAUAAAUAGAGAAUCAAAGUGGACCCAAGAUUGAACUUUAUGGCACACCACAGGUAAUAUUAGAGAAGAAGGAGGCAGAGUGGUUUCCUGUCUAAAGGUUAGGAGUGAAACAGCUCAGAGCAGCACCUUGGAAUAAACAUUCACUCUGACAAACAUCUCUGGUUGAUCUUCUGGAUUCUUAUUGAAGCAGGGUGCUGUAGAAGAAGCUGACUUCUUCUCUGAUGUUGCUUCAUGAUGAAUCUUGUCCACAGAAACCUUGUUGAAGAGGGUUAUUAUAAUUAUUCUCUGUACUUUUGCACCAUGGGCUGGAUGAAAACAUCUUUUUGAUUGUUUGAUGUUGUCAUGUUAUGUUGUCACUUCCUGUGUCAGACAUCUAGCUGUAAUAAAAGGUGUGUGUGUGUGUGUGUGUGUGUGUGUGUGUGUGUGUGUCAUUGAGCUGCAGUCUGAAAACUCUGAAAGGUCUGAGCUCAGGCUGAGUUUGGUCUGACUUUAAUCAGCAGGUAUCUGUUCCGUGUAACGCACUUACACUUAGAGUAAAGAUGCUCUUCACUGUGUGUCUCAGCUGUCAGAUCAGUGCAUGGGGUUUUUCCAUCAGAGUGUAACAGCAGCUGCAGCUGACAGAGGUAAUCAUAGAUGUGCAUCAUGUAGCCUCACCUAUUAAUAUCUGCUCUCUCCAAUUCAAAGUAAUGUCAGAGAUUCUCAGUCUUAUCUGCAGCUCAGUCUGAGCUUAGUCUUUACAGGACUGAGCUGUUUCUCCUGCUGCUUUAACAAACAACAGAUAUGAGCUGCUGGAGGAAUAAAGAGAGUGAAAGAGGGUCAACUGAUGGAGGAGUAACAGCUACAGAGAGAUACAAACAGAAUAGAGUGAAAUCAGACCUCAGGGCUUACAGGGGGAAACUUCACAUUUAAUAACUCUGGAGGAAACUCACACUCUUCUGUUUUUUUCUGUUGUGCUAAUGUUAUUUCUCUAUGUGAUGCAGGGAGUGAGGAAUGCUCUGGCAGGUGAGGAGUCUCAGGUGGAGCUUCUCAAAGCCCAGCUGAAGGAGCUUUUCAGGUUCUCAGAGGACUCUCGACACCUGUCUGAUGAUGUCCUGGCUGUGGUCAAAGAACAUCAGAGGUAUGUGACAAAGACCUGGCAGCAUUUAAAACCAUGAAACUUAAAGUAUGGUCUGAUUGGAUUGGAUUGGAUUGGAUUGGAUUAGAUUGGAUUGGAUGUAGGGCCAUGGGGCAAACAAACCAAGGCACUGGCCUUUUCAAAAUUUCCCAGAGAGAGUUUUCUAGUAUUUGUUAUAUUAUCCUUUCUUCCAUCCUCUAACACUUAUUCAGAGUCGGGUCACGGGGGCAGCAGCCCUAGCAAGAAAGCCCAUACUUCCCUCUUCGUGGCCACUUUGUCCAGCUCAUCCGUAGAGAUCCCAAGGCGUUCCCAGGCCAGCUACAUAAUGGCGGUGGACGGCUCCUCUCUCUUUGCUGCAGGACAGAAAGUUUUAGAGGAUUUUUUGUAUCCACAGCCAUCAGACUUUAUUACUCUUGUGUAAAUAGUAGAUAACUUUUAGAGACAUGUCUAGUGAGAUAACAGACAAUUGAAUUGCCCUUUGGGGAUUAAUUAAGUUCUUCUUCUUCUUAUGUUUAGGAGAAUACUAAGAUGAGAAGACGAUAGGAAAGAGGUGUAAAAUACGGUAAUUUUUUACACCGUGAAAAACUACCGUAUACUUGACAGAUAUGGUUCAUGCAGACUGUCAGGAUGUGUGUUUAUGCAAAAAUUUUGGACGUGUGUCUGCAUAGGGGUAAGGGUAACACUUAUUAUUGCUGUAUGUCCAGAGGGGUAUAUAGGGGUAAAUAUUGACAGCAUCUUCAAGUAUUGUUUUAAAUUAUUAUAUAGGGGUAAACGACGAAUAAAUUGGGGAGUCUGUUGACUCCGUUGUAUGUAUAGCCUUGUUAGCUCGAGGCUAUUGACUGUAUCGUAAUAAAGUCCCCCCCCCCUCUUUGUCUCAAUAACAUCACUGAAUCUCUGCAGCUCUCCCUCCGUGUGUGUGUGUGUGUGUGUGUGUGUGUGUGUGUGUGUGUGUGUGUGUGUGUGUGUGUGUGUGUGUGUGUGUGUGUGUGUGUGUUCAUCGGUAAAAAAAAUAGACCGACAAGCAACACCGUCAAUCUUUUUCUAAUUUAUUGAAAUUUACUUUAUUUUGAAAAUUGACCGGAUUCUCUCGCAUCUCCUUCCUGACUUCCUGUCUGGUCCGAUCUGCUCUGUUGAGCUUUACAUCGGCGCGCGCGGCUCGCGCCAAAAAUAGAGAGAAGCGGAGCAGCCGCGCUCCAGAGCGCGAGCCGUUCCGCGCGCGGAAGCGCCGCGCGCGUGCUGUGUGAACAGUCUCAUAGGUUAACAUGGGCGCCGAUCUGAAACUCUGUGCGCGGCGCUUCCGUUCCGCGCGCGGCGCUUCCAGUGUGAACCAGACGUUAGAGAGCACAGCUUUUCUCCUCUCUCUGUCAGAGGGUUAGGUGCAUCGAUCACCGCCUCCUGAUAAACAGAGUGCUGAAAAUACAAGAUAAAAUCUGAUACAACCUGUGGAAUAAAUUGCUCGUUCUUACUUCAUGUCCAAUCAAAUCACCUCAGGUGUGUCUUUAAGGAGCUGUGGAGGAUUGGGGUUCAUCCUGUCAUUGAUUUGUUUCCAUGUGUGUGCAGGACUGCUGUCAACAGCUGAUGUCAUGAUUCAGAUAAGAGAAAGCUUGUUGUUCUCUGUAAUUUGCUCCUCUGAGUCUGCAGAGGCCUGAGAGCCCAGGCUCAAGGGGAUUGAAAUGUCAUCUCUGUUCAGUCAGAUCUGUUAUUAUCUUCCAAGCCAAGCAGUCCCUGUGCUUUAAAUUAACAACCUAGGGACAUCUAAAGAGUGAUGGCUGUAUAUAGAGGAUCUGAAAUCAUACAGCAAAAACAAAGAACAUAUUAACUGUCAGUGAAUUAUAAUCCAGGGAGGCAGAGUCUCCUCCAAGGUGGUCUGUUUGAGGUUUCUUCAUUUUAGCAUUUAGUAGAGAGAGGUUAUGUGCAUUUCAAGAACAGAAUGAAAAUAUAAUACUUACCAGUAAAAUAUGAGUAAAAUAUUUGUCUGAUAGUGUCACACUCUGCUGUGUUUCUCAUGCUGAUUCUCAUUUACCACCCUGCCACACCUCCGCAUCAGCGCUGAUUCCUCACACCUGUGAAUGUCAAACUGCAGGUCCUCACUGCUUAUUAGUCAGCCAGUAUUUAAGCCGCUCUGUGUCCCUCAUUCAGUGCCAGAUUGUCUUCCCAGCAUGCAAGACUCUCCAGCAUUAUUUCUUGGAUUGACUUCUCGAUUUCGACUCCUGCUUGCCUCCGACUACGGUCCAACAUUCACACCUGACAGUACAAUCUGGCCAGAAAUGGACCCAGCAGGCAACCCAUCACCCUUGGACAGACUGACCAGGAUUGAGAGCGUUUUGCAGCAGCAUGAGACUAUGUUGUCUUCUGCUGCCUCAGAAGCCAGACAGGCGGCCUAGGCUAAUGAGCAGACUCUCUCUGCACUAGCUACAAAAUUACAGCAAUUUACGGACUUCAUCGGCUGCUACCCAUUCCUCGCCGGCUACCCCAACUCCAGCUCCAGUUCCAGCCCUAGCUCCAGCUCCAGCUGCAGCUCCAACUGCUCCUCUGUCCAGUGAUACUCUGGAGCCCCGCGUAGGAGUCCCAAAACGUUAUGAUGGCAGUCCAGAGGCUUGUGGCCCCUUCCUGACAAAAUGUCCGUUGCUGUUUUCCCUUCAGGCCUCAGAGCAGGCAAAAGUUGCUUUCACGAUUAACCACUUAACAGGCAGAGCUUGUCUUUGGGGAACUGCUGAGUGGGAGAGACAAUCUGAAGCCUGCUCCACAUUCCAGAGUUUUGCUCAGGAACUACGCAAGGUUUUCAGCCUGGGCUUUUCCAGAUCAGAGACUGCUCGAGGGCUCAUGGGGCUGCGACAGGGGGAACGCACAGUGGCAGACUAUUCAAUUGACUUCCACACCAGAGCCAGCCUCAGCAGCUGGAAUCCUGCCGCUCUGGUGGACGCUUUUCUCGAUGGUUUGGCCGAGUAUAUUAAGGAUGAGCUUGUUUCCCAUGAUGUGCCCUCGUCACUGGGUGCAGUAAUAGAGCUUUCCAUCCAGAUUGAUCUCUGUGUACGACGAGAGAAAUGUCAGGGGUCCUCUCAUCAUCCUUCCAUCCAGUCCAGAGGGCAUGCCAGGAACUCUACACCUUCAUCAGCUCAGCUGCUGGAAGAACCUGAGCCCAUGCAAUUGGGCCGUGCUUCCCUUACUCCAGAGGAAUGGGAGUGAUGCAGGCGAUCUAACCUCUACAUGUACUGUGGUCAGGCCGGUCACUUCAAAUUCACCUGUCCAGUAAAAGCCAAGGCUCACCAGUAGUUGGGGAGAUACUGGACUGAAUGGCAUCACCAUAAAGAACCGCUACUCUUUGCCUCUCAUGUCUUCUGCCUUUGAACUGCUUCAUGGGGCCACAGUUUUUACCAAGCUUGACCUUCGUAAUGCCUACCAUCUGGUCCGCAUCAGUGAGGGAGAUGAAUGGAAGACGGCCUUCAACACUCCAUUUGGGUACUACAAGUAUCUGGUAAUGCCCUUCGGCCUCACCAAUGCCCCUGCCGUCUUCCAAGCCCUGGUCAAUGAUGUUCUUCGAGACAUGCUCAACCAUUGUGUUUUUGUAUACCUCGAUGACAUCCUGAUCUUCUUUAAGACCCUGAGUGAGCAUAUCCACCACGUCCGAGCUGUACUCCAACGUCUCCUCGAGAACUCCCUCUUCGUUAAAGUAGAGAAGUGUGAGUUCCAUGCCCCAUCGGUCUCCUUCCUGGGUUACAUUGUCAUCAAGGACAGCAUCCAGAUGGAUCCAGCAAAAGUCUCAGCUGUCACUUUCUGGCCUGUUCCAGACUCCUGCAAACAGUUGCAGCAUUUUCUGGGUUUUGCCAAUUUCUACCGCCGCUUUAUCUACAACUACAGUUCUGUUGCUGCUCCUCUCACUGCCCUAACCAGCUCUAAGGUGCCAUACCAAUGGAAUCCUGAUGCCGAUGAGGCUUACAAGAAUCUAAAGUCUAAGUUCACCUCAGCACCCAUCCUUCAAGUACCAGAUCCCAAUCAGCAAUUCGUAGCAUUCAUCAUCACGUGGUUGAGGUGGAUACCUCAGAUGUGGGGUUCGGAGCUGUCCUCUCUCAAAGAUCAGCUGCUGACCAGAAGCUCCACCCCUGUGCUUUUUUCUCAAGGCUUGUCUUCAGCAGAGAAGAAUUAUGACAUUGGCAACAGAGAAAUACUUGCAGUGAAGGAGGCCCUAGAGGAGUGGUGGCACUGGCUGGAGGGCACAAAGGAGCCAUUCUUGAUCUGGACUGACCAUAAGAACCUCAAGUACCUCCGCACAGCCAAGAGACUUAAUUCCCGUCAGGCCCGCUGCUCUCUAUUUUUUACAAGAUUCAACUUCAUCCUCUCCUACCUCCCUGGUUCUCACAACACCAAGGCAGAGGGAAGAGGGCUUUGCCGAAGCCCCUGUUACCAUCCUUCCCCCUCCUGUGUUGUUGCCACUCUGACCUGGGACAUAGAGGAGAGGGUGAGAACCGCCACCAAGGGACAGCAAUGUCCCAGCGCCUGUCCUCCCAACUGCCUCUAUGUUUCUGAAGCGCUGAGGUCAGAUGUUCUGCAGUGGGCUCACUCCUCCAAGCUUACCUGUCACCUGGGUUCCCAGCGCAUACAAGAUUUUCUACUCCAGCGCUUCUGGUGGCCCACCUUGGAGAUAGAUACCCGCAAGUACAUCAAAGCUUGUCCCACUUGUAAUCAGCAAAAGACCUCCCGUCAGGUCCCUGCAGGAUUCCUUUAGCCACUCCCAAUACCACAUCGACCCUGGUCUAAUAACUCCCUAGACUUUGUCACUGGUCUCCCUCCCUCUGAUGGUAACAUGGUCAUCCUCACUGUGGUUGACCGCUUCAGUAAAAUGGCCCGCUUCAUACCCAUCCCCAAGCUGCCAUCUGCUAAGGACACUGCCAAGCUAGUCCUAUUCCACGUCUUCCGCCAGCAUGGUCUCCCAGUACAUGUAGUGUCCGACCGGGGCCCCCAAUUCGCCUCUGUCUUCUGAAAAGUGCCAACCAGAAAUACACAGAGGAAAAAACGACAAAUACUCAACCGGAAAAAACACAUGAAAUUUAUGUUACUUUGGGAUGGACGUAACAAUUUAUGUUACGUCGACCCUAGGGGGAUACUAGGGGCAACAGAGAGUGCGACCAUUCCUUUCUCACUCCCAAAAUAACCAGCACAAAGGGAAUCGGAAACCAGGUUUUAACCUUACAAGAAAAAAAGAAUUUAAAUAAUGGUUCUUUUCAAAUUUACAAAAGCUCUCAGGGCGAAAAUAGCAAAAUAACAAAAUAACAAACAAAACACUCUUAUAAAUAAAAUAUCUUACCUCCUCUCUAUAAAAUAAGAAAUAUAUGCAAACCUAGACUGACUUCCUAACCUGAAAAACUAGAGAAAACAACACUGGAGCUAUCCUCCCCCAAAUUCUCAAACGAAACACACACUAUUGCAAUUCUCAAUAUCACAUACAAGUUGGAGGUGAGGAAGGAGGGUCGGCGUCUGCACUGCAGUGGCCUUUCUGUAAAACAGCCACCACCACCUCUCAGCCAAUCAUGGCCAGGCAUCCGAUUCCACUCCUCCAGUCAGUCGCUGAUUUGUGCUUGGCUGUUAUCCAAUCAGGAGCGCCCCUCUACACAAAACAAGCAAAUAACAAUAUAUAUGACCCAUAGUCAUAACACUUCAAAAAGAAGAAAUAACUUUGUGAUAUCUAUAUCAUAUGUCAGUUGGUGAUCAGCUGCUCAUGUUUGCAGUCUUUCUGAAAUGCUUUGAGGGGUCUGAGUCACUCUGUCUCAUUAUGCUCUUGAUGUGACUGAGCCAGAGCUGCAGAGCUGCACACUCUUCCUAAUAUCUGGACUAUCUGGUCUCACACUGAUGAAGCUCAGCUUUGCUUUGAGUCUUAGUUUCAGACUGUGAUUGAUUCCCUUCAGACCCAGGUUCUUUAAAGCUCUGCUCAGUGAUUUUAAUGUACAGCAGAAGGUUAGGAAUGGAUAGUCUAUAGAGACAAAGACAUGAAUGGGUGGUAUACAACUGUUCUGUUGUAAUGGUGUUUGCAGUGAAAUAUCUGCUGUCUUCUUGUGUUGCAGUGUGAAAUGCAGGGCAACUAGGCUGUGCUCAGAGUCUGAGUCUGGCCUAAGGAACAUCCUGCAGGACCCUCUGCUGGUCUAUAGUCAGUGGAGCCUCGUGGUCUCUCAGGUCCUGGAGGCUUCUGCUGGGGUGACUGACUUCUCCCAUAUUGCCAUGCUGGUCCAGAACAUCGAGGUAAACUCUCAUCAGCCUGUUUUUUUUUUUUCCAGACUCACUGACUUUUUUUCAGGGUUAAAAUGUGACAGAGGUGGAGGUCCCCCUGAAGGUGCUGCUCUCUUCUUCUUCAGUUCAGGGAGUUUAAGCCCAGAGUUCAGCCAUCCUGCAGAAUCAGAAACAGCCCAGUCAGAGGUCAGCAGGUCAACCUGGAGGAGGUUUCAGGGUCUGAAAUGUAUCGUAUUUCACCUUUUAGAUGGUUGACUGUAAAAACAGGGACAGUGACUGUCUGACAUUGGCCAUGUUUGCAUGUGCAAAAUUUCUUGAUUGAAUUAAAAAUUUGAGGGAUUGGAAAACCCAAAUCCACUGUUCAUAUGGGCACAAAAUCAAAUAAUCCGAUCAUGAUGUGCAUAUACAUGCACUAAGCUUUAAUCAGAUUAACAGUUGGCUCCUUAGACAACUAUGUGUGGUGUAUUUUGAGGACCCAGAAGCAGACACAGAGGCAGAUAGCAAAUUAAGAUGUAAAUUUAAUGUCCCAUUCAAAGGUAAAGGCAACAGAGAAAGUCUGGUUGGCUGGCUGGCUGUUGUGUGGGCUGGAGACACUGCAGAGAAAACAGAGGAGAUGGAAGUGAAUAGACAUACACUAAAUCACAGGGAGCAAAGUUAGCACUUAUCCAAAAAGGAGGCCAGGAGACGCAACCAAAAUACAACAAAAGGAGGAGGCGUCUCACCACACUAUGCUAUAGUUGUAUAGCAUAGCUGUCUAAUUUCGCUAAAAUGACCGCAGAAGAAGAGUUGCAUUUACGCCCAUGCUGUCAACAAACCAACAAAUGCCGUAGUGUCUCACUUCAUGCGGUUCAGGACUUUUCCUUCCACUCAAAAUGGACCUGAGCCAGGUACUGAGAGCAGUUCUACUGCUCCUAGAAUACAUGAUCAUCAAGCAGGCCCAGCAGCACAUACUGAUUCUGCGUUACAUGAGAAGACUCUAUCCAGCAAGAAAGUUGUGUCAGACACAGACCAAUCGCUCAUGAAUCCUGCCAUGUUUAUGUCUGGUUACUUACAGCAGAAAUGCGUCAUGUUGACGUCGGGGACACAUACGCAGUCCGGUUAGUUUUGCCCCAACUAACCGGGUCACGAUUGAGAUAUGUUUUUACAUGAUGCGUUUUUAUUCUGAUAGAGCCUUUAUUCAGAUUACUUAUGCCCCUUUGAAAGCAGCUGGUGUUUCUGUAUGACCUCAUAUAUAGAAACAGACCCCUGCUCAUUAACAGGUCACUGUGAAAGCCUAACAUCUGCUUUGAGUUAAUAUUGUGUUAAUAAUAAUAAUAUAUAAAACUAAAAAUAAUAUAGUGUUCAGAGCAGCUCUCCUCUGACCUCACCUGUGUCAGAUCCAACAUUCAUACCUGAAUGACACUUCUGUUGGUGCUCCAGCAUGUAGCUACCUCAUGCAACUUUUUAGCUGCACUGUUGUGCUUGAGUUUCUCUAUUAUUCAUAGUAAUAUCAGUAUGCACUCUGGUCCAGGUUUAUAGAACGGACAUUCUAUAUGUUCCCUUUAAUCAAACUUGAUUAAUCAGCUUUCAGCUGUGCUUUGAGUCUGACCUUUCCUUCUCUCUGACUGGCUGUGAAAGAGAGCUGACAGGAACAUAGACUUUAUAUAGAAUGGACAUUGUCUGCCUCCUCACUGGGUGAAGCCUCCGCAAGAACAGUACUCUCUGGUGACGGGCUGCAGUAUAGGUCAUAAAUCCCGCCUCCAUUGGCACACUUGAAGAAGUUUAGAAAUUAAACACAAAAUAUACAUUUUUCUUCCCCCUGGUUGUGAUGUUGACAUGUAGUUAUAGUUAGACUGGUUUGUGCUCAAGUCCUCUUUUUUCUGUGCAGCUCCAUUUUUUUACAUUAUUGGGGGCUCUUGCUCUCUAUGAUUGACACUCGACCUACGGCCUAUGGGCUUAUGAAGAUUACAAAGCUCAUUCAGGGGAUACGCUGUUUGAGCUGAGCUUCAUCACAGUGACUCUGUGUACAACUCAACUGCUCAAGUGGUGAAAUUCAUACAACGCUACUGCGCAAGUGGUGGAUUCAGCAAGUGGAGAAAAUCACGGAAAUACAGAGAGCAAUUUGGCUUUGUUUCGUAUAAUGACAGAGGGGCGAACCUAGUUGUCUGUAGUAUAUACAGUCUAUGGACAAGAAUCUGAACUUUAACUAGACUGUUAGACCUUUUAUGGAAACUGUCCUCUCCUCGGCUUUCCUUUGAAGCUCCCAUCUCUUUUUGUAGUUUUUAACUGUGAGCUAAAAGUGGGAAUAAAUUAAGACCAAUCAGCCUGUGCGGAUCCAGAUCACUCAGGGCUCUCCAAAGAAAAGACAUGCUGCCCAAUAAGGCAAGAGGCCCAGUCUGAAUAAGAUCAGAGCAUUUGUAACUCUGCACUUUGAGUCUAAAGGAAGAAAAAAUUUGGUGAGAGCUUAUGAAAGAGUUUUAUCACUGAUGUUUCCUUCUCAAAAUUCUUUAUUCAGAGAACUUUUAUGGAGUUUAAACUGUAUGAAAAUGAAGUGUUUGAUCUGCUCUAUCUCAGACAUGUACUCUUAUAUUGGUGAUGCAGGUGCACAGGUGAACCUGAAUGUCCUCUGUCUUUGUCCCCUCUCUCAGCGUCUGCUGAAGGACAGCAUGCAGCUGCAGGAACGUUUCCGUCAGCUGCAGGUGAAGGGGGACCUGCUGGACUCAGUGUUUGGUCCCGAGAGGGCUGAUGGUCUGCAGGAUGAGCUCGGUGCUGCAGUCAGGAACAGAGAACUUCUGCACAACCAGCUACAGCAAAGGAAGAGCAGAUUGCAGGUCUUCAUCUUGAAUGCUUCAUGCAGUUUAUUUCAGUAAGCAGUAAAAGAUGCAGUCAGCUUAUCACAGCAUGAACAUCUGUCAGCUGGAGGCCUGGGUCACAUGGCCGUGCUGAUGGAGAUUAAUUUGGCUAGGAUUUGUGAUAAUUUAUUUAUUAUAUUCAUUUUUUCAUUUAAUAUUAACUUCUCUAACACAGUGUUAAAGCAUCGCGUUUAAAUCCUGCAAGUCCUGUUUGCUGGUCCAGAGGACUGAACCUGACUGACAAACAAAAAAGACAUUUAUUUAGAGGAAAACAAUCCACAGUCAGAGAGGCUGAAAGAGAUGAGAGUUAAUUUUGAAGAACUUCCUGUUCAUCAUAUUCCUCUGGUUUAUUUCCCUGUGUUUUUCAGAUUACUGUAGAUAUCAUAUAGGGAAGUCAGCUUGAACCCGGUUUUGUCCAUUGUGGUUCAUCCAGUCAGGUAUCAAGGUUUGACUGCUGAACUAGGUCUGAUCUAAAAUUCAGUUUAAAAGUUUUUUUAAGGAUCAGUUGAGCAGAGACUGUAGACAUGAAUCCAGAGAGAGUAAAAUGUCUUUAAGAACUCAUAUUUAAGGAUAUGGAUGGAUUUAAACCUGACAGACAUCACUGGCUAUAAAACCUCUCCAACACUGUGUCUCUGACUCAGGGCCUGAUCUCCAGGACCAAGGAUUUUGGAGACGCCUAUGAGCUGAUUCACUCAAAGCUAAGCGCGCUCAGGGACCGUCAGCCUGAAGGUGGCCUUCAGCCUGACAUCCUGGCCAAGAAAUCCCAGUCAGACCAGUUCAGAGUAAGUCUCCCAUGAUUUUACAGUCUGAUGGUUCCUGAUGAAGCUUCUUUACACUAGCAUCUCUCACGGAGCUCAGACUUACUUUCCAUUCCUUCAGACAGACUCUUUGCUGUAUUCACUUUGCUGGUUAAUAAAUCUGCAGAUUGAUUUAUGAGCUCGAGAAAGAUGAUAACAGAUGAUUGAAGGUUUUCAUUAUACAGUUUGCUGAUAUUUUUAUAGUUAAGUAUUUCAACAGUUAACUUGCAUUUUUAGGGUUUAUUAUUUUACAGUUUACCCGCAUUUUUACUGUUUAUUAUUUCAACAGUUAAUCUUUUACAGUGGAUUAUUUUACAGUUAACUCACUUUUUCAAAAUUUAUAGUUCACAGUUAACUCACAGUUUACAGUUUAUUAAGGUUUGCUCACAUUUUUACAGUUGAUUAUUUUUCAGUUAACUCAGAUUUACAGUAGAUUAUUUUACAGUGACUAAACAUUUUUAAGUUUAUUAUUUUACAGUUAAUCUACAUUUUUAAUGUUUAUUCUUUUAGAGUUAACUUAUUUCUAUUGUCUUUUCAAUUUACGAUCAACUCAAAAUUUUACAAAUUUUAUUUCACAGUUAACUAGCAUUUUUACUGUUUAGUAUUUAACAGUUAAAUCACAGUUUAACAGUUAAUUAUUUAACAGUUAAAGGGGGACACUAUAUGUACUGUUGAUGAAGUUAGGUGCUGAUCUUAUAUGGCUAUAGAGUGGCUUUUUGGUUGAUAUUUGUGUUUGGCUCCUUAGACUGCUGUGUAUUGCUAUCCUGUGGUUGUUACUAAAGUUAGUAUGACUAGAGAAGCAAGUAGCCGGCGACAUUCACCUUUCGAGGGGGUUUCUAACUCGGUGUUACUGUGUGUUUGACCCUAAAUUAAUUUUACAUCGGAACAUCCCUUUAACUAAUUUUUACAAUUUUUAUUUGACAGUUAACUCACCUUAAACUCACUUUUUUAGUUUAUUAUUUUAUAGUUUACUCAGUCUUUUACAGCUCAUUAUUUUACAUAAAACCUACUUUUUAGAAGAUUAUUAUUUCUUAAAAACUGUCUUUUUUCUGUUUAUUAUUUCACAAUUAACUUACUAUUUCGCAGGUUAUUAUUUUACAAUUAACUGAUUUUCUUUAAAUUCAAUCUUUUUUACAGUUAGCUCACAUUUUUACAAUUUAUUAUUUUACAGUUAACUGACAUUUUUACAGUUCAUUACUGUAAACUUAACUCACAUUUUUACUGUUAAUUUAUAAUGUUUGUGUGUCUGACAGUCUGCACUGAUACCCGAGGGUGAAUAGUGUUGGUUCAACUGCUCACCUGAUCUCCUGUAUUUCUGUGGUUUCUCAGGCGAUCCUUAAGGACCUGGAGGACUCUGAGGCCCACAUUGCAGCUCUUGAGACUCUGGUCUCAUCCAGCCAGAACAACAAAAACCUAUUUGACAGACUGUAUGCAGACUGGAUACACCUGCACAAAGUGGUCAGGGUAAGAAUUAAUGUUGAUGAAUUUUUCCUUGGACCUGGUGGUUUUCUUGGGUCAGAGAGGUGUGAAGAGCCCAGUAAACUAGGGUCAGGAGGUCUCGCAGUAAGCACUGCACUUCACUGCAGCUCCACUGAGCGUGACAGCCUCUGACUGACUGUCCUGCAGAGAUGGAGGAUGAAGCUUGGAAAGUGGUUAGUGCUAAAAAUGUUUGAAGCUUUUAAGAUUCAGACUCAGCUGAAAAAGCAGUAUCUGUGCUGGCAUAGACCAGUUUCAAUUUCAACAAGCUUUAUCAGCAUGACUGUAAGUACAAUAUUGCCAAAGCAUAACAGCACUAGCACAUCAAUAAUACCUCUCUGAAAUCAUAGUUUCAGUCUUUCUAAAACACACAGGCUUAUUAAAAUAAGAAAUUAAAAAACAAUGAAUAUAUAUAUUUUUUAAGUUUAUCUCUUACUUGAAACGGCUCUAAACUACCAUCAGUUGUGUGAGGGAGACCAGUUUGAAGGAUGGAAGAGUUUUUUAACUUCCUGUGAGGCAGACACUGAGAUGGCCCUCCAACUGUCUCUUUCAUAGCUUUCUUUGCCUCCAGGCAAGGUUUCAUGAGAGUGAGGAGAGCAUCAGGGACCACGAGAGCUUCCACGACAGUCUGCUUAACAUGGAGAAGUGGCUGAUGAUCAUGAAGCAGAAGCUGGAGUCCUUCCACAGCCCAUCAGAAGGGUGGAGCAUUGAGGGGCGCCAGCAUGAGGCCAUGGUGCGUUUAUAUCCUUUAACUGAGUACCUAUCUGACAUCAACCACUACAACUGAGGGUUUAUCGUUUCUUUAACCUAUGUCUCUACGAUCAGGAAGAGUCUGUCUUUAUCAACGUAUUUACAGAAGAAGCUGGACUGUGACAGAGCCGAACCUAAAACAGGACAGAUCCUCAGUCAGUGUUUUAGUCCUGAGUCAGUGAAUAUGUUUCCUCCCUGACUGAAGUUAACAGGGUCAGAGUCUAACUGAUCAGUUUGCUCAUCCUUUUAUGUUUAAACAAUCAGAUGAAUCAAGUAUGGACCAGUGCAGACAAGACUUUGAUUUUGAUGUAUAAUCAGCUCUGAGUUUAGUUUGGGGAGUUUGGACGUGUAGGGGUCUGAGUUUAUGAUGGAUUAACUAAUCAUUGCUUUAAAUCUUCCUGCUCUUUAUUCAUAUCACUUAGUUUGUUAUUGUAUCAGCAGCUCUGACAGACUGAUGGCAGCUCACUGGGACCUUUAGUGAAUCCUGAAGACAGGAAUUUUAUUGAGCUGACCAGGAGAGUCAUCAUUAUCUCAUCCUUCACUGCUGCAUUUCAUUACCAUUUAAAAUUCUCUUUAUAUGCUGGUGGACUCCUGCUCAGGAGUUGUGCUGUUUGAGACCUUAUUAUAGAUGUUCAACUAGGAGCAGGAGUGGGAGAAAGACUCAUGGUGGAAACAGAGUCUUAUUGGAUUAAAAUCUUCAGAGUGAGAGCCCCAGAGAGGAAACACCAUAGACUGUAUAUAAGAUGGACAGAGUCUGCCUCCUCGCUGGGUGAAGCCACUCCGAGAAUAGCACCCUCUGAUGGUGGGCUGCAGUACAGGUCAUAAAUCCCGCCUCCGCCAGCAAAGCUUAUGGAGCUGUGGACAAACUUUAGAAAUUUAUUACACCGAACAUAAAUUUUUCUCCCCCCUGCUUGUGAUGUUGACAUGUAGUUAUUGUAAGACUGGUUUGUGCCAAAGUCCUUUUUUUUCUGUACAGCUCCGUUUUUAAAAGUUAUUAAGGGUUUUCUAUGAUUGACACCUGGUACAGCCUAUGGGCGUUCAGGGAUUGCAUAGCUCUCCCGGGGGGAUACACUGUUUGAGCCGAGCAUCAUCACAGGGACUCUCGGCGACUGCGCGGCCGAAUGCACGCAUCACUACUGCGCAGCUCUGGUUUCAAGGAAGUGGAGAAAAGACCGGAAUUACCGAGAGCUUUUUGGCUUCAAAUCCGUAUACAGGCGGAAGGCGGAAACAGGUUGUCCAUCUUAUAUACAGUCUAUGGGAAACACCUACCAGGGAAACCAGUUUCUAUCAGAAACUUUGUCCAGGUUGAUCCUCAGAGAGUAGAGGAUGUGAAGGAGGGAAUCAAAUUAUUCUCCUGCUGCAGGAAUGAGACAGUUUUAGGUCCAAACAUCAGACCAGAGAGUCAAACCUACAGGCAAGAGCCUGUUACCUGGUGUAUGUGCUCACCUAUUUAACCCUCUCAUGUCCACAGAGAGUGCUGGGAGAGUUUCCAGAAAAGGAGCUCCAGCUGCAGCAGAUGGAGGCCCAGGGUCAGGGCGUCUUACGGAGGACGUCGGAGGAGGGACAGGUCCACAUCAUUAGGGACAUUAAACGUCUGAGGGAGUCCUGGCUGGCCCUCUCAAACAUGAGUCUCAAUCUGCACAGGUACCUGAGUAAACCAUUGAUAUCAGAGCCAUUAUUCUCAAUUUUUAUUCUGUUCCAGACUCCACAGACUGUGAUCCUGCAGGCCAGCAAUUAAUCAUGAAACCUUUAAAAUCUACAACAGCAAGAAGUUUGACUGAACCCAGAAAUCAUCAAGGCCUCAAAUUCACCCAAACAGACCCAAAAUCAUCAAAAUCUUUACACCAGUCAUGCGCAAUCUUACACUGUUUUGGAGCAGCAGCAGUGAAGUGUUAUCAAGGGUAAUUCUAUGAAUUAGGUUUCAGUGUAAAUAGCCUGUCAGAUGUCAGAUCUCAAACUUCAUCCAUCAGAGUGUUUCCCUCUGUCAAAGUAGCUGUCUUUAAGCAAGACAUUCUCUGAUAGAAACUUGAAUUCUUUGUUAAAGUGGAUUUUUAAAGCAAGAAGAGAGGGGGGACAGUGGAAGGAGGUGGGGAAGAAAGAAAAAAAAAGAAAGGGAGCGAAGGAGUAGAGAGGGAUGAGGGAGAAGGGAAGGAGGGAGGUAGAAGAAAAAGGGAAAAGAGAGAUAGGAAGUUUAAAAGGGGGGAGAGAAAAGGGAGGCUGGAUAGAGAGAGUGAAGAGAGAGGGAUGAGGGGAAGAGAGGGAGAAGAAAGAUAGGGAGAAGAAAGGGGAGAGACAGGCAGGAGAAAAAUUGAAGGAGGGAGGGAGAAGGAAGGGAGGAGGGAGCGAAGAGGUAGGUAGAAGUGAGAGGGAGAAGAGUGAAAGGGAAAAGAGGAAAGAGAGGGAGGGAGGAAGGAAGGAGAGGAGGAAGGGGGAAUAGAGAGGAAAGAGGGAGGGAGAGGGGUAGGAAGAGAGAGGAAGGAGAGCGGGAUGAGAGAUGAAGGAGAGAGGUGGAAGAGUGGAGGGAGAAAAGAGGGAAGAGGAGAGAGGGAGGAGGGGAAAAGGGAGGCACAAGUCAGGGAGGAGUGAGGGAAGAGAAAAGGAGAAGGGAGAGAGAAGAAUGGGAGAAGACAGGGAGGAAGGAGAGGGGGAGAGCAAGAGGAGAGUGAGAGGGAGGACAGAGGAUUGAGGUAGGGAGGAGGGAGGAGUAGGAAACAGGGGGUGAGGGAAGAGAGAGUAAGGGGGAAGAAAGGCACUGAGAAAGAGGAGAGUCAAAGGGAGAAGGAAGGGAGAUGAAGGGAAGGAGGGAGAGGUGGAGAAGAGAUCAGAGAGAGUGGAGAAAGGUUUGUCUCCACAGACAAAGACCUAUUCAUGCGUGGAGUCUAUAUCCCCCCACAGACACAGGGACAUGUGCUGAUCUGUGGUGACCUAAACGCCAGCACAGGUACAGAUCCUGAUUUAAUUAAUGCACAGAGAGACAAACACACACCUGGCCAGAUCAGCAUCCCCCACCCCGCCCCCCUCCUUUACAUCUGCACAGAAACAACUUUGACAAAACUGUCAACAGAAAUGGGCACCAACUCCUGCAGAUGUGCUACACGCUGGGUCUGUACAUAGUCAACGGUCAACUUCGAGGGGAGUCCUUCAGUCACUGCACUCACUCAGUCUCUCAGCUCUCCCUUUGGCAACAGCACAGUAGACUAUAGUAUUACAGAUCCAGACCCCUUCAAUCUCAGGGAAAUGACCAUCAGCCCCCUAACACCACUAUCAGAUCACAGCAAAAUCACCCUGUACAUUAGGAGGACCUCAACAGACCCCCAUGUAGAACAGCCCAGUAGGCUCAACCGCUCCAAACAGCCUUACAAGGGGACUAGUCAUAGCAAAGAUGACUAUCAGAGAGCAAACAGGCAUCCAGCUAUCCAAACCGAGUGAGACCAUUUUCUUUCCACCUCAUAUCCCCACGGUAAUGACGGCCUCAAUAAGGCUGUUGGGGAUAUUAACGAUAUAUUUGACCAAACAGCAUCUCUAUCUAAUCUAAACAAAUCUAAGUGUCAUAGUUCAAACAAAUCAAGUGAUGAAAAGUGGUUUGAUUCUAACUGCAGAUGUCUGAGAAAAAAUAUGGAAUCAGAUUUGUGUCAAAUAAUAAAACUAAACUUCUUCUUCUGGUAUAUUACUUUUUUAUCCUUUUGUUUACAGUAUCGUCUGUUUCUUUCUCACUAACCAGAUUUUUGCUCUCACUGCUCAUUUUGCAGUCUUGCUGCCAGCUCUCUCGUUUUAGCUCCCUGAGUUUUUGUUUGCCAUUCUGACACAAAUCUCUUACGUGGGCAGGACUUUUCAGGGGUGCGGCGCCAUUGGCUAGUGAGUUUUUCUUUUUUAAACACUCUAUUUGUAAUUUCCAGUUAACAUAUUAAACAAUCGUAUUCUCUGUCUUACAAAUAACUACAACAAACAGUCCUGACAAUAGACAGAGACAGCUCAAAAAGGAAUAAAACAAAUAGACAAACAAAACAAAACAAAACAAAACAAAACAAACAAGAAACAGCAAGUGCACUUAAUACUUCUUGUUAUGGAAUUUGUUCAAGGGGAGAUUUAAAGUUCUAGUUACAGACCAGGCAAAUUGUUCACAUAAGUUAUUAGAGAGUCCCAGGUUUUGUGGCAUCUGUCGAUGGAUCCGUUAAGGGUACAUCUGAUCUUUUCGAUCUUAAAGUUCUGCAUAACGUCCCUAAUCCAGUGGUGAUGAGAUGGAGGAGCAGCAGCCUUCCAUUUGAAUAAAAUCAAGCGUCCAGCCAAUAAGGAGGAGAAGGCAGUGAGCCUCUGUAAAUGAGCAGGAAGAACAGCUUCCAUAGGAUCAGAAAACAAACCAAAAACAGCAAUUAGUGGAGGUGAGAUGUGAUGAGCAUAAGCCUUUGAGAUUACUUAAAAAAAGCAUGACCAGAAAGGAACAAGUUUUGGACAAGACCAGAACAUAUGAUAGGAAGUGGCUGAGGUUUGUUUACAUCUGUCACAUAAUGGAUCUACAUUCGGAAAUAUUCUUGCUGAUUUUGCUUUUUAAAAGUGUAACCUAUGUAACACUUUAAACUGUAUUAAAGCAUGUCUAGAGCAUAUGGAAGAAGAGUGGACUUUAGUAAGAGCUAUACCCUAUUCCUCGUUUGACAGUUGAGCCCCCAAGGCAUUUUCCCACUGUUCUUGAAUAUGUGAAAUAGAGUGGUUGCAGUAAUCCAUAAUAUGCGAAUAAAUAAAUGAUAUCCUGCUUUUAUUCAACACAUUGACCCUUAACAGGGAAUCCAAACAGAAAGAAGGGGGAAGGGUAGGAAAAUUAGCAAACUUUUUGUGAGUAAAAUCUCUAAUCUGCAAGUAUCGCAGAAAAUGAUGAUGGGUCAGACCAAGAUUUCUGAAUAACUGAUCAAAGCUAGCAAAAGUAUAAUUAACAUAUAAGCCGUUAAUACUAUGAAUACCCUUAUUAUACCAAAUUUUGAAACCAUUGUCUAAUAGAGAUGGCGGGAAAAGGUGAUUAUGUAUUAUUGGAGAGUGAAUAGAAAUAUUUUGAAUACCAAAACAUUUUUUGAACUGGUUCACGACAUGUAAGGAUUGAGUUACAAUUAUUUUAUCUUUAAUAUUGUUAAUUAGUGAUGGUAGGGGUGCACAAAGUAAGGCAAGGAGUGAGUGUGGGCUGCUUGUGAUCUUUUCAAUCUGGAGCCAUGCAGGGAUUUUACCAUUCCAAACUUUUAAGCACAGAGAAAUGGCAUUAAGAUUUGCAGCCCAAUAAUAUGUACGCAGAUUUGGAAGUGAAAGUCCACCUACACCUUUGGUGUUUCCAUAAAUUCUUUUCUAAUGCGAGCUGGUUUAUUAUUCCAUAUAAAGGAAGAUAUCGUUUGAUUAAAUGCCUAGAAAAAAGAUUGUGGUAUGAAAAAAGGCAACACCUGAAACAAGUAUAAAAACUUUGGCACAAUAUUCAUCUUAACAGAGUUUGUUCUUCCAAUGAGAGAAAGAGGCAAAAUAGACCAUCUUUUAUUAUCGUGUUUACACCGUUCCAGCAGAGGAGGGAAGUUAUUUUUGAAUAGACUGUAACAGGAUUUGGUGACUUUUACACCUAGUUACUGUAUGUGAAGGAUUCGGGAGACAACCUAAACGGCAGAUUAGGAUAUUCUCUUGCAUUACUACUAAUAGGGAAGUAUUCACUUUUAUCAAAAUUUAAUUUAUAUCCAGAUAUAUUUCCAAAUUCUUGCAAGAUUCUAAGGAUUUUAGGGGUGGAUGUAAUGGGGUUGGUGACAUACAGUAAAAAAUCAUCUGCAUAAAGCGAGACAGUAUGGGUUCAGCCACCACGUGUAAAACCUUGUAUACUAUUAUUGCAUCUGAGAGCUAUAGCAAGGGGUUCUAUAGCUAAGACGAAAAGCAAUGGACUCAGUGGAUCCCCUUAUUUUGUCCCUCUGUGAAGAGGAAAGUAUUCAGAUGAGAUACCAUUGGUAUAAACUGAGGAGGGGGGGCAGUGUAAAUGAGCUUGAUGAGUUGAAUAAAACUUGGGCCAAAACCAAACCUGCGAAGUGUAUAAAAAAUAAAAUUCCACUCUACCCGAUCAAAAGCCUUUUCGGCAUCAAGUGAUAUUACUGCUUCUGGAGAUGGAGUGUUAGAUUCAAUGUAGAUGAUAUUAAACAAUCGUCUCAGGUUAAAAUAGAAUUGUCUGCCUUGGACAAAUCCAUUCUGGUCCUCUGAAAUGGUGUGAGGAAGAGUUGUCUCCAGCCGGAGUGCAAAGACCUUUGAGAACACUUUACCAUCACAGUUUGUCAAGUUAAUUGGUCAGUAGGAGGAGCAAUCACGAAGGUCCUUGUUUUUUUUGAUAAUAGUGUAAUAGAUGCCUGGCGAAGAGUGGGUGGAAGAAUGUUAUUUUCCAGUGCUUCUGUAUAAACUAAAAGAAGAAGAGGGGCAAGUUUAUCUUUGAAUUUCUUAUAAGAAUCUGUUGGAAACCCAUUCUUUAUGGGAGCUUUACCACUCUGAAGGGACAUUAUAGCAUUGUUAAUUUCCACUAGUGUCAGAUUUUCUUCCAAUCUUUCUUUAGAGUCAGAGUCAAUUUUUCGGGAUAUUCAGAUUAGAAAAAAAUAAGUCGAAUUGGUUGUGAUUCGAUGUUGAGUCUUAAAAAUAUAAUUUAAAGUAGAACCCUUUAAAUCGGUUGUUAAUAGCCUUGUGAUCCUCUGUUGAGGAGCCAUCAGGUAGCAUUAUUUCAUUCAUGAAACGCUUAAAUCGGGGACAUUUUCGGGGACAGCUUUUGCCAGGGACAUGUCAUCCAAUUCGGGAACAGACGGGGACGUCUGGUCACCUAUUAUGGCUAAAGGCUAAAAAUGGCAGGUAUUAAACCACAUAUUUUUGACCCCCAGUCCGAAGAGGAGGUGGAAGUUGAAGAAGAAGCCGUAGAGCGAAAGAACUAAUUUUGGUGCUCCAGCGGUGUUUUCUCAUUCAUUCUGCCCAGCUUUAAGUUCAUUUUCCUGGCAGUAAACCCAAGGAAACACCUGUCGUUUGGAAGAGACCCAUAGCGGAUACAGUGGUAGCUGGGUCUCGCACUGGCUGGAGAGUGAUGAUGACUGUGACUGGGUACGAGAACGAGAGAGUGGGCGCGGCUCACUGAGGGCGCGAUCAUGAAUAAUAAUGAGCAAGGUCAGCUUGAUGUCAGAAUGACCUGCUUUUCCAAUUGGCCUGGUUUACCCGUUUCUUUAUUUUAAAUCUUUACAGAAUGGAAACGAUGUAAUGUUUUAUCUAAUCUGACACACAAAAUUACAUUUUUGGUAGCAGGUCCCCUUUAAAAAACGAGGAAAUAAUAAUAAUAAGUAAUUAUUAGGAAGGCGUACAUAUGUAGCAUUACAUGUGAUGUGUACACACAUUCAGGCAAAAUGUCCAUUGCUACAUGCACAGCACUAAUAAAAUAAUACCAUAGGAAAAAAAUACUGUCAGUUAAAAUUGACAGAAUAACCAUAUGUAGUGAUAUCACCGUCUCUUUCAAUUAAUUGUUUGUAUUUUGACCCGAUAAUCAGCAUUACCUCAAUCACCAUCUUCUGUAACAGAGCUUUCGUUGUCAGCAGACACAUUUUUAUUGAUGUUGGUCAGCGCCGCCGUGGGGUCUGUAAACUUCAUGCAUCUACCGUUGUGUGUAAACUGUAGAGUGGCUGGGUAGUAGAGGGCGAACUGGAUCUUUGCGGCGUGGAACUCCUUUUGGGUCUUGGAGAAGGCUGUGCGUCGUUUGUUGAUAUCCAGGCUGUAAUCAGGAAAGAUGUGAAAUCCUGAUCCGUUGUAGGAGAGAGGGCCUUUCUGUCUGUCGAGGCGUAGGAUCAACUCUCAACGGCCGUGAUCUAUUAUCGCCAUCUACUUGUUUAGGGGCCAAGCUUCUGUGGGCUCUAUCCACCGAUGGUGGCUUCUCAAAUUUGUCCUCCCCAAGCACAUCCAGAGUAGUUUGGUAAUGAAUUCUGAUGGUCGUGGGCCCUCCACAUUUUCUGGUAUCCCCACAAUGCUUAUAUUCUGCCAUGUGGUGUAGUUUUUCAAGUACGCUACCUUCUCCUUCAAGGACUUCGUUUUCUUUAGCAAGUGAAGUUUGAGAAGUUUCCACGCUGCUCAGUCUUUUGUCGAGCUCAUUCAUGCCAUCCUCUACCUCAGUAAUUCGUUGGCCAUAAACACUCAGAAUCGAAUGUAGAGAGGCAGUUGACCCUCGGAUCUCUUCCCAAAAUAAGUUGACAGAGGCUUGCACAGCAGCAACUGCAUUAGCUAGCGCUGUCAUAUUGUUAGCAUUUGUGUCCGUUUCUUUGCUAACGCUUUCCGGGAAUUCGGAGAGGUGACCAGAUGCAGCGCAAGAUGGCGGACCCAAAGAUAGAAAACCACAUUUACAAAACGCAAUAAGUUUCCGCAUUACCUCCGAUUGGCGGACCCAAAACAAUUACUUCCGGUGGAAAGGCUUUCUCGUUGGCGGACUUCCGGCGCCGAAAUACUUCAGGUAGUCGGAUUUAGUCGCCGGAUCCUUUUUUUUUUGCUCCGUUCAUUCCAUAAGAAUCGAAUUAAAUUUAUUAUUGAGCUAAAAAUCAAAAUAAAACGUUUAUGUAUUAACUAUGACUACUGUUUUGUUCUGAUUUAAUUCUGAAGUUUACAGUAAUAUGUAUAUAUAGCCUGAUGUCCUCAUAUUCUGAUAAUUUGUCAGAAUAGGUAAAUGUAUGUAGAAGUUAUCAUCUUACUCAAAUUCUUUUGUAAGAGUUUGCUACAAGUAUGGACUGUUUUAACCUCUCGUUACACAUCAUAUAACAGUGUUUUCUAACUUUUCUCUCCAAUAGCUUUAUUACACAGCACAUCAAUGUUUCUUAACUUCUCUGUGACCUUGUUUCUCCACUCCUAUUAGGACCUCGUUUAAUGUCAACAAUGUUGCCCUGACCCUCACAUAUUUUCUGUUGUUCAUAAUUAUGUUUUAUGAGAGUGCUUAUGUUGCUGCACAAAUUUACUCCCCCCAUCCUUUAGUAACAUUGUGUAACCAGGGACAUCAUUUAUGAAAUGGUGUGCUUCCUGGUGAACCUCUUCAGGAUUGCUUGACUGUGCAAAAUCCAAGUAUACAAUAGUUGUAGAGACAAGUCACAUGAUCUCUUUAAGGUUCAGAAGAGCCAUAUAGCAAAAACAAUUGAAUAGCGAUAUCAUUACAGACUGUGUAAAGAAAUGGGAAAUUGUCAUACAACUGCUUUGAAGAUUUCUUUAAUUUUUUCCAAACAAAAUUGUGAACAGUAAAAAAAUAUAUAUAUAUAUACAAAAUUCAGCACUGCCGUCGGUGUGGUGGGGGGCUUAAAACACGUUGCCACAGGCCAUCAUCAGCUCUGCUCUGAACCGGUUGAUGCCAUGCUCCUUCGGUGCUUUGAUCAAAAGCUGAAAAACAGUCAAAUAAUGUGAACAAUUGAAGUUAUGCAGUAUGGGUUAAUUGUUGUUCUUGAGCUUUCCAAAUGAAUAAGAACAACCUCUUAACAAUAUCAUCAAUUUUCAAAGCAAGCUAUAUAGUUUGAUCUACUCACCUCUGGGAGCAUGACGUCAAAAACGAAAUCAAGCAGAUAAAUCUCGCCUCUCUUUAUUUUUUUAGAAAUGUUUGUUGCCACCUCAAUGAACCGCAGGAGCUCGAACAUCUAUUGAAGAAAAACACAGAAAGUAAACACCUUUCAAAUGUAACACCCCUGAGAGUAAAAAUACUCAUGAUGGAUGGCAUUUUUACUUACGCGCUGCUCACUCCAACUUAGUGUCCUUAUCUUAAGAUGCUGCUUUAGUCGGAGUGAGGUGGCGGGAUUCCUCCAAAGGAACAUUCUGUUGGAGCGGAUCUUUCCAGACAGUAGAUCAUCGUGUAAUGUCUGAAACCAAAGAGCAAGAGACAAAAAUGUAAUCAUCUGAAAAAGAAACGGUGGCUUUAACAACUGAUAGUGCAUUCAAAAGCAACCUUGAUCUGUGUCUUAGAAAAGACAGCAUGAAUUCCUCAACUGUCAACAGCAUCCUUGAUCCUGCAGAGAAAUAAGAAAAGAGCAAGCCUUCAUUUUUUCAUCCUUUGAGCCUCGUAUUUUUGACUGAUACUAUGUUUCCUUGAUAAAUUAUGUUAUACCGAGGAUGCUCAAUGGAGUCCUCGCAUCCGCAGUCAAACGGCUCCAUUUCAAUCCCAGCACAAUCCUGAUGCAGCCAGCCCCUGCACGUCUUGCACUGGACCCAUUUUAUGACGUUUACCUGAGGGUAAAGCAAUCUGAUCAAAUGAGAGACAAACAUAAUAUUAAACAAACACGCUGUCCAAUUGAUUAUACCUCUGCAGCACAUUUGAAUGUAUAAAUAAUUUUCCUGCAUGAUUCGUGCAUUUAAACUAUAUGUAAAAGUGGUCACUUCAUGGAAAAUCACUGAAUAGGCCCCGAUAAUUGCAUUUAUUAAAUUGAGUCUGCAACACACCUCUCUCCUGUGUUGUUCGAUGUCUGGUAGACACAGAAUUGCAUUGAAUCUGCCAUGCACAUUCUUUGGACAUCCGAUACCGUCUGCGUCAUGGUUUCCUUGACAAGGCAAUUUGAAAAGUAACAUCAAUUACCAAAUACAUCGAGACAAUGUUGAUCCAUAAAACUGUGUGCAUUUUGAAGGACUCCCACUGAGAUAAUACUGUUUUUACAAGGCAAUUUUCUAACCUCUAUGUCCUGCUGCUCUGCCUUCCUCUUUAGACUGAAGACCGGAGUAUGCUUUCCAGCAAUGAGCUCCUGACAUUCUUUGGUCCAGUGGGCGAAGAUUUUCCCACAACUGUAAUGACAAUAUGUCUUUAAGUACAAUAUAUUGAUUGUCUUCCAGUUAAUUAGGACAUCUAGUUUACUUAAACUGUCUACCUGUUCAAAGAAUUGUUCUCCAGGAGCAACAGGCACCACCAUCGCUGCCAAACAGGCAUGUCAUGCUGAAAUUGUUGUUUGUAUUUCAUUUUAGUGCACAAUACAAAAUACAACCUUGAGGAUGACACUGCGUGUUGAAAAGUACUUACAACUGAGUAGUCAAACUGUGACUCCAUAACGAUGUACAUGGCAGACUUUAAAAAAAAAAAUUAUGAGACAACAUGUGAGAUAACUUUAAAAAAGUCCAUGUUGGAAAGUUAUUCUAGAUACAAUAUUUGUGCAUUACAGCUCGUUAUGACCUACCAUCAACAUGAAUAUGCCACAGUCUGAGCCGAAGUCCUGGCUGGGGAAGCCCUGAUUUAACAAAAGCAAACGUUAAUCAUCUUGUCACAUACACUUUUAGGAGCCAGAUUGGGGUUUUGCAGUUUAUUGUUAUGUAUUUUUUGUGCCAGCAGAUGGUGCUAUUGUGCCUGUCUAUUUAAUGGGUGGGUUGAUUAGGAGAGGUGCGCACAUAAAAUGAUGAAUGAGUAAAUAAAUCAAAACAACAGAAAAUGUGUGUGACAUGUGACAUUAUUCCACCUGCGGGCACGCAUCAACUCAAGCAAAAAGGUGUUCGCCACAAGUAACAGCAUUGGAAAGCUGUUAUACACUUUUCAACUGUAAUAUAGAGCAUGCACAAAUACCUCCAAAUCUCUGCCCGUUUUCUCAGUCCAUUGCCCAGGACAUAUCUUCUGCGCAAUGUUCCUGUUAAUUUGAGAGCGUCACUUAGAUUUCCCAUGAUGGAAACAAUGGAAUGCAGGGUUAGGGUUAGUUUGAGUGGUCGGAUGUGAGAUUGAAUGAAUGCGGACGGCUUGCUUCUUUUCAAACUUCCUGAGAGUUCUUCUUCUUCUGUAAAUUUUGCCGUCAGAAAGUGUAGGUACAUACCGCCACCUACUGUUCUGGCAUCGCAAAGCAGAAGUUCAAAGUUCAUGUUUUGGGUCCGCCAAUCGGAGGUAAUGCGGAAACUUAUUGCGUUUUGUAAAUGUGGUUUUCUAUCUUUGGGUCCGCCAUCUUGGCGCUGCAUCUGGGUACUCUUGGGAAUUCGAGUUGUUUCUCCCAUUCUGUUGUUUGGCCAGUUUGGGAGGCAUGUCCACUCGUUAGGCAAUAAAGUCACUUAAUCUGUGUUUCCAAAUAAAUUUGAGCGGUUACGAGGUCCAAAAUGUAUAAAUUUGAAAAUUUUUCUGCGGGAGCUGCAGAGGACACGUCUACUCACCACUCAUGCUCAAGUGUGCCCCUGGCUAGUUAGUUUUUGUGUGACAGCUCAGUGGCCUGUGUUGUGCCGAGAAACGCAUGUCUGCCUUGAAUGCAAUGUACAGUUUAAACCAAUACAAUUCAUAUACACUCACCGGCCACUUUAUUAGGUACACCUGUCCAACUGCUCGUUAACACUUAAUUUCUAAUCAGCCAAUCACAUGGCGGCAACUUAGUGCAUUUAGGCAUGUAGACAUGGUCAAGACAAUCUCCUGCAGUUCAAACCGAGCAUCAGUAUGGGGAAGAAAGGUGAUUUGAGUGACUUUGAACGUGGCAUGGUUGUUGGUGCCAGAAGGGCUGGUCUGAGUAUUUCAGAAACUGCUGAUCUACUGGGAUUUUCACGCACAACCAUCUCUAGGGUUUACAGAGAAUGGUCCGAAAAAGAAAAAAUAUCCAGUGAGCGGCAGUUCUGUGGGCGGAAAUGCCUUGUUGAUGCCAGAGGUCAGAGGAGAAUGGCCAGACUGGUUCGAGCUGAUAGAAAGGCAACAGUGACUCAAAUAACCACCCGUUACAACCAAGGUAGGCAGAAGAGCAUCUCUGAACGCACAGUACGUCGAACUUUGAGGCAGAUGGGCUACAGCAGCAGAAGACCACGCCGGGUGCAACUCCUUUCAGCUAAGAACAGGAAACUGAGGCUACAAUUUGCACAAGCUCAUCGAAAUUGGACAAUAGAAGAUUGGAAAAACGUUGCCUGGUCUGAUGAGUCUCGAUUUCUGCUGCGACAUUCGGAUGGUAGGGUCAGAAUUUGGCGUCAACAACAUGAAAGCAUGGAUCCAUCCUGCCUUGUAUCAACGGUUCAGGCUGGUGUUGGUGGUGUCAUGGUGUGGGGAAUAUUUUCUUGGCACUCUUUGGGCCCCUUGGUACCAAUUGAGCAUCGUUGCAACGCCACAGCCUACCUGAGUAUUGUUGCUGACCAUGUCCAUCCCUUUAUGACCACAAUGUACCCAACUUCUGAUGGCUACUUUCAGCAGGAUAAUGCGCCAUGUCAUAAAGCUGGAAUCAUCUCAGACUGGUUUCUUGAACAUGACAAUGAGUUCACUGUACUCAAAUGGCCUCCACAGUCACCAGAUCUCAAUCCAAUAGAGCAUCUUUGGGAUGUGGUGGAACGGGAGAUUCGCAUCAUGAAUGUCCAGCCGACAAAUCUGCGGCAACUGUGUGAUGCCAUCAUGUCAAUAUGGACCAAGCUCUCUGAGGAAUGCUUCCAGCACCUUGUUGAAUCUAUGCCACGAAGAAUUGAGGCAGUUCUGAAGGCAAAAGGGGGUCCAACCCGUUACUAGCAUGGUGUACCUAAUAAAGUGGCCGGUGAGUGUAUGUAGAGCUUAACAGUAAUGAGUAAAGAUCUGCAAGUAAAGUUGAUACCUUUUUGUGUCAUUUAUGUUGAAUAGACUUUUUAGAAUAAACUUUUGAUUGACCUAAACGUUUGACUGGUGAGUGAUUUCAUUUCAAUCUGGAAAAAGCAAAGCUAUGAUGAUUGAUUGAAUUGAACUGUGUUCCUAGAGUGUUCUGUGGUGAUCAAGCCCACUGUCAUUUAGUAUAUAUCUACACCAAAAGAAAAACAAGCAACUGAAAUUAAAGGGUUUCACUGAAAAGUUUAAGUGUUGUCGGCGGACAUAAUAUGAACCUUAUAUCAGCUGUUUUUCUGGCUGCUGAAAUAUGCAUCCACCUGUUAUUUAGCUUCUUAGGGUGUAACAGGUCAUAUAAUUGUAAAAGUGAAUCUUUACUGUCCAAAUAUGUGCUGGCAGUUUGUGACUAUAAAGAAUCAUUAUGAUAUCUUAAUGGGUGGAUGCAUUUUUCAGCAACAGCUGUUUUAUACUUUAUUGUCCCACUCAGGGAAAUUCAUUUUUCAGACUGUACAUAUAGACACAUCAAAUAGACAAGAUAGUCCUGAGCAAGAGUCCGAUUGGAUUCACACCACAACACAGAUCCACUGACCACAUCUACACCCUCCACACCCUCAUCCACAAACAUGUUCACCAGGACAAAAACAAAAUCUUUGCUUGUUUUGUGGAUUUCAAAAAUGCAUUUGUUUCAAUUUGGCAUCAAGGUCUAUUUCUGAAAGUACUAGAAAAAGGUAUUGGGGGGAAAAAAAUCUAUGAUAUAAUUAAAACAAUGUACAUAAAUAAUCAAUGCGCAGUAAAAAUUGGAACCAUGGGAACAGACUUCUCCCCCAAAGUAGGAGGGUAAAGCAGGGAUGCAGUCUCAGCCCCAUCCUCUUCUAUAUCUAUACUGAUGAUGUGGCCAAAUCCCUGGAGGAGCUAAAUUAUGCCAGUUUCCCCUUUUAAUUCAGAUCCAAAAAGGGCAAUCAAAUUCUACCAACACCUCAAAGCCAGCAACCCCAGCUCCUACCACUACAAAGCCCUGCAGAGCCAAGAGGAGAGCAGAAACAAGAGUCCCCUCAGCUAGCUGGUCCACAGGCUCAGCUCCACCAGCACCGAGCACCAAGACCGCUCCACACACAAUCCGGCCCCCAACCAAAUUGUACAAAAACAAAAAGACAACUACAUCAACUACUGGACAUCUAAAACCCAAACCCAAAGCAAACUUCAAUGCUAUCUGGCCCUAAAAAGACAAUACUCCAUGGCAGAUUACCUGAGUUUGGUAACUGGGGAGAAAAAGGAAAGGAGGGAUCUCUGCCUUCUCCGUGUUUUUAUUUUGUUUUGAUCACUUACAGCUGCUGGUUAGUAAAACCUGCUCUCCUCUCUGUGUUUCCUCCCCCAGGCUGCUGAAUGACUCCUUGGAGCAUACAGAGUCUUACUCCUGGAAGGUCAAGGGUCUGUUUCCUCACAGCAUCUCCAUGAAAACAGAGCUAAUUCUGGGGGAGGAGCAUGGCCAGGGUGGGGCAGGAGGAACUCGGAUCCAGAUCCAGACUGCUCCAGCAGAGGUGUCCGGGGUCCUCAGCAGCUCCCGGGUAAAAGGAGGGCAGGAGGGGGAAGCAGGAGGAGGGGUCCUGAAACAGGGUGGAUGCGUCCAGGGUCACGGUGAGUGGGGUCUUCUCUUGACGGGACAGGACAGGGAGCAGCUCAUAGGAGAUGAGGCUGACUCCCUAGGGUGGAGUCUCCCCAGCAUAGCCAUUCAGAGAGCUGCAGCCACUGAAAGUGACCAACCAGCAGGAGGCAACAGCAGCAUCCUGACUGCAGACAGAGGAGGAGAAGCAUCAAUCUCUAUACAAGGGGGAGGAGUAAGUGCUGGAGGAGAUGCCAGCAUGAAUGCAGAGGAGAUUCAGAGAGGUGCAGCAGGAGGAGCAGGAGGAGCGUUUAUGCUGUUCAUGAGGGACCAAGCCAAGAAAUCGUCUCCGGCAGUACAGCAAAACACGGUAACAUGUUUAAUCAGCUGUUCACAGGUGUAGCUCAGUUUUAAUGAUGACGAGGUGAAGAACAAACUCUGGAGCCUAUCCCCUUUUAUUAUCAAAAGAAACUCAAAAUAAGUUAAAAACACUCUUCAAAUGGAUUUAUUUUUAACACAGGAGACAGUGCACGAGUGCUUGUACAUAACAGAUAAAACAUUUAUAAACUAGAAGUAGACUAAAAAAAAGGUAGACCAAGUUUACACAGAGCUACAGAAGACCAUCACAGUUAAAGAGCAUUGUGUCUAUAAUGGAUGGCGGUGAGCAAAACUGAUCAAAAACUGCUUUAUUGCAUGACUAUGAAGCUGUCGGUAUAAACUGCACAUUUGUUCUUGGCCUGUUUAUAAGUUUUUGUUUUUGAGCACGUUUUUUAUUGCACAGACGCAGGGCUGUUGGCUGGCCGGUCACCACUCGCCAAAUGCAACUAAAGUACUCCCCUGGUGACUUUAUUUUGGAAGGCUACAUGCCACUGGGUGGGUAGAUGUUUGUCCAGAUAGUCAUGCAGAUUCAUUCUACACAGGACCAGAUGGCAUUACUGUCCAUUGUGCCAUUAGACGUUGGGUCACAUGAGUUGCCUUGAUGUUGAGAGUGGCGUGGGAGUUGUAUUGCUGUAAAUUUUAGGACGCAUCAUCAGUAGUGUUCCUUUGAAUCAGGGGUGUUUCGGCCUUUCAAAGGUGGCCAGCUACAGGGUGAUCAAGCCUGAGCUUGCAUCCCAUGCCCAAUCACAAGCCCACGGGACUAUGCAUGGCAGGGGCGUCCGCUCCCCUGAGUCAGGCCUGGAGCUGACCAUAUACCUUGCUCCUUCUCCUCCUGGGUGGGAAAAGGGGUGAUGGGGAUUUGUGGGGAGCUAUUGGGUGGGUCCAGCAGUUCUUUGAGCCCAGCAAGGAUCUUUCCGUUCCUGUUCUUGGAUACCAAGGUCUUUCAGCAGUCUGAUGGUAGAAGUUGCCACAAAACCUUUUGGAUCCUACUUCAACUGGGUAGACUCUUGCAGUCCAAACUCGUUGCUGUGCAUCUGCAGCCAGUUCUGUAUAGCGUAACUUCUUGCACUCAUAGGCCUCUUCUGUUGAACUCUCCCAUGGGACUGUGAGCUCUAUGAUGUUGACAGAUUUGCGUGAGGGAGACCAGAGUACCAAGUCUGGUCUGAGGGUAGUUACUGCUAUCUCGGGUGGAAAGACUAGUUGCUGGCCAAUGUCCACAAUCAUCUUCCAAUCCCAAGCAAUGACUAGCUUUCCAACUUCUGGCUUGGUUGGGGGAUGCUUUGGCUUUCCUUGUCCCUCUCGAACAAAAGUUGAAGCUCGGAUGGAGUUGGAUGCUGUCCUGGGUGAGGAGUUGAUGGUGUGUCUCUUGGUCCCCAGAGCCGCUGCCAGACAUUUGAGGAACUGGUUGUGCCUCCAGGUGUAGCGUCCCUGCGUGAGGCUGGUCUUACACCCGGUCAAGAUGUGCCUUAGAGUCACUGGAGUUGGACAGAGGGCACAGGUUGGAUCCUCCCCAUACCAGUCCUGGAGGUUUUUUGGAGAUGGUAGCACAUCGUAUGUAGCUCUGAUAAUGAAGCUUAUGGUACUUGUCUCUAUUUCCCAGAGCUGCCUCCAGCUGAGUUCCCGCCUCUCCAGUCCUUUCCACCUCAUCCAUUGUCCCUGUUUGGCAAGAGAGACGGCCUUUGCAUUUCUUACAGCCUCAUCCUGAUGGCGCACCUCUUACGCCACCAUUUUCCUCCCCUAUAAAAUUGAGGCCUUGUGCCAAGAUGGUUUACUUGGUGCAAGCCCAAAGCCUCCUCUUCCCAUCUGGACAUGCCCCCACAAUGUCCGUAUGUCAAUAAAAUAUGCACAAUGUGUCUCAAAGCAUAGCUAUAAAAUACUGUUUAAAUGUGUGUCACACAUAGGCUGUGUCUCAAUUCAGAGGCUGUGUCUCACUUUAGAGACUGCACAGUCGAACGGCGCAUUUCAAGUGUGUGUGAUGUCAUCAUGCAUGGUGUCCCAUUUGGCUUGUGAUUCUGAGUGCGUUUCAAAUGCGGUCCCAAAACCACACUGCCCGCCCCUUUUUCAAGCGCGCAUUUAUGCACACUUUCGUGGCCUUGGUAUCCCAUAAUUCUUUGCGUGCCGCUGGGCAUUUCGGGUGAGAGGCCGGACUCACUUGGAGACGCACCGUGUCUUUAAAGAAAAUAAAAGAAACACAAGACAGUCAGCUGAGGCUGCAUGAGCGCAUGCUCUCCUAACUCACUAAAAUUUGCAGCUGCAAACCAAACACUAUAGUCUUUAGAGAUGAACUGAUCCACUCUGCUACCAAAAUCAAAAAAAUUAGAAAUAAGAAAUCUGCCAAAACUACAUCGGAUUAUCAGGGCCACAUCGAGUUUUUUUUUUUUUUUUUUUUUUUUUUUUAAGACUUACAGAUUAAAACUGGAAACUUAGGAGUAUAAGGCCAUAAAGUAAAUAAGUCAUAAAGCUGCUUUGGUGGAGGGGGAAAUGACUGAAGCUGGUCAUCUGCAGGGUUAUCGGUGGAUGUAUCAGCGGGUCAUUCAGAGAGUUUUUGUGGUUUCUGAAGAAACAAUCCAACUGAUGAUCAACAUUUGUGAUCCAGAGGGAGUCAAGCUCCAACAAACACCACAUCUCUGACACUGACGGUAACCUUCACCUGCAGAGACACCAACACCUUAUUAUGGCAUAUGGAUUUAUAUCAUAAACUAAUUUUAUUUUGUAAUCGUGCAACCUUGCACAGACACAAAACAAUAGAUACAAACACAGAUCAUUUGCACAAAAUUCAUCCAAUGAUCUGUGUUUGUAUGAAGGCGUAUGAGGGCCAUAUUGAGAAUUUUUUUAAAGACUUUGAGAUUAGAAUCGUGAAUUUAUGAUAAUAAAGUCAUUAAUUUAUGAGAAUAAAGACAUAAGGUUACCUGUUAUUUCAAAGGAGAAUUGUUAAAAUUAGGGCCAUGAAGUAUUUGAAGAAACUGUGCUUCAGUCUAGGUUUCACAAACAAGGAGAUAGUUCAUCCUUUUGCACAUCAGCAUUACUUUGUCAUAAGUAUAAGGACUUUAGAAAGAAUAUAUGAGAAAUGCGUCUUUUCCACAGAAAAAAAACAAAAAACAGGUGGACUUGGAGAAAAUCGCCGCCUUUGUGGAGGCAGCAAUUGAUAUGAUGAGGAUAAAUCCGUCAAUGCAGCCGUAAAAAGCCCUGAAAGACAUUGAGCUUUAGUUUAUGAUAUGAAUCCAUAUGCUUUGAUAAGGCGUUGGUGUCUCUGCAGGUGUAGGUUACCGCCAAUGUCAGAGACGUGGUGCACGUUGGAGCUCGACCCCUUCUGGAUCACAAAUGUUGAUUAUCAGUUGGAUUGUUUCUUGAAAAAAUACAAAAGCUCUCUGAAUGACCUGCUGAUUCAUCCACCAAUAACCCUGCAGUUGACCAGCUCCAAAAAUUUCCCCCUCUACCAAAGCAGAUAAAUGACUUUAUUUACUUUGACUUUUUUUCUCCUAAGUUUAAAACUUUAAUUCUCAAUGUGGCCCUUAAACUCCGAUGUAGUUUUGUCAGCUUUCUUAUUUUUAAUGUUUUUGAUUGUGGUAGCAGAGCGUAUCAGUUCAUCUCUAAAGAAUGUAAUGUUUGAUUUGCAGAUUGAGUUAGAUCGUUUGCAGAUUGAGUCAGAUCGUGAGUUAAGCGAUCAUGCACUCAUGCAGCCUGAGCUGACCGUGUUUUUGGAUUUCUUUUAAUUUUCUUUAAAGAUGCCCUGUGUCUCCAAGCGAGUCCGGCCUCUCACCCAAACUGUGCAACUUUGCAGCGGCACGCAAAGAAUUCUGGGAUGCCAAGGCCACGAAAGUGUGCAUAAAUGCACCCUUGAAAAAGGGGCGGGGCAGUGUGCUUUUGGGACCGCAUUUAAUGCGCACUCAGAAUUACGAGCCAAAUGGGACACAAUUAGCACCGCAUGAUGACGUCACGCACACUUGAAAUGCGCCGUUCGACGGUGCAGUCUCUGAAAUGAGACACAGCCACGGCCAUAGACUGCAUGGUGUCACACUUAAGUGGGGCUCUGAGCGGAACUGUUGAGAUGCAUAUAAUAGUGAAAACACGACUCAUACCUGCCAACACUCCCGUUUUUCCGGGGACUCUCCCGUACUUCAGACCUUUCUCCCGCCUUCCUCCUGUUUUGUCAUUUCUCCUGUGAAUCUCCCCUAGUUUGCAUAAUCCACGUUCACUCAUGAAGCAGGUCACUAUAUUUGUCCAAAGUUGCCAGGUUUCCAGACAACCGAAGAUUGUCCUGGGUUUUUGCAGAGCCUCACAGACACUGGAUUGAUACUUUUACUUUACAAUUUGGGAUGAUUCAGGUCGGUUUAAGCUGUAAACUAUAUUUAAGCAGUGUUUGUUGCAAAAUGAAGACUUCAAUGAAAGGUAAACAAACGCAAGAUAUAAUAUUUACGUUGAUUGUCACCGAGUGAUGCGUUCAGGGCAGCCUCAGGUAAAAGAGUGCUGUAUUGCACGCACAGAUUGUCAGAGAGCCUUAUACAGGAGAGCAUGUAAAACAUAUAACACUAUUAUUAGUGGACUAAAUAAGUUCAAGGCAUAUCGUAGCUACUAUUUUAUUAUUACCAUUUUUAUUGUUUAAACAAAAUAAAAAAGUGUGCAGCUUCACUUAUACUUAUUUGGAUGAUCCCGUUAUCUCAAUGAAAAGUACUUAAAAAGUACUUAAACAGAUGUAUAUUUAAUUUAAAAAAAAGACAUUUAUUAUUUGGCCGGUAAAAAUGUAUUUGGCUGGUAGAUUUUUUCAUCUACUGGUCCCCUUGGCAGGUGAGCCGAAAAGUUAUUCAACACCCCUGCACAGACGUGUUUCAUACGUUCAUAGAGUUAUCACACAUACAGCCUGUAAAACCAAAUCCCAAAUGAAGAGUGAAAAAAUUGCAUGCGUAAAAAAAAAAUGCAUGUGCUAUAAGUGGGUGUGUUGUGGGUAAACUGCUAUGUCUACUACUAUUUUUAUUUCUGACAGUCCAAAUAUGUUGACACGUGCAUGGGAAACGUCUGUCAUUACACCUCUGCCUCCCUCUUGCCACAAUGACCGCAGCCAUUUGUGUGUAAUGCUGUGCCAGUUUGCACGUGCCUUUUUAGAUGUACUAAAUUUAGAUGCAAAAACACAGACCACAAUCAGUUUCAGGGUUUGAUAAAUCACAUUGUGGCUGCCUAAUAUUUACAUUUGCAUCCCCUCCUCCCAGUAUUUUGCCGUUCUGUUAAUCUGCAUAUAUUCUGCAUAUUUAUGAAGGCAAACAUGCUAAAUGGAUUGUGUGCUGUUUAGCUCAUUUGACAGACACAAUCCUCGGUGCACCCGGUUAAUAAAUGAGCUUUGCCUGCACUAUCAAGAUGCAUGUGUUUUUGUACACACAAACCUUAGAAGAACAGGCUCAUAGGCAUGUUUUGAAGGUAAGAUUACACUGGAGGUGCCAACACAGGUGCAUUUACAUAUGUGUGCACAUUGAUGGUUGAUGGUUGGUGUUAAACAUGUGUGUGGCGACCCAGUGACCUCAGUGUCCUCUCUCAAGGGAGUUUUCUUGCUGCUGUGUUACCAUACCUCCUCACCCUGACUCCUCACAGAAACCAACCUCCACAGAGCCUGGCCGAAGAGCUCAGGGUAAAAUCAGGGUUCAGUAUUCUGAGUUUAGUGCAUGUUUCUAAUCUCUGCUACCUUUUUCUCCUCAGAUAUCACAGUCACACUGCGCCGCCUGUAAGCAUGUUCAAGUUGUUGAAAUCACUAUAAUAUACAAAUGUCUGACUGAUAAAGGACCUCCUCUUAAUUCUAUCCUUCAAACAAACAGAGGACAGAAUAAUAAUCAGUGUCUGCAGAGUCCUUUCUCAGUGAGGUAUCUGCUAUUGGUGCUUCCAACUGAAGAACCCCACAGGUCUGCAGACUGAAUCCCAAUGUGAUGGUUUCAUGUCUUACAUGAGUGUUUACUUGUUUUCCAGGAGACUAAUGGACAGCACAGUACCAGGAGGAAAGAGUUUGAGGCCUGGCUGUCUACGCAGAGUGAACUCCUCUCAGGGAUCCUCAGCACAAAAAUGGCAAAGCUCAAUGCCAAAGAGCUACAGGGAAGACAGGACACGCUAAAGGUGAGGGUGUCCGGGAGCCUGAAGGCCCCUGAACCUUGUUUAUGGAUAAAAAAAAAAAAAAACAGCCUGAAAGCAGACAACAGGUCAAGAGAGUGUACUACAGGUCCAGAGAGCAGACUACACAUCCAAAGAGCAGAGAACAGGACCAGAGAGCAGACUAUAGCUUCAGAGACCAGACUACAGAUCCAGAUCCAGAAAGCAGAGAACAGGACCUUCGAGCAGACUAUAGAAAUAGAAAGCUGAGAGCAAGAACAGACAGCUGAGAACAGGAUCAGAGGGCAGACUGCAGGGCCAGAGACUAAGAAAAGAACCAAAAGGCAGAUUACAGGUGGAGAAAGCAGACCACAGGUCCAGAGAGCAUGCUACAUGUCCAAAGAGCAGACCACACAUCCAGACAGCUGAGAACAGGACCAGACACCAAAAAAAACGGGACCAGAGACUGAGGAAAGAAGCAGAGAGCAGACUACAGGUCCAUAGAGCUGAGAACAGGACCAGACAGCUGACAAACGAGACCAGAGACAGAGAACAGGACUAGAGAGCAGACUACAGAUCCGCAGAGCUGAGAACAGGACCAGAGACCAAGAAGAGAACCAGAGAGCAGACUACAGUUCCAGAGAGCAGACUACGUGUCAAGAGAGCACACCACAGGUCAAGAAAGAAGACUCUAGGACCAGAUACUGAGGACAGAACCAGAGAGCAGACUACAGAUCUAGAAAGCUGAGAAAAGGUCUAGAGAGCAGACUUCAGUUGCAGAGAGCUGAGAAUAAGUCCAGAGAGUAGACUACAGAUCCAGAGAACUGACUUAAAGGGAUAUUACGGCGUAAAUUUAAUUUAGGCUCAAACACACUGUAACACAGAGUUAGACACCCCCACGAGAGAUGAAUGUUGCUGACUGCUUGCUUCUCUAGUUUUACCAACUUUACUAACGACUGCAGGAUAGCAAUACACAGCGGGCAGUGCAAACGGGUAGUAGGAGCAGAUCCUAAGUGAGAAUCUGUCGGAGAGGAAGUUCUCAGGUAGGCCUUGAGUCGGACAAGCACACCGGGCUCAUUUCCCACGUCUUCUAGUGCUCUUUCUUUUGGGUAGUGGGCAAGGCUGCCAGCAUCGAUAAUUAGUGCCGGCGGAUUGAGGCCUCUGGAUGUGCUCCUUCCUGGGUGAGACAUUUUCUUGUGACAUCUACUGCAGAUGUAAAAAAUGUACCAUGGGCAUUAUAAACCAUGUUUAUAAUUUUUUUACAAUAUAAGCCUGAGAACAUAGGUCAUGGCUUUAAGAUGUUAUUAUAAAAUGCAAUAGUAUAAAUCACUGGCUUUCAAUCUUUGAUGAUUUAUUUGUAAACAAAGACUUUGAUCCAUACCAUUUUAGAAAUGUCAUACUUCACCUUUUAGAAUUAUCAAUACCCAGCUAUUGAUCAUUAAAAGAGCCUUGGCAUGUGACCCAUCGGAUGAAAACAGAUACACUUUAUUUGAUAACAUUUGUGACAAUAACUGAAAGUCUCAUCAAAUUAAUCUACCUGUUCAGUUUGUGUGGCUGUAAACUCAGAUGUCUUUUGCGCUGGAUCCACCUGGUACACUAUGCUGGUUUCUACAUGUAUGUGCUCUGACACAACAAAACAUGACAAAACAAUGUCAAAAUACAAGAUUUCUGCCCUAAAAUGUUGAGAGUGCCACAGGAUGAUGGAGAUACAGUAUGUAUGAUAUUAAUAUUAUGAAUUUAGGCAGCAAAAUGGCACCUAAUCAGUAGAAUAGGACCAGACAGCUGACAAAUCAGUUUCUGUCAGUUGCUUUAUGCCUGUCUGCCCCUGCGUCUCCCUUUGCCUGUUUCACUGUGCUAUGCACUCAUCUCUUUGGCCAUUUCAUUGUCAGUGUGCCUUACUACAUGGCCCAUGGCACAAGCAAUAUCAUCAAUAUGUUUUUGUCUCAUUACUUGGGAUAUGCAUUUAAAGAAAAAAAAGCAAAGACCAACUAAGACUGGACGAUUUGGCAAAAAAAAAAAAAAUAUAUAUAUAUAUAUAUUUUGUCAUAUUGUCCGAUCUUGAUAAUUAUCAUGAUUUUUUUUUUUAAAGCAUCUGUAGAGAUUAGUUCAACAUUUUAUUAACAUACAAAGUAAAUACCGAAGCAAAUUAAAUAAGACAAACUUUGAAAAAUAUAAAAAAAUACUUUAACUCAACAGUACAACAAAUGUAGAUAAAUAUUGAAUAAUAAAGUGAACUAGUUACCAGUCCUGAGUGUUUUUGCAGGUAUGCAAGACCCCAAAUAAACAAAUUGCCCCCUCAGGGAUAAUGAAGAUACCUUAAGCUGUCUUGUGAGAAUCGAAUUCACAGCAUCAUCGGCCUCUUACCGUCAUCGGCAUCGCCUGCUGAGCAUCGGUAAACAAAAAAGCACUGUUAGCCUCAUACAAAGUUGCCCACUACAUCGCAAUUUAAGGUGCAAAGAAACUCACACAAUAGCAGAGAAUCCCCUGUUCACCAGUAGCAGUGUGCAUCUGCUUUGUGACAUGCUGCUGAAAUAAACCCUCAUGGUGCUGGUUUAAGAGAACCUGCUAAACAUCUUAAGACAGGACUCCCUGUAACAAAGGUUUUUAAUCUCUGUGAACCUUUCCUGGUUUAACUAGUUUUAAUAAACAUCUUAACCUCUUUGAAUCCCUCUGCUGUCCCCCUGCAGGGUCUGAGGGCUGGGCUGGGCUGGGGUCAGGAGCAGUUCCAGCUGUUGCUCCAAGAAAGUCAAAGGGGCCAGUCGGGGUCUGGACCUGCAGAGGAUGUGGGUCUGGAGGAGCUGAGGUACCACUGGAUGCUCCAUAAGUCCAAACUGAAGGACAUGGGGGAUAUAAGAGCCAGGACAGGGACCAAGGUGAGACAGAGACUCUGCUUAGGCCCUAUUAGAGGGUUUGAAUUUGACUUUGGUCACAGACAGGCAGAGGGGUUUUCUCUCCUGUUGAUGAAGUCCAGGUUACUAAAGAGUACAGUUACAGGCCUCCUUUAAAUUCCUUUACUGUAACCAGUGUCCUUUCUCAUUAGUGUCUGCAGGUGUUUUAGUAUUUUCAUCGUUAUAGUUAUGAUGAUUAGUAUUUCUUCUUGAAUUUCCCUUCAGGGAUCAAUAAAGUUCUUCCUCUUUAUUUUUUUUCCUUUAUUCAAAUUUUAUUUAUGUACACUUACAAUGACAUAGAAACAAAUAUAUACAAAACCUACCACCACUUAACUUUAUAACUUUAUUGAUCCCUGAAAGAAAAUUCAAUAUAUAAGUACAUAAGUGAAAAAAAAGAAAUAAAAUAUAAGCAACAAUCAAACAACAAAAGAUUAUCAACAGAGGCAAAAGCAGAAGGGAAGAGGAACACUCGCAAACAAACAAGUGAGUAGUACGUAAUGAUAGAAAGAAAGAAAAAAGAGGGGAGAAGAGAAAAACAAGUAAAUAUUUAAAGAGGAAAAAAUAAAAUAAAAAAAAGGUUUUAAAAAAUAAAGAAAAAACAGGUAGUUAUUAUAAUCUGUUUGGGUUCGAAUUUAGAGUGGGUAUCAGGAUGACUUUGGUGCUGAGAGGGGGAAAAAAAGGCACAUGAGAGUUAUGUUUAUUGGCAGUUGUGUUGGAUUCGAAAUGUGGUAUCAGUUCAUCGGCGGGAGGAUUGAGCUCAGGGUUGUAGAAUAUAUGUUAGUGAAUGCUUUGAGUUGCUUUGUUUGAAUAACUGGUUGUUUUUCAAAUGAUAUUUUGUGAUAAUAGGUCCAGCCAUUAUGUGAUGUAAACCUUCUUCCCAUCUAUCCAGUUCUGUAGUAUUGUUUUCUUGGCGAUGGUUAGAGCUACUAGCAUGGAUGUUAUGACUUGUAUUGAGUCUGUUUUGAGUGUGUCAAGGUUUUCAAGUAUGCACAUGAAAGGGGGAAGUGGGAUGUUGCAACCAGUAAACUUAAAUAAUAUGUUGGUUCCUUAUUUCCAGAAAUCAACUGAUAUGAAAAAAAAUUAUCAUGAUAAACUUUUUCCCAUAUCGCCGAGCCCUACAUGGAGGUAAUCUAUUGCAUUGAGUGCAUAUGUCUGAGCUGGUCUGAGCCUUUUAAGUGCAUUUUGUGCAUUUUGUGCUGUGUAAUGUGUGUUCUAUGGAUGAUCCUACACUGAAUUAGUCUUACGAUAGUGUUCCCGGACUUACUGAAGAUAUGAUUACAAAUCUUGUUCCAAAACUUGUCAUCGGCGGUGAUGUUGAGGUCUCUUUCCAAUUUGCUUAAUGCAAUUCAGUUUCUUUUGUUAGUGGAGCACAUAAGUUUAUGCAGUUUUUGGAUUAUUUUCUUCUUUUCUUUUUUUGGAUUUUGCAAUUUCAUUGAUAUCUUCCAAUUGUGAUGUUUUUUUCCCCUAAAUUGGUGUUUGAUAUGUAUAUUUUUGUCUAAAUUUUUUUUUUUUAUUUGAUGUAUUUUGAAAAUCAUUGUCUUUCAAUGCCAUAUAUGGCUGUAAGUUGUUGGAAUGGAGUUGUGGUCAAAAAUGUGAUGUAGGUGUGCGAUUCCUUUUUCUUUCCAUUUUGUGCCUAGUAAAGGUGAUUAAUUUGCUGUUAAGUCUGGGUUGUUCCAUAUACUCUAGGUGUUCCAGUGGUAGGUGAGAUUGUGGUGUGAUUUAUUUUAUUGACUGUCUACCAAGCUGCCCGAGUUUGGCGAUCGCAGUGUUUUUAGAGCAGUUGUGGUGUUUGACUGGGUCGCUGUUGAAUGAUAGGUCUGUAAUGGCUAUGUUCUGGCAUUCCGUCUGUUCAGUGUUGAUCCAUGGAUGGUGGUGAUGAGUUGCAUCAAUCAAUUUGAUAAGAUAUUGUAGCGGAAGUUUCGGAAGUUUGGUGCUUCUAGGCCACUUUGACGGCUGGAUUGUUGUAGUAAAGGGAGUUUUAUUAUAGUUUUUUUUUUGCUUUUCCAGUAGAAACUUGUUAUUGUGUCCAGUGAUUUAAACCAUUUUACUGUUGGUUGGGUUGGAAUCAUUGUGAAUAGGUAAUUGAUUCUUGGUAAGAACAUCAUUUAUUGUGCCUAUGCGUGCUAUUAUUGAGGGUGGUAAUGUCAUCCAUUGGUUUAGUUCAUCUUGUACUGAUUUUAGGAGCGGACUGAAAUUUAGGUGCAUUUAGGUGUAAUUGGAGAUAUUAGAUUAUGUACUUUUAGUUGUAAUGAGUUCGCUGAUAGACUUGCUUGGGUUCUGUAUGAAUAGGAGUACAGCAUGUGCAUAUAUGGGACUGGGGAUGGAAAUUAACUUCUUGGCUAUAAUUCCAUGCAUUUACAUAUAAAUGUUCAUUAAUGCAUAUUGUCCCAUUUAAAAAAUUUGAUAAAAUAAAUAAAAAAUAUAGGCUGAUUUUAUGUGUUAUAUUAUGCAGCGAUUUGAAUUUAUAAUAAAUGUCCUAGUAUUGAUAUUUGAUAAUAAUCUUAAAUUAUGGCACCCACCAAUAGUGGGAAAAUAAAGAAAAAGAUUAAGUCAAUCUUAAAUUAAUCAUUCUCAUAUCUCAAGCUGAAAUUCUAAUUUCAGGGACUCCACCUCUGGAAGAACACUAACAGACAAGAACUUAAAAAAUAUAUGAUCAGUUUAUUACAGGAUAAAUGGUGCAACAUACAUGCAAUAAAUGAUGAGAUAAUGAGGAUAAAUAAUGGAGAUGAAUAAAAGAUUCUCAGUCAAGCUAUGACUACUAAAGGUAAUGAUAGUGAAUGAUAUGCUCUAACACAGGGGUUUUCAAAGUAUAGGAAAGUGAGCCUCCCCUGAGAGAACACUUUGCCUGCUGCCCCCCAUAACCACCCCUUUCCCAAACACAAACAUUAAAAAAUGCUAUUUCAAAACACUGUUUUAAUUGCGUUUAUUUUAUAACUUUUGAAACUUUUAAAAUGAAACUUUGGGCCCUACUUUCAUGCCUCGCCAGCGACGCGGCGCAUGCGGGGCGUAAGUGAGGUCCGCCGCGCCGACAAGGCGUUCCCAAGCACAAUUUGGUAUUUUGGUGAGCGGCGCAGCCCAGUAUAAGUAUUCCCCCUCCCUAACUCAGCUCCUCCCAGCGGCGUAAGUCAUAGGGAGGAAGGAAAGAGGGCAUGGAGUGGGUUUAACAUAGCUGAAACCAGUAUUGACCAAUAACAUCAGCUUCAAUCCUUGCCUUUAAAUCCGCCACCUGCGAGACGUAUUCCAAUUUUAGUGAGGUAGUCAAAGAGAUCAAGAGAUGUCUGAAGACAGCAAUGCCACACGAUGGCGACAGAAGGCAGCCCCUCAUCAAGUGUCACUGUAAGCACUGCAUUGGGCGUUCUCCACACUCUCUCAUAUAAGCACAGAUGCAUUUGGUGUGUGUAAUGUUGGACCCACUGGUAAGACCAUCUCCCUUUUCCACAAAUAAAGUAACUCACAUAAAGUUGCAUAUAUUCAAACCUCACUUGACAAAGGUGGGUUGAGCGCACAGAUCACAUCAUUAAUUCCAAUAAUGGCAUUAAAAUCGGAACCAUCUGUGUGUAAAGGACGCAUCGCACUCCGUGGCCUGGCUCUGUCUUUCAUAGAUGUUGGCAUAUAAAAAAAUUUGGCUAACAAAAUUGAAUAUUAUAAUAUUCGUAUGUAGGCUUAAAGUAAAUAACUCAUCUGAUCACUGAAACAAAUCAUCUGUUCAGCCGCCACGCAGCAGCUGCAGGACAAGGAGAAGACACGGAGACAUGUCCAGGUCGAGCUGUGCAAGAAAUAAGAGGAAGAGGAAGAAAGAAAAAGAGGGAGACAGAUUACAUAUCUUGUUCACUUCAUCAUGUGUGUCUAUUUACUAGAUAUUUAAUUUAAUUUAAUGUGGUUUCAGCUGUGUUGAUUCGGUUUGUGUGUCGAAACGCAUGCCAAACGAGCUCAUCAGAUCAGAUAAAGAUCAGAAUAUAUCUAUAUAGAUCUAAAUGUAUGUGCUGACUCAGAUUAUUAGUUGUUGAUGAUUAUUUAUUGCACUGAAAUGUGCCUGACACUAUGGAAACCUGCCGGUGAGGCAUCAGUGAUGUAUGCUGAUACGCCGCUGGUCUGCCAAAAUACAACUAGACCAGCUGCGCUCCGCCUGCGCUGAAAGCUGACCAGGGUAAAUCGGAGAGCUUUCAGCGCACUUUACACGCCGAUCGAAAAUGUCACUGCAGCAGCUGAUUCUGUUGACACCUCCCUCUGCCACGCCACCACGCCCAGCUUGGCGGACCUCGGUGCGCCUCAGUCCACGAAAAUACCAAACUGGCUGUAUGCCAGGCUCCGCCAGACGAAAAUUUCACUGCGCAGGGUCCGCCGCCUUACAGGUGGACACGAAAAUAGAGCCCUUUAUCUGCAUGACAUGCAACACAUUUUAUUUGCAUGUCAUUGCAUGUCAUUUGAAGGUGUAAUUUAUUUCCAAAGUCUUCAAGAUUUGCAACAAUUCAAAACAUUUCCUCCCAUCUUUAAACAUUUUUUAACAAUUUUAUCAGGGCAUUAUGAAUGGCAUGUGUAUUAUUGACAUCCUAUUUAUGAUAAGAACAAUCCCUAACUCAUCUUUCAAUUUUUUUUUUAGAAUCUGUAGAAAAAGAUACAUCUGCCAUUCUAUUUUUAACAUUUAUGAUUGAAACAACAACUUUUUCACAUUCUUAAACAUUGCAAAACAAUUUUGAUGCAUCUUUUGAACAUAUCUGCAAAUGUUGCCAAUUUCUUUGAGAUUUAAAAUGAACUCAAAAAGCUAAAACUGGCCAAAUUUUGGAAUUCUUUUCAUGGCUCGUGAACAAUUUACACUGUGGAGAGGCAUAACCGCAGAUCAUCCUCAACCAGCAGCCUUGACCGGUACUUACUUUUAAUCAUUGCCAGUGUGGAAAACCUACAUUCACAGAGGUAGGUUGAGGUGAAGGGGAUGAGCUCUUUUAUUGCCUUUGUGGAGACGUGUGGGAAUUCAGUCUCCACUGACAGCCAGAAGUGCGCAAGUGUCACGUCACUCAUUCUCUUUUUAAGUCCGUGUUACAGCUCAGCUCAGCUAGAGCCUGUUCCUCCUCUACUGAAAGUCCAUCUUUGAGUAUCACUGGGAUAGAAAAUGGAUUUCUCACACACUGGUUUGCCAUUGUUGCCUCUCCAAAAUACUCACCAAACUGCUUAUGCAUCCCCUUCAAAUGCGCACAGACCAUCUGCUGUAGGGACUCCAUCUGCAGCCCCGCUCUGGCCAAAACAUUCUCCAAGGUGGGAAACAUUUCUACUGUUCCCCGUUCCACACUAGCAACCCACAGUUCCUACUUUUUUUGAAUCCUGAGACUUGAUUGUGUGUGUGUAAAAGACAUUGCACUCUGCCCUGUAGACCAAUUUUCAAUAUAUUUAUUCUUUUAAAGACAUCCAAAAGAUAUGCCAGUUUUGCUACCCACUUCAUGUUCUCCAUGUGUUUUAGCAGCGGAGAGUUGAUUUAAGCGAGAAAAAAGAGGACUUCCUGACGUAGAUCACACAGGCACGUUUCCUUGGGAAAGCCACAGGACUUCGGAGUGCAGAAGCAGUUCAGUCAGGAUCACUUUACUCAAAAUUAAUUAUUCAUUACAAGCAAACAUUUUCACUUUGGCGGUAUGGCUCUGUUAUGAGGGUUCCCUGCCCUUCCAUGCGCUUGCACGGAGUGGCUCUAAGAGGGGAGAGCUCCUCCUCUCCCUUUCAUGUGCAUACAUGAGGAGCCAGACAGAGAAGCAGCAGCAAAUAAAUUGAUUAAGAUAAUAAAUAAAAAUCCCAGCACAGAACAGAGCAAGCAUCAGUGACAACACAUACAUUAUGACACAACAUAGACAGGAGGAGUUGGGGUGGAGGUGGGUUGCAGAGUAGUUGCAGCAGGCAGAGUAGACAGGAGAAGCAGUUUGAAUAGGGCGCCAUUUUGACAUUAGCCAAUAGUAUGUGAAGAGGGUGAUUACCUGAGCUGUCAGCUGACUGAGGGCUGGCUUAAGAUCAGCUGACUGUAGCCUUUAGCUUGACUCCGUGACCUGCCUGAACUACAACUGAACAUCUGAACUGUGCUUCAUUUCAGUCAGGAUCACUUUAGUCAAAAUUAAUUAUUUAUUACAAGCAAACAUUUUUACUGUGGCAGUAUGGCUGUGUUCUGAGGGUUCCCUGCCCUUCCAUGUGCUUGCACGGAGUGGCUCUAAGAGGGGAGGGCUCCUCCCCUCCCUUUCAUUUGCGUACAUGAGGAGCCAGGCCGAGAAGCAGCAACAAAUAAAUUCGAUUAAGAUAAAUAAAUAAAAAUCCCCCAAAACACUAUAUAAUGCCAUGGCUAAAAGGAGGGGAGAGCUCCUCCCCUCCUUUUCAUGUGCAUGCAUACAUGAAAGCCAAGGCAGCAAAUAAAUACGAUUAACAUAAAUAAAUCAAAAAAAAAAAAAAUAUAUAUAUAUAUAUAUAUAUAUAUAUAUAUAUAUAUAUAUAUGUGGGACAGAAUUAUGGAGCAGCAUUUUUCAAAGUGCUCAUAGCUAAUUGAGCAUAAGCAUUUCUUGAGCUUCAGGCCUGAGGUAUCGUUCAUAUUCUGAUGAGGACCAUUGACCCGUAGCCUUGAGCGUUGAGACGGGGACAAUGGAGGAUGCCGUUGCAGCUGCAUCUAUGCAUAGAGUCGCGCUCGGGUGGGAGCAAGCAGGAUUGGCAGAGCAGGCAGAGCAGGCAGAGGUGAGCAGAAACCAUGAUCUGGAUAUAGGUUUCCCUUCUUCAGUGGCAGAGAAAGGCUCUUGCUAGCUGGCCAGUGGCUAGCCUCUCAAGUCAGAAUUAGUUCGACAAAUAAAUGAAUACAAAUAGAUGGGUUUUCAAGCAGACUGGUGGUGGAUGGUUCAGACAGCGUAGAUGGAACUGAAUAUCUGCUACAAGUCCUUUAAUAUUUGCGAGAUUCAAAACAGUGGACUAUUAAUGCACAUACAAUUGAUGUAUUUACAGCAUUGGAGCUUCAGGGAAGGUGGUACAAAAGAGGUAAAGUGAGACCAUGCAGAAUCAUAUUAACUUAAAUUCUGAUUUUGCUUAACCAGCUCUCGUAUAGCAGGCUGCAGAGAGCACACAAGUUUGCAAGACUGCACUCAGACUAACACAGUCUGAAUGAAUGGGGAACAGGUCAGGCUGGAUGGCACUGCCUCUGGGCACAGCUGGCUGAGUUUUUUUACGUCUGAAUUGGGACAGGAAUCAGUAUUUUGGUUAUCCUAGCCUGGAAAAUGGACUGCUCAAAUAAUGAACAUUACCCAAGACAGGUAAGGCGCCUCAUAAACCUAUUAGUAAAUGGAACUGAAGAGUGCCCUUGUUAAUGAUAUUAAUGGUUGUCUCAUUGUCACUAAAAGAAAAUCUGUUUCCUGGACCAAUGUUUACCCCAUAGGAGGCCAGAUAUAAUGACUGGAUACAAUUUGAGGAGAGCAGUUGAAGACACCUUUUUUGGCAGAGAAGACAGUUUAUGUGACCAAAUAUCAGCAACAAUUGAUAUUAAACCCCCCCAAAACCAACAGAUGGUGCUGUGACUGUAAAUAGCUUAAAUCGAGAAGAUUCCUGAUAGUCACUAUAAGAGAAUGAGAUGCCUUUCCAUUUUUACACAAAAGUGACCAAACUGCAGUUUGGAUCUGCAGCCUUCAUCUAAGCCUACCCUAUUGUUACAGGUCCCGUAGAUGAGACCAUGUACCAGUUAAUAAUUAUGACGACGCCGUCUCUGACUCAUGACGGGCAUACUAAUUUGUGUUGUGUUUCACGUACCUGCAACACAUCAAAGAAUGGAGACAGAGACAGACAUUCACUCUUGGGACAGAGGAUCAACUGCUGUCUCUCCUAACACACCACGUGCCAGCUCCUCUGGGAGGGAGUGAAUUGGGGCUCUCUCUUGUUCCUGCCUGGGUCUUAGAGGUUCAGUGGCGGGUUCUCUCCUCACAGAGAGAUAGAGCCAGUGCCUGUUGUCCUCGUCCUCAUCUGAGUCUGAUGAGUUACUGCUUUCAACCAGCCCACCAUGACGUUGACUCUUUAACUCUGUCUUUCCCAGUAGCUUCCUUUCAGGUAGUGAUGAUGGCACAGGUAUGUUUCUUGUCUUUACAUGUCCUGAUGGGGGCGGUAGGUCGGUUCGAUGAAAGGACUAGAUAGUACAAUCCCCGGGACUAUGCAUGGCAGGGGCGUCCUCCUCCCUGAGCCAAGCAUGUGCCUGACCACAUACCUGAGUGGAAGAGGAGUUGCUGCUUAACAGCCAUACUUAGCCCCUGGGACACAUCAUCAGUUGUGUCCUCAGAUCAUGGGGCGUUUCGGCCAAUUAUCACAAGACGCCCUCAACUGAGGCAGGCCCACCACAGGUUGAUCAGACCUGGGUGUGUGUCCCAGGGUUAAGCAUUUGGCUUAGCAGCCCAGAUGGUGUCGCUCCUCUCCAUCCACAGCCAAUGGCUCGUUCUCUCGGCAGUACUGGCCAGCUCUUUGAUGGCCUGUCUGUGAAUUUGUCCCCUGAUUCCGACCUCCCUAAGGAGCUACACUGUCGAGCUGUCCACAAAACCCCUACAACCGACCUCUACCGGGCGCACCCUCGCCUUCCAGCCCCUGUCCUCUGCCUCAGCCGCUAGGUUGGAGUAGCGAAGUUUCUUGCGUUUAUCCGCUUCUUCAACGGCAGGUAAGUCAUUGACUAGGUGUAACAGGUUGCGGUGAAGGGUACGAGUUCUGCCUUCUCCUCUUUCUGGGCACACUUUGUACACACGACCACUGUUUAGUUGUUCUUUGACUCAAUACACACUGUCUUCCCAGUAAGAUCUUAACUUCCCUGGGCCUCCUCUCUCGCCCAGAUUGCGGACCAGGACACGAUCACCUGGCAGCAGAGUCACACCUUUCACAUGCCGAUCUUAGUACUGCUUUCCUCUGGCACUUGACUGACGACUGUUCGUAGAGGCAAUUUUGUAGGCUUCCCUCAUUCUUGCUUCCCACUUUUCCGCAUAUCCCCUUGGGGAUGUGGCUUCCUUCUCCGUUCCCAGUCCAAAUAAGAGGUGUACCGGUAGACGAGGAUGGCAACCAUACCGUAGAAAGGUGAAUACCCUGUGGCUUCAUGCCUUGUACAAUUGUAGUCAUGAUCCAUCUGUGGUAGGUACUCCUUCCAUUUAUGUUUUUCUUUGUUCUCCAGUGUUCUCAAUAAUUGUAGAGGGGUUCUGUUGAACCUCUCUGACGGGUUGCACUGGGGGUGGUAGGGUGUGGUACGGGAGUGCCCCACUCCUGAGAGCCGCUGCAGGGUCUUGAACAAAUUGUUUUCAAAUUCACAACCUUGGUCAUGAUGGAACUGUCUUGGGUAUCCAAAACGUGGAAUGUAGUCAUCAAACAGCUUUUCCGCUGCAGUCUUUCCUGACUUGUUGCGCGUGGCAUACGCCUGGGCAAACUGGGUAAAAUGAUCCACAACGACCAAGAUGUACUCAAACCCCCCGACACUUGGCUCAAGGUGUAGGUAAUCGAUGGACACGAGUUCAAGUGGCGCAGUGGUGGUAAUGGACCCCAUCGGUGCCCUGACAUGUGACACAGGCUUCUUUUGUUUGAUACAUGGACAUUUUCUGGUUACAUAGGUUUCAAUUUCUUUCUUCAUGUAGGGCUAGUAGAAUCUGUCUCUGGCUAGAUUAACCACUCUCUCUGUCCCCACAUGGCCCAUAUCGUCAUGGAGAUGUUUUAGGGCGAUGACUCUAUACUUGCCGGGGAGGACUAGUGGUUUUCUUUGUAGCGUCUUCCUCCACAGCAACCCAUUCUCCAACUGAAGCCUUUCCCACUCAUGAAGAAGCCUCUUUACUGGACCACUGGAACUCUUUCUGAUUUGAUUUGUUAGGUUGGUGUGACCUUCCUUGAGCUUGAUAACUUCGUUGAUUGUUUUGUCCUCUCUUUGUGCCUUUCUGAUGUCUUCAUGGCUGAAAACUGACUGGGGGCCAGCUGUUUGCUGCCCCUCUCCUUGAGACAGAUUCAACAUUGCCACAUAGGCCACAUCACUUUUCUUUGCUGCUCGACUGCCAUCCCACGCUGCCUGGACCGUCUCUUCUGACAACUGUUCUGUGCAGGUAGCUACAUACUCAGGCAUGUCAACUGGUGGUCGAGAAAAAGUGUCUGCAUCAAUGUUGAUUUUCCCGGGCCUAUACCGAAUGUCGAAGCGAUAGUCCGACAACUCCCCAACCCACCUGUGACCAACAGCGUUUAGUUUGGCGGUACUCAUUACGUAGGUCAGGGGAUUGUUGUCCGUGUACACCGUGAAGUGGGGAGCAUAGAAGAGGUAAUCACAAAAUUUCUCGCACACUGCCCACUUAAGAGCUAGAAACUCUAGCUUCCCAGAGUGCGUGUAGCAGUUCUCUGCAGCCGACAAUGUUCUUGACCCGUAGGCCACAACCCGCAACUUCCCACUCUGGCGCUGGUAUAGCACUGCCCCCAGACCCUUCACUGACGCGUCUGUGUGUACCACAAAUGGCAGGUCGAAGUCAGGAUAUGCUAAUACCGGGGGGCUGGACAAGAUGUCUAUCAGAUGGUCCAGGACCUCUUGAUGUUCUGCCGUCCAAUGUACGGAAGCUCUAGAAGACAGCUGGCCCCCUUUUCCGACUCUGGGUGGUGGUUGUGCAUCAUGGCUUCCAUUCACUUAUAACAGGCCAUAUAAUGGCUUUGCUAUUCUAGCAAAGUCCUGCACAAAUGCCCUGUAGUAGAAUAUGAAUCCUACCAGCUUACGGACAUCGCCGCUCGUGCUUGGAGUUCUCUCUCUCAAUGCCUGGACAGCUGCAAGGUCUGUGGGAUCAAUCCUGGCUGACACAAGCCUCCCAACGUACCGCACCUCUUUCUUAAAUAACUCACACUUGGUGGGCCGAAGUUUGAUGCUGUGUUGUUGGAGAGCUCUCAGGACCUGUCGUAAACUUUCCACAUGGUUCUCGAAAGACUUUGCAUAACACAGGACAUCAUCCAAAUAAAGGAUACAGCAUUCAUCACGUAGAGAGUCCAACACCUCCUCCAUGCACCUUUGGAAUGCAGCUGGGGCAUUUGAGAGACCGAAGGGGAUGCGGACCCACUCAUAGAGGCCCCAAGGGGUGAUGAACACUGUCAGGUGUCUGGAUCCCUCUGCAAUGUAUCCCUGAUGAUACGCUUUCCCCUGGUCCAAGAUAGAAAACCAGCUGUAUCCACCCAGUGUGUUCAUAAGAUCUUGGAUUUGGGUGAGUGGGUGUCUGUCAGGGACUGUUUUCCGGUUGAGGAGACGAUAGUCCACGCACAGUCUUAGUGUCCCGUCCCGUUUGCGCACACACACCACUGGAGCAGCAUACAGUGACUUUGAUUUCACAAUCCACUUUUUGGCAAGCAGGUCUUGGAUGUAGUCUUUGACCUCUUUAUAGAGUGGCUUUGGGAUGGCUGCAUAUGUCCAUUGCACAGGAAUGUCAUCCUUCAUGGUGAUGGUCAUUUGAAGGUUAGGGAUACAGCCAAUAUCAUCGCUGUCACAGGCAAAUGCAUUGGACUCCUCAUAAAGCAGCUGUUUCACUAUUGCCUGUUCCUCGAGCUGUAGAUGGGAAAUGUCCACUAGUGGAUGCCACAAUGCUGCUGCAUUUGGGGGGGGGGGGGGGGGGGGGUGCCAACUUCACUCACCUGAACACUGUCCACUUGGUCUGUUUUAGUUACUUUGUCAAUUGAUUGGAUGCUACCCAGUGUUGUGCGGGAGGCUAGAACUACAUCAUGCUUGGUUGGGUUACUCACAGGGAUUUUGACAUAUGGCCUCUCUGUGUGGUGCACUCCAACUAGACAGUCUCCCAUAUCUAGCUGCUCAAGUUGUGGAUCAUCAGGGCAGAUUUCAAAGAGAGCCAUGGAGUGGAUGAAAGUGGCAGGUACUGGGAACUUUAAGUAGGUUGUCUGACCUGGGUGAACGACAAUGUCAUGAUAGCCUACUUUGACUGGCACUUGCUCACAUACAUUUGUCCUUUUCUUGGUCCUAAUGAAGUUCACCACUGCUUCAACUUGGUCGGUCUCGAUCUGCAUGGCCCCUUUAAGGAGGGUGCAUAUGACGGGUAAGGCAUCAGUUUCAUCUUCUUGGCUUAAGAUGAUCUCUUGGAUGACAUUGAAGCCUAGCAGUGGGCGUAGCAGAGCAACUUGACUUACAAGGAAUGUGACUUUGAUGGAGUACUCUGGGUUAUCAUUACCCGGCAGAUUGACAAUCACCUCUAUCCAUCCAUCAUAGGGGAUUGUUUCUCCAUUGGCUGCCAUGACAUCAAGACCAUCAUCGCCCAUCAGCUCGCUUAAUGGGUGAAUCUCCUGAUGUGGUAGGUAUCGCUGUCUCCACGCUCGAUCUAUUAGGCUGACCUAGGCCCCUGUAUCAAAUAGAGCAGUAACAGCAUAACCGUUCAUAUUUCACUUUAGUAGGCACUUCUUCCCAAUUAACUGUGCCACUCUCUCAGAUGAGGGUUUGUUACCGGCUCGUGGGUCAGUACGUUUGUUAUUGACCAACGGGUCAGGAGGAUCGGUGGGGUGGUCUUGCUCAUUGCUACUGGCGUUUGGCUGGGACACUGGCUGUGUCUCAUUUCAAAGACCGCAUCGGGAUAAGCGCGCUUAGCUGAGCGCACUGCCGUUUUGUGCCGUUAUGUGCCAUUAUGCGUUGUUAUGUACCCUUCUUGUGUCCCAUUUCAGAGACCGCAAUCCUCGAACGGCGCAUUUGAAGCGUGUGUGAGGUCAUCACGAACGGUGUCCCGUUUGGCACAAAAUGCUAAGCGCGCUUCAAAUUCGGUCUCAAAACCACACUGCCCCCGCCCCUUUUUCAAGGGUGCCGUUGGUAUCCCAGAAUUCUUUGUGUGCCGCUGCACAGCUGCGCAUUUCAGGUGAGAGGCUGGACUCGCUUGGAGACACAGCGCGUCUUCAUAGAAAAUAAAACAAAUCCGAAAACAGCAAGCAGUCAGCUCAGGCUGUAUGAGCGCAUGUUCUCUGAACUCACUAAAAUCUGCAAACCAAACAUAGAUUUAGAUAUAACUGAUCCGCUCUGCUACAUCAAAAACAUUAGAAAUAAGAAAGCUGACAAAACUACAGCAGAGGAUCAGGACAACAUUGAGUUUUUCUUUUCUUUUAAGAUUAAGAGAUUAAAGUUAUAAAUUUAGGAGAAUAAAGUCAUAAAGCUGCUUUUGUGGAGGAGGAAAUGACUGAAGCUGGUCAUCUGCCGGGUUAUCUGUGGGUGUAUCAGCGGGUCAUUCAGAGAGAUUUUGUGGUUUCUGAAGAAAAUCAAACUGAUGAUGAUCAACAUUUGUGAUCCAGAGGGAGUCGAGCUCCGACAAGCACCACGUCUCUGACACCGGCGGUAGCCUACACCUGCAGAGACACCAACACCUUAUUAUGGCAUAUGGAUUCAUAUCAUAAAUUGAAGCUCAAUGUCAUUCACGGAUAUUUACGGCUGGAUUGACUGAUAUAUCUGCAGCAUCUCCAUUUCUGCCUCCACAAAAGCAGCGAUUUCCUUCAAGUACACCAGUUUUUUUCCCUGUGGAAAAGACGUGUUUCUCAUAUAUUCUUUUUUUAAGUCUUUAUACUUAUGACAAUGUGAUGCUGAUGUGCCAGAGGAUGAAGUAUCUCCUUGUUUGUGAAACCUAUACCGAAGCACAGUUCCUUUAAAUGCUUCAUGGCCCUAAUUUUACUAGUUCUUUUUGCUGGUUGAAUAGAUGCCACACACAUUUUAGCUGACACACUUUAAAUUUGUGGGCAUUAAGUUUGAUUGUGGGUUUGGUAUUACAGUGUACACUCUGAUGUAACUGCUCUAUGUACUUCACCCAAACUAUAGAGAUAUGACAUUGAAGAGGGGGUGGUGGGACCAAUGGACAACAACAACAACAACAAAAAAAAAGAAAACAAGAGAGGGAAGAGAAAACAAACAGAAAAAAAGACAUUGACAUCAAAAUGUAUAAGGACACUGCACAUAAAAAAAAUGUGGCACAUCGAUCAAAGACAACAGGGUAUAAACAGAAUGUUCUGGUUUAAAAUUUGUGUGGUCUUUAGUUGUGGUCCUGUCGUCGUUCGUUUCUGUGGACCUGUCUCGUCUUGGCUGUUUCUGUGGUCGCUCUAUGACAUGCAGCUUGUAGAAGUACUUGAGUGUUUAGUGGUAAUUUGGAGGAAACAGUUGGUUCUCUCUUUCUUUCUUUUAUUUUUGAAAGUUGUUUGGUUGUUGUUUUCGUCUAGAAGGGUGCCAUCAUGAUGGAUUCCCAGCUGUCCCACGAUGGUUCAUCUCACAGCGUCAUUGCUCCUCUGUCACAGCCUUCCCCCCAAUUAAUUAAUUGAGCUACAUAUGGAUGAAUAAAGUUAAAAAAAAAAGUUAAGCUACCUCAGCCAGUGGCAGCAUCUUGCUGCGUUUUUUCUUCUUAGAAGUUCUUCUUCAAAGCAGACCUUACAAAGAGCUUUACAAACACAAAGGUCACCAAAAAAGUAAGUCUGUAAAAUUUUUUGAAACAGCUAAAAUGACUCUUCAUCCAUCAGCUGCCUGAAACAAAAGAGAGUUAACAUUCUUCAAAGGAUAGUAGGUUUAUUUUAAGAUUUUAUUUGUACAUAUUUCAACAUGUAAACAGUGAUUUCUUCACACUGCCUUGAUGAGGAGCUUUUUUAUUUUUUCUCAAUCAUCUGAUGGUCAAAUGUUAUCUAUAAACACAUUUUGGGCUAAGAGGAGUUUUCUUAUCUGCUUCAAUAAAUUCUAAAUGAUGACUGAUAUGCCACAUGAAACUGGAACUUGGAGCUUGGCAAAUACUACUGCAUUGCUUAGACUUCAUGCUACCUGAAUGUUGAGGCCGUUCAGGAAAAACCUGUAACAUUCAUAUAGAACGUCAUCGGGUAAAUCAAACGGAUUUGAACGAUCACGAAUGUAACGCUCUGGGCGAAGCGCUCCUCUCACUCUCUGUGCACUGAUGUCCAUGGGAUCCAGCAAAAGUGGGCAAGCCAUUUUCCAAGAAAGCCAAUUGGUUGGUGGGUGGUGUUUUACACCCACUGGAUCAUAUCAGGAAACAUAACCUGCUCCGGAACAGGUUUGGCAUUCUGCAUAAGUUACUGGGCAACAGACCCGGAUAGGAAGAAAUCCACCUUUGUAGUAAGAAAAACCCAGGAGUUAUUCCAGAAGUUAUCUUGCUAAGAUCAAGAUAACUCCAGCUUCGUAGUACAGGCCUCAGGUGUCACAGCUUAAACACAACAGCUCAAAACUGAUCACACUUUUGGCUAUUGAUGUGAGAAAACCAAUGUAAGUCAGUUCAGAGGUUUUUUUUUAGCAUUACAAGGCUGGGGAGAUGUGAUGUGGAUGAAGUCCUUUGGCCUGACUCAGCAUGAAGACAUGAUGCUGUAGCUGAAUGAUUGUGGAUACUGUAAGCACUUGAGUUUAACAUUGUUGUUUAUACUGUAAACAACCAUAUCAAACUGUGCUUCUCAUUUAUAUUUGUUUUCACUAUAUUAUUAAUGUAUACAAGCUCUAAAUUCACAGAGAAUAUUUUUUUUUUUUCCAAAAUUCAUUUGGCCUGUUGUGAACAAUAAUUUCCACAGCUUCAUGUCCUGAGCGACUCUCAAGACAUGAAGUUUAUGUUGUGUGUUAUGACUGCUCAAUUGUGUUUUUUGCUAUGAUCACUAUGAUGGGGUAUGAUCUAAAAACAUUGUUUGGUUAUUGGUUUUGAGCACAGGUUGAACUGUUUUGAGGCGAUUGUUUGGUUUUGCAGGAAGAGUCAGAGGUUUGGUGAUCAAGUUUAAAAAUUGUUUAUUCUCCUGAAAGUGUUGAGAAAAGCUUGGUGGAUGUCAAGAAAUGUGCCUUAGCAAUUAAGAAAAACUGUAUCACAGAGCCUCUCCUGUCAGUGCACUGUUGUUUCUCACCACAGGGUGGCAGUGUAGCAUCAUGAAGCUCAGAGCUCUCACAGACUGAGCCUCCUGUGUCCUCUCUGGAUAGUGUCCUUAGAUGCAGGGAUACUCAGACCUGAUAUCUACAGUGAGGUUUUGCAUGCAGGCCACUCUGGCAAUUGAAAUUAAUAUUUGAUUUCUCUGCAGAGACUCCAGACAGAACAGGAGCAGCCAGCCCCCGCAGCAGCAGCAAAGGUGCAAAAGGUAAAAUCAUUACUGUUUAAAAAAAAGAUACUCUUUUAAUCUCAGGUUGGAAAAUCUGUCCCUCCUGAGUUUUGCUCUCACAUCCGUCCUCACAGGAAAACCACAUUUUCACAGUUUUUCUUAUAGAGUUUGAUGAUAAAUAGGAAUUAGUGCAUCAGAGGCCUGAUGUUCAGUGAAUCGGGUUAAAAUUUAAAAGAUGAAUGAAACAUCCUAACUGAAACCCUCCUGCUCUUUGGAUUAACAGGUUCUCCAGUAUUUAUUAAACCUUUAGAAGGAGCUGCACAGUAACACUUUAGUUUGGGUUCUUCAAACACAGUCUGGGACAGGGUUCCUACAGGUCUUUGGAAAGUCUGAAUCCUGAUAAUUUCCGUCAAAAACCCAGCUGUCAUCUUUUCUGCAUUACUCUUUCGUGCUGAAAUCCUUCAUGUUUAGUUUUAAAUAUUCUUAUUCCUGUCUCUCUCUUCCAUUUCAUUUUUAGAGUGCUUUGUAUUAGUCAAAUAAAUACAGAUAAAAGUGGGGUAGGCAGGAAUCUGUUAAAGAAGCAUCUUUUUUUGUGAUGUAUAUAGAAAAAAGCUUUUAAUAUCAGUCAAUAGCUAGUCAUUGAUGACAUUUGGUAAUGUCCCAACAUCACUGUGUUUUGUUAUGUCUGUGUAGUCAACAUUUUAAAUUUUUUGAGGGGACUGGUACCCAAAACAGCACAUGAAGGGGGACAUACCUGUGGCCGAGGAGGUGUGUACUCCAGGACGCUGGAUGAUGGGCCACAACACACCGCAAAGACGACUCGAGGUUUUGAUUGGCCCGCUCCGUCUGGCCGUUGGUCUGCGGGUGAAAACCCCGAGGAGAGGCUAUCUGCCGCGCCCACUGCCUGGCAGAAAGCUUUUCAGACCUGGGAGGAGAACUGGGGACCAUGAUCUGAUAUGAUGUCAAUAGGGAUACCAUGGAGGUGGAAAACAUGAGACACUAGGAGGUUAGCAGUCUCUAGAGGGGAGAGACAUAAUGUACGAAUUUGGAAAACCUGUCUAUGAUGGUGAGUAUGACAGUGUUACCUUCAGAAGGGGGGAGACCAGUGACAAAAUCUAGAGCUAUGUGAGACCAGGGGCGUGAGGGCACAGGCAGGGGACGCAGCAAGCCAGCCGGAGGUUGGUGGGAGGCUUUACCUCGGGCACAGAUGGAGCAGGCAGCAACAAACGCCCGUACGUCCCGGACCAUCCCUGGCCACCAGAAACGCUGCUGAAGGAAUUGGAGGGUGAGCUGAAAUCCGGGGUGGCAGGUGCGUUUAGAGGAGUGCCCCCACUGUAGGACCUGGGAACGUGCAACCUCAGAGACAAACUUUAUAUCAGGAGGGCUGGUUCCAGGGUCCGGGUGUUUCCGGAGAGCCUUAUCCACCACUGUGUCGACCUCCCAAGAGACAGAGCCGAGGAUACAGGAGGAGGAGGCAGGGAGGAUGGUGUCCGGUUCUCUGGGGUCUGAGGUAGCAGAGGAGUAGAUCUGGGAUUGGGCGUCAGGUUUGAGGUUGCGGGAGCUGGGACUAUAGGAGAGGGUGAAGGUGAAUCUGCGGAGGAAGAGGGACCAGCGGGCUUGCCUGGAGUUGAGGCGUUGAGCAGAAAGGAGGUACUGAAGGUUCUUGUGGUCAGUCCAGAUGAGGAAUGGGUGUUGCGCUCCUUCCAGCCAGUGUCUUCAUUAUGGAGUGCCCACACAACAGCCAGCAACUCACGGUUUCCCACGUCAUAUUUUCGUUCGUUGGGUGAGAAUUUCCAGGAGAAGUAGGCCCAAAGAUGGAGCUUCUGGGUCUCGGUAUCCCUCUGUGAGAGGACAGCCCCCACUCCGGAGUGGGGGCCGAAAGUCACAAGCACUUAUCCGAGGAGAAGGCCAGGAGAAGCGUCUGUACCACUGAGAAGUGAAGACAAUACUCAGGCGCUGAGACUGAGGGCUGCUGGCUUCUUAAAAGGACCUUGAUUGCAGAUGCAGAGCAGGUGUGGAGUCUCACUCAGCCUCAGCGACCGGGGGAAGGGAAAGUGCACUGAAACAACAGUCAAGCCAGACCAGGAACACAAGGAAAAUGGGAAGUUAAACCAAAAUAAAACAGGAAGAAGAGGCGUCUCACCACAGAUUUAAAUGACUCUGAAAAGUCAAAAAUUGUAAAAAGUCUUUCAGAGGGAUGCAGCACUCUGAAAUUGCUUAGAUAUUUGGGCGUGAUCACAGAACCAGCAAACACACAGGGUCGCAAGAACGUGUUAAGAAAAAAAGACGCAAAUUAACUGCCAAAGAUUUGAGAAGACUCAAACAUAAAGCUACCAGGAACCGCUUAUCCUCCAGUGCUGUCAUAUUCCAGAACUGCAACCUACCUGCAACCUACCCAGAGUGCCCAGAAGUACAAGGUGUUCAGUGCUCAGAGACAUGGCCAAGGUAAGGAAGGCUGAAACCUGACCACCACUGAACAAGACACACAAGUUGAAAUGUCAAGACUGGGCCAAGAAAUGUCUGAAGAGAGAUUUUUCAAAGGUUUUAUGGAAUGAUGAGAGUGACUGUUGACGGACCAGAUGGAUAGGCCCAUGGCUGGAUCAGUAACGGGCACAGAGCUCCACUUUGAAUCAGACGCCAGCAAGGUGGAGAAGGGGUACUGGUAUGGGCUGGUAUUAUUAAAGAUGAGCUAGCUGGACCUUUUCGAGUUGAAGAUGGACUUAAAAUCAACUCCCAAACCUACUGCCAGUUUUUAGAAGACACUUUCUUCAAGCAGUGGUACAGGCAAAAGUCUGCAUCUUUCAAGAAAACCAUGAUUUUUAUGCAGGACAAUGCUCCAUUGCAUGCAACGAAGUACUCCACUAUGUGGCUCGCCAGUAAAGGCCUUAAAACUAAAAGAAUAAUGACAUGGCCUCCUUCCUCACCUGACCCAAACCUGAUUAAGAACUUGUGGGCCCUAAUUAAAUGGGAAAUUUACAGUGAAGGAAAACAGUACACCUCUCUGAACAGUGUCUGGAAGGCUUUGGUUACUGCAACACAAAAAGUUGAUUGUCAAUAGAUCAAGAAUCUGAAAGACUCCAUGAAUUAAAGGCCUAUGACUGUUAUUGAAAAGAAGGGUGGCUGUAUUAGUUACUGAUUUUUUUUUUGAAAUGUCAAAAAUUUUUAUUUGUAAAUUUUGAGUUGUUUGUUUAUCAUUCUCACUUUAACAAGUGAAAAUAAACAAGUGAGAUGGAAAAUUUUUCAUUUUUAAUUUAGUUGCAUAAUAAUUCUGCACACUAAUAGUUGCCCAGUAAUUGUGCACACAUAGAUAUUCUCCUAAGGAAGUCAAAAUCUCACUUUUACUCCCUUAAAUAUUCAGGUUUGAGGUUCAUUAACAUUUUGGAUUGACUAAGAGCACUGUAGUUGUUCAAAAAUACAAUUUAUCCUCAAAAAUACAACUUGCCUCAUAAUUGUGCACACAGUGUACAGUAGCACCAGUGCUGUUUACUUUCACGUUGACUGGGCUCCAUUUGUAAUUAUCUGAAGUAUUUAUCUGCAUUAUACUGCAGAUAUUUAUACUGCAGUAUUUAUCUGAAUUUGAUUGGAAUGAUACAAGCUAGCGUCUGUUUGUGGGCGGGGCUUGCUGGAGCAGAGACGGAGGGGAGAGGAGGAGCUGAGGGGAAAACUGGUUGGGAGGGGUAGUGUUUACAUUUGAGAUUUCUCCCCAAAACUGGCACUUCCUCAGAUCCUGCCUACCCCACCUUUAAUUGUUAUCAUUAAUUAAAUAAGAGGUAGCAGCUUUGCAAGCAGACUGCUGUCUCUUUCCUGUCUUUAAGCUCCGGUGUUGAACCCUGUUGAACUUUAGUUCAUUCCACGUCAUCUCUAAAUAUUAGAUUAAGCUUUCAUUCUCUCUGUGCAUAAAAGGUAAAAAGAGAAUGAUAAAAAGCUGUUUCAUUUUUGAACCUCUGCAAAGAGGAAGAUUGCCGAUCAACUGACCAACCAGGACGAACAUGAAGUCACGCAUAUAAACCCCUACCCCUCCCACCAUUAAUUCAGAUAGCAGAGUGAAGAAUGCAAUGGAGUAGAAGCUGUAUCUGUAGCAGAAGGUGUAUUUGUAGUAGGGGAGACAGGGUAUGGUUGUAACACUUUUCGCUUCAGCACCUCUAACUCACUGAAUUUUUGAGUUAGAGUUCUCAAACUUUGAUACAAAGUACCCACAAAUUGCACCAAUUCAAACUUCUGUAGGAAUAUCACAAAUGGCAUAAGGUGAUGUCAAAUACAUGGUGAUCCUUUGUUACAAGCUUCCCCACAACUGGGGUUGGUUAUAACACAUGCUGGGGAAAGUUCUAACAAUUAGACAAAAAAGCAACAACAGAGGCCACACCAUGUGAUGUGCUUAAAAAAAAGGUUUAUUGAAAUUAGAGAAUAAUCCAGAACAACAACUGCAGACAAUUAUAGAAAUUAAUUACAUGGAAUAUAUAUUUUUUCUCUAUCUGCUGCAGACACACCUACUGCUGCAAAUACACAGAACUCUAAUAAAUACACCUGCUACUACAAAUAUAUCUGCUACUUCAGAUACACCUAAUUCAACAAAUAUUUGUAGUAUCAGGUGUAUUUUUUAGAGGAAGAUAUAUUUGUAGUAGCAGAUGUAUUAGUGGUAAUGGGUGUUUUGAUGGAAAUUAAACAGUUGUCAUUGCACAGGUAAUGGUAUCUUUGAAUGAAAGUUUAAAGCAUAUUAACGUAUUUUCUGUCCUCGUCUUUUUGCAGAAACCUGGUCUGUGUCACCGGGUCUGUCGUCUGGCUCUUCCUCUGUGGCUUCUCCUCCUUGCUCUGCUCCUCCUUGCCUUCCUGCUGCCGCUUAUGGAUGAGGGAAACAGCUGCUCGCUCUCCAACAACUUCGCCAGAUCCUUCAACAUUAUGCUGCGAUAUGAUGGGCCACCGCCAACAUAGGAGACAACCUGCAACUACCACAAUGAUUCAUAUCAGACUGCUACAGUCUGAGUCAGAGAGGUUAUUUUAAACGCUCUGACUCCUCCCACCUUCAUUUGACCAUCAUGUGUUUGUAACUCUGACUCCUCCCUUUCCUCCGAUUAUCAUGUUAUUUACACUCUGACCCCUCCCCUUCCUCUGAUCAUCAUUUGUUUAUUUCUAUGACUCCUCCCUUUGCUUCCAUCAUCAUCUAUUUAUCACUAUGACUCCUCCGUCAGUCCAGUCAGAUCUCAGACUGGACCUGUCUUUCUCUUUCUCAUUCUCCGUCCACUGGGACUUUUUUGUCUAUAUUCUUUUACUCUGUGAAUGUGGAGGAGCAGCAGAGCCAAUCCUGAUAUUGAAACCCUGAAACUUUUAUUUAUUUCAGUAAAAUCCCUGUAAACAGGAACUUUCAUUAAUUUUUUUAUGAGACUUCAAGAGUUUAAACCAAAAUGUAGAAGCUUGAGUGUCUGUAAACCAAAGUCAGAAAAGUCUUUACUUUUAAAUCUUCAUUUUAAGAAGACAUGUUAAGAGGGCCUUCAUUUUAAAUGACAGAAAUGAAAAGCAGAUAAGAGACGGAUAACUGUAUAAAAAUAGAGAAGAACUUCACUUCGGCCUGCUUCUGCCAACAUUGAAAAAAAAUAAUAAUGUGAAGAGCUACUCUUUAAAAAGAUACUGAUAUAAUUUUUAAAAAUUGAAACAACUGUGUCUGAAACAUAGAAAUGUACUUAAUUAGUAUAAUUAUUGGAAAAUAAUUUUCACUUUGUUCUGAUUUUCCAAAUCACAUUAAAAAUGAUUGAGAUUAUUGUUUAAAACUUUAAACUGGUUUAAAAUAAUACAGAUUACUGUUUAAAACUUAAAACUGGUUUAAAAUAAUCCAAAAUACUGUCCAAAACUUUAAACUGGUUUAAAAUUAUUCAGUUUAAAGAUUUAAACAGUAAUCUGGUUUAAAAUAAUCCAGAUUACUGUUUAAAACUUUAAACUGGUAUAAAAUAAUCUAAAAUGCUGUUCAAAACUUGAAACUGGCUUAAAAUGAUCCAGAUUACUUUUUAAAACUGUAAUAUGAUUUAGAAUAAUCCAGAUUAAUGUUCAAAACUUUAAUCUGGUUCAAAAUAAUCUAUAUUACUGUUUUAAGAUUCUGUCUGGUUUAAAAUAAUCCAUAUACUGUUCAAAACUUUGAACUAGUUUAAAAUAAUCCAGAUGAUUUUUUAUUAUUUAAUCUGCUUCAAAAUUAUCCAGAUUACUGUUUAAAACAGAUACAGGCUAGAGAGAAUCAUUGUUUUAAAUAUUUUAAUAAUUUUAUUAUCUAUUUUUAAAAAUCCUCAAAGUUAAAACCAUCUGAGAUGGCCCUGCAGAGGAUCAACUUUAAAGAACUAAAACAUUACCCGAAUGUAUGAACUAAUAGAAGUAUCAGACAAGUCUUAAUAAAUGGAAUAUUGCUGUUAGACAAGAAUACAAGUUUCAACAUUUCUGCAAAGAAUUUUUUUUAUUUGAUUUUUACAAUCCAGGCUUAAUCCUGCCCUGUACUGAGAUCAGGACACAGUGAUCCUGAUCCUGCUUAAAAGACACAAACUAAUCAACAUUAAGAAUCAACUCUAUGAAAGAUCCUUCUUGCUUUAUAAAUACUUUCUUGAUUACCUGUUGAUCAGAUUCAACCUGAUCAGGUGACUCCAGAACAGCUGGGUGCUUGCCUGACCAAAUAUGGUCUGUGUUUGAUACCUCAUAAGUAUCACACCUGCAGAAUCACACCUGCAGUAUUACACCUGCAGAAUCACACCUGCUGAGCCACACCUGCAGAUUCACUCCAGAGUCAUACCUGUCAAACCAUACCUGUAGAUGAAUCUCUGCAGUCACAUCCGUAGACUCACACCUGCUGACUUACACUUGUAGACUCUCGAAAGGGUUCUGAGGACUCUAUGAAGGCUCUCUGCAGACUCUCUGGAAACUGAUAGAGGACUUCUGUGGAGCAUCAGCUGGUUGUUGCGAUUGUUGAGUUGUACAUUGUUUCUUCUAAGAUCUCUCACCCUCCUGAUCUGAUUUAUGAAGGUGACUUUACCCCAUUGUUCUCAGUCUUGUAAAUGAUAGUUUGAUUUAGUUUUCCCUCUGUUUCGGUCCUGAUGUCUCUCAAGCUAAUUCGUGUAUGUUGUUGCAGGGUAUUGGUCUGCAGCAGCUCUUUUUUGUCCUCUCUGUUUUUACCUUCAAGUUUCUACUGAGAGCUGUUUGAGAGUCAGGACUCAGAACUGUUUUGCCUCAAACUCUACUCUCUGCCUUCAGCUUGGUCCAAACCUCUAGUAAAAACACUUGGAGAGCCAUAUAACACCCCCAUGACGUGUCCCUGGACCACCAUGAGUGUUGGAUACCAGAUCUUGCUGUAAACAUUGGCAGGCGCUUUUGUUCGGACCUAAAAUAGCUCAUAAGUGCUCUUUUCUCCUGCAUUCUGCUCUUUUCUCACCACGCACACUCCUAAAAAUACUCCUGAAAUCACCUCCACACACCUCCACAGGCUCAGAGUUUUCCUUUUUAGGCAAGGUUUGCUCUGUUAUUGGCCAGGCACUAUUGCCACGGAAACCUGCAACAAAGUCCACUUGAACUGUGAUGUGUCAGGGCCCGAUUGCUGUACUUCUUCACUGUUCCAUGUUAGAUUUCAAAUCUGUUCAGGAGUGAAGGAGCAGGGGAGGAUUUAUCAGAGGACUCAGGGUAAUUUCAAUAUUUCAGUCUCACCUGAACAUCUCAGCUACUCCAGGCAGCUCAGUAUGAAAAAGUUUGGGUCUUUUUAACUAAAAACAGAAAGAGGUCACUGCUCUGUUUGCACACCUUUAAAACAGUGUUCACAUUAUAGCUGAAAUUUACUUUUCACUGAGAGUCCACAAGAGUCAGUCAGGUUUAUCACAGAAGUAUAACAGUAAAUGUCCUCAUGAUCACAAACAGGAUUCACACAGUAAGUCCAGCUGCAGCUCAAAUAUCCUGUUAAAUGGGCUUUCUCUCUGCUGCAUCACUUAAUAUCAGAUAAACUCCAGAAAAUAUCAGGAGAAUCAGGUCCAGGUUCUCAGGAGUUACUCUCUUCCUUUUUAAUACCUGGUGAAGGAUUUUCUGAAGUUUCACUCCAGCCUGUAAAAUAUUCUGUUCACCUGAGACUGUGCUGGACAAGGAUAAGGACUAAUCCACUUUACCUGAAAGAGUAAAAGCAAAAUACAAGCAAGCAAAACUUGCAGGAUGCAGCCAAACUGCUGCACAUACAGAGCCAAAUCUACUAGGCUGAUACUGCUGCAUAGAUUUGUUCCAAAAUCAGUAUAUGAUCAUGCUGUUGUCAAGGUCAGCCUGUGAGUUUCAGCUUGGAGCAAAAAAAAAAACUCUCUUCACAGGUCUGUGGAUCUCAAAGAAGUCAGAAGUGAGUAUACAUGUCUGUAUCACUUCAAUUUCACUGCAGCUGUCAGGCCCUUUCUCCCGUGUGAUUUUAAAGAUGUCUGCAUAUAUUCAGGAGAGCAGAGCAUGGAAGGUGCUCUGAAGCAUUAAUUAAACUUUCAGUAGAGUUAGAAUGAAUGCUGCAAGUGUGCAAUGAGAUGUUUAAGCCCUACAUGAUACCAGGUUUCUCAUUCCUCAUUCUGGCUAAUGUCUGGACAUUUUCAGAGGUCCAUACAGAACAUGUAUGAAACAUGCUCUGGUGACAAGCUAUGGUUCAAGUUUUUACAGGAUUGUAAUUUAAGCAGCUUUUCUGGAUAUUGUCUGGACAUUUUCAGGAGUGCAGCAUUAUAAGCUGCAACAGAGGUAAACUCCCUAACCCCUACACUCCCCACAGACUCUGGUGUAUAUUUUUAGUUAUGAUGUGGACACAGCUUGAAACAAUGAAACUAUAGGCUGAGUUAUAACUGGGUUUUAAAUUAACCCGUUUCAUCAGAUUAAAACAGGAAAGAAGCCAUUAUUUACGGCCCAAAGUAAAAGUCUUUCUCUUUAUGAAGCAAAGACAGAAAAAAGUUUCCUGAAUUUGUUGACAAAAGUUUAAGGCACAGAUGCUGUUGGCUUUGUGCUUGAUAAUGACUCUAAAAUUUGAUAUAAUGGUCAUAGUUAAGGUACUUGCAUUCAUUUUCCUUAAAAACCCAACAAUUCCCAAAGUUUCUGACCUCUUUUGACCCUGAUUUUUAAUGAGUGAAUAUAUUAAACAUGUAGCAUCAUAUAGCCAGUUGUCAUAGCCUUAAAGGCUCUCUGUAAGCAGCAUAUAACCUCCUCAGUGCCAUUGUGACAUGUAUUUAUUGAUUACAUAGCUUUCUAAAGCGUUAAAUACUGUCAAUCUCAGUUAUGUAACCACUUUAAAUAUAGAGAUAUUAAUCUGUGUGUGUUUGUGAUACUGUAUGAUAAUCAAGCUGAAUGAUGCUGCUGCAUGCGUCCUCUCCGACUCUAUGCAUUAUCUGCUCUGUGUUACUGUGCGUCACUGUCCAUUCAGACUUUAUGCAACUAAUUAAAUUACUUGAACCUGCUCAGCUGACCCUGCAGACACAGACUGUAGCAGACUCAAAGAAAAAACUUUUGUUGUGCAAAAAAGUCACAACUGCUUUCACACUUAGGUCCUUCCUAUUCCCUUACAAAAAUGCACAGAUGAUGACAGUGAGAGCUUUGUUAAAGGAUCAAAGUCUAUUUUGUUAAAGUUAGAAACAUAAGAAGUGCUUUAUAUUAUUCAACAAGGCUUGUAUUUUUUGAUGUUUUUAUAUCCUAUUAAAUAAAUAAAUAAAAGGUGUACACUAUCUGAA